AUGACUGGCAGACUGGAGGAGAGGAGGUUUCAUAAAUGGCUGCCAUCUCCCAUCAUGCCCCCCUGGGUGUCCCAGYAGCCAAUGGGGAGGCUCUACGUACUAUUUUAUUUACUACUUUCUGUGUGUUGUUGUCUUGUUCUGAGCUCUUUGUGCUGCUGGUUCUAUCUCCAGGCUGAGGGAGGGACAAAAGCUGGGGCGGUGGCCAAAGUGGUGGCCGCCGUUGACCUGGCUCGUAUCCGCCAACCCGUGCAUGUCGAAGGCGGUCGAGCUGCAGAGGUGGAGGCUGUAGAGGCAGAAAUGAGGCAGCAGACAGUUGCUAUGUCUGCCGAUCAACAGUAUCAGAUUGGCUGGAUGUCAACGAGAAUGCAGGCUGGUCAAAUGCUCACUGCUGCUCAGGAGUUCACAUCUGACCUGCAGGCUCAGAUUCAGAGAGGGACAGAAAUCUCCUCCAGAGUGGAAACUGGUCUCACUCCAUCYCCAGUUCCACAAUUCAUGGUUUCUAAAGUUUSUGUCCCCAAACCAGAGUCUGUUGGGGAGGUGUCCAUCGCCGGCUCAGCUAUCGCCACUCUGCAGAAAGAGUUUUCCUCAUCUCCUUCUAGAAAGAUCAUCAAACCGGUCAAGUCUCCCAGUCCGUCUCUUAAAGUUGUUAGGACCAGUGAGAUGCUGGAGUCCAUCCCAUCACCGUUCAAAGAAUCCAUUGAGUCGUAUCGCUCUGGCACCCAGAUUCAGACGGGGGUCGCCUACAUGGUGGGGAUGGACAGAGUUUAUGAGGACUGGAGAGCCAAGGUGCCAGAGGCAGCAGCUGUACCGUCUGCAGGUGGCGCUGUUGUCCCACCCACUUUGGUCUCUGGCUUGAAAAACACAAACGUGACAGAGGGCGAGUCGGUGACUCUGGAGUGUCAGAUCAGCGGUCAGCCUGCCCCCGUCAUAAUGUGGUUCAGGGAGGACUACAAGAUCGAGAGCUCCAUUGAUUUCCAGAUCAGCUACKCGAGCGGAUUUGCUCGGCUGUUGAUACGUGAGGCUUUCGCUGAAGACAGCGGACGCUUCACUUGCACAGCCACCAACGAGGCCGGAACCAUCAGCACCUCCUGCUACCUGCUCGUCCAGGUGUCUGAGGACAUCGAGGGCAAGCAGGAGGUAGUCUCCACCGAAGUUACUCAAGUUACAGCAGAAGCUAAAGAAGAGACCGAAGUGAGUGUGGUUGAGCCGGAUUCCCCUGCUGCUGCUCCCGUCUUCAUUAAGACACCCGUCGUUCAGAAGCUGGUGGAAGGAGGAAGCGUUGUGUUUCAGUGUCAGGUGGGCGGAAACCCCAAACCUCACAUUGUCUGGAAGAAGAGUGGCGUGCCGCUCACCACCGGAUACAGGUAUAAAGUUGCCUACAAGAAAGAGACCGGAGAGUGUAGAUUGGAGAUCUCGAUGACCUUUGCAGACGAUGCAGGAGAAUAUUCUGUCUUUGCCAAGAAUCAGCUUGGAGAAGUUUCAGCCUCCGUCAGUCUUCUGGAGGAAGAGGAAUAUGAAGCRUACAUGAAGAAACAGGAAGUGACAGCUCCRGUGCAGGAGCCCAAACCUGGAGACAUUCCCCCUAUCACAGUGGAUACAAUGACCACCGUUAUCUCCGGACAGGAAUUCCAUUUGUCUGCCAUGGAGCUGAGAAUCAUUCAGGAGAUCGAGCUCACCAUCAUGAAGAUCACCUACAGAGAGAUUGUAACMGAGGAUGGAGAGYUGAUGGUGACCGCCACUGCCAAUGAGGCGGUGCAGCCGGCCUUCGACACUCCGGUCAAAAACUACAGGAUCAUGGAGGGAAUGAGCGUCACCUUCCACUGCAAGAUGUCUGGAAYKCCGCUCCCCAAGAUUGCUUGGUUCAAAAAUGGCCAGCGCAUCAGGCCCGGUGACCACUACCAGAUGGAGGUCCUCCAGGAUGGACGCGCCAGCCUCCGCCUAUCUAUGGUCCGACCAGAAGAUGAAGGCGUGUACACUGCCUUCGCCACCAACAUGAAGGGAAAUGCUGUCUGCUCAGGGAAGCUCUAUGUGGAGUCAUCUGCAGCCGCUCCUCAGAGAUACACACCACAGCCUGCAGUGCAGAGAAUCAGAUCCACAUCACCUCGUUCUCUGAGCCGCUCUCCUGCCCGAUCACCCAGCCGUUCGCCCGGACGAUCUCCCGCUCGUCGGCUUGAUGAGACUGACGAACAACAGCUGGAAAGACUUUACAAACCCGUAUUUGUCAUGAAACCUACUGCAUGUAAAUGCUCUGAGGGACAAACUGCCAGAUUUGACCUGAAGGUUGUUGGCCGACCAAUGCCUGACACUUAUUGGUUCCACAAUGGACAACAGAUUGUUAGUGACCACACCCAUAAGAUAGUGGUUAAAGAGGAUGGGACUCAGUCCCUGAUCAUUGUCCCAGCCAUGCCCCAUGACUCUGGAGAAUGGACAGUGGUGGCUCAGAACAGAGCCGGGCGCUCAUCCAUCUCCGUCACUCUCACAGUUGAUGCUAAGGAAACCUUGGUCCGUCCCCAGUUUACUGAGAAACUGAGGAACAUCAGUGUGAAGGAGGGCACUCUGGUUGAACUGGCUGUUAAAGCCAUUGGAAACCCACUGCCUGACAUCGUCUGGCUGAAAAACAGUGACAUCAUCACCCCACACAAGCACCCACACAUUAAGAUUGAAGGAACCAAAGGAGAGGCCAAAUUCCAAAUCCCCUCAGCAGGCGGACCGGACAGUGCAUGGUACACUGCCACAGCCAUCAACAAGGCUGGCAGAGACACCACCCGCUGCAGAGUCAAUGUGGAGGUUGAAUAUGUUGAGCCUGAACCAGAGAGGAAGCUCAUUAUUCCCAAAGGAACCUACAAGGCCAAAGAGAUCACCCCCCCAGAGCUGGAGCCUCUUCACCUCCGUUAUGGUCAAGACCAGUGGGAGGAAGGCGACCUUUAUGACAAGGAGAAGCAGCAGAAACCAUUGUUUAAGAAGAAGCUCACAUCUGUCCGAAUGAAGCGCUUUGGUCCAGCCCACUUUGAGUGCAGGCUGACUCCGAUUGGAGACCCCACCAUGGUGGUGGAGUGGCURCAUGACGGCAAGCCUCUGGCUGCUGCCAACAGGCUGCGUAUGGUCAAUGAGUUUGGCUACUGCAGCCUGGACUAUGAGGYUGCUUAUGCAAGAGACAGUGGUGUGAUCACCUGCAGAGCAACCAACAAGUUUGGAGUCGACCAGACCUCUGCUACCCUGAUCGUCAAGGACGAGAAAGGCCUUGUUGAGGAAUCUCAGCUUCCUGAAGGCAGGAAGGGAGUUCAACGAAUUGAUGAAAUGGAACGGCAGGCUCAUGAAGGUGGACCUUAUGGAGUAACUGCUGAAGAAGAAACAGAGAAAAUGAAACCUGAGAUUGUCCUUCUCCCUGAGCCUGUCAGGGUUGUGGAAGGUGACACAGCCAGAUUCCGCUGYAGAGUGACCGGCUACCCGGCUCCAAAGGUUAACUGGUACCUUAAYGGACAACUCAUCCGCAAAAGCAAGAGAUACAGACUUCGUUACGAUGGUAUUUACUACCUGGAGAUUACAGAUAUCAAAUCCUAUGAUUUAGGAGAGGUAAAGGUUAUAGCAGAUAACAACCUGGGUUCAGUUGAAUAUGUUGUGAAGUUGGAGAUUCAACAGAAGGAAGACUUCAGAACUCAUCUGCGCCGCGCUGCUGAGGGUAAAGCAAGCGAAGCUCCUGCUGAGUCAGGAAGAGUACCAUUUGAGGUGGUGAAGGCUGAGCAGCCCACUGAAGACACUCAGCUGAAGGAGGUGGUCAAGCUUAAGAAAGCCCAGAGAAUUGUCCAUGAAAAAUCCGUAGAAGAGUCUGAGGAAUUGAGGAGCAAAUUUAAGCGCAGGACAGAGGAAGGCUAUUAUGAGUCCAUCACUGCUGUUGAGCUCAAGUCACGUAGGAGAGAUGAUUCUUAUGAAGAUCUGCUACGGAAGACAAAAGAGGAGCUUCUUCACCAUGCAAAGGAAAAGGAGGAGGCUGAGAAGAAGAAGGAGGAAGAACGCCUCAAACUAACUGCAAAAUCUCUGAAACCAGAAAGGAUCAAGCUUUCACCCAGCAUGGAAGCUCCUAAGAUCCUGGAGCGCAUCACCAGCCAGACAGUUGCGCUGGGAGAUGAAGUCAAAUUCAGAGUCAGAGUUGUUGGUAGACCAGAUCCUGAGUGCCARUGGUUCAAGAAUGGUGUUCAGCUGGAAAAAUCAGACCGCAUUUACUGGUUCUGGCCUGAAGACCAUGUGUGUGAACUUGUGAUCAGAAACGUGUCAGUCGAGGAUUCAGCUAGCAUCAUGGUUAAGGCAACCAACAAGGCUGGAGAGACAUCCAGCCAUGCUUUYCUGCUGGUGCAAGCAAAACAAGUCAUCACUUUUACACAGAAGCUUGAGGAGCUCAAUGCCAAAGAGAAGGAUACCAUGGCUACAUUUGAGUGUGAAACUAAUGAGCCUUUUGUUAAGGUUAAAUGGCUCAAGAAUAACAUGGAGAUCUUCUCAGGAGAUAAAUACAGGAUGCACUCUGACAGAAAGGUCCACUUCCUGUCUGUGUUGAUUAUUGAAAUGAGGGAUGAUGCAGAAUAUUCAUGCGCGGUUGUAGAUGAUGAGAACAUCAGAACCAGCGCCAAGCUCAACGUUGAAGGAGCUCCUCUGGAGAUGGUGAAGCAGCUGGAGAACACCGAGGUGCCUGAGACGUACUCUGGAGAAUUUGAAUGUGUUGUAACUCGUGAAGAUGCUGAAGGCACCUGGUACUUUGAGGACAAGCUGCUCUCUCCCAGUGGUAAAUACGUCAUGACCUCCCGCCGUGGAAGACACAGUCUGUCUGUGAAAGAUGUCAAGAAGGAAGACCAGGGCAAAUAUACCUUCAAAGUGGGUGAAUUCACAACAACUGCCUCUCUAAAGAUGAAAUUGCGUCCCGUCACCCUGGUUCAGCCUUUGACAGACCUAACCGUUUGCGAGGGUGAUAUUGCCCAGUUUGAGGUCAAGUUCUCACAGGAAAAUGUUGAAGGCAGCUGGAAGAAGAAUGGACAACCAAUUACAGCUUCUGACCGUGUUCACAUUGUUAUUGAUAAACAAGUCCACAAACUCCUGAUUGAAGAUGCUAUCAAGGAUGACUUUGGAGCAUAUUCAUUUGUGGUUCCUGAUCAUGAUAUCACAACCUCUGCAAAGCUGUUGAUUCAGAGUAUUGGCAUCCUGGUUCCAUUAAAGGAUGCAUCUACCAUUGAAGGCACCAAGGCUGUCCUGGAGGCCAAGAUCUCUGCUCAGGAUAUUAGCUCUGUCAAGUGGUACCACAAUGACAAUUUGUUGGUGCCCAGUGACCGGGUCUGCAUGGUGGCAAAGGGAACCAAGCAGCGUUUGGUUUUCAGCAGGACCUACGCUUCUGAUGAGGGUCACUACAAACUGGCUGUUGGCCGAGUGGACACCAGCUGCAAACUCUCUGUGGAGCCUGUGCAGAUCCUGAAGCCCAUGAAGGACAUGGAGUGCUCUGAAUCUGAGAACGUCUCCUUCGAAGUUGAGGUUUCCCACCCAGGUAUCGACCCCUAUUGGACCUUCAAGGACCAGCCACUCAAAGCCAGCGGCAGCCACAAGAUGGAAACCAAGAAUAAGCACCACACCCUGACAGUCAUCAACGCAAUGAAGGAUGAGGAGGGCGAGUACAUGUUCGCUGCUGGUGAGAARACGUGCAGAGCUUCACUUACUGUGACAGGUGGUGCCAUCAAGAAGCCUUUGCGAGAUCUGGUUGUGGCUGACUCCCAGACUGCUGUGCUGGAGUGUCAAGUCGCAAACCCAUCUGCAGAAGGAAAGUGGCUGAAGGACGGACAGCCUGUCGAUUACAGUGAGAAUGUGCUGAGUGAGGUGGACGGUGUCGUGAGACGACUUGUUGUUGUUAUCACAAAAGCCACGGAUAUCGGAGAGUACACCUACCAAGUGGCCACGUCCAAGACCACCGCCAGUCUGAAAGUUGAAGCUGUAAAAAUCAAGAAGACCCUGAAGAACUUGAAUGUGGUCGAGACUCAGGAGGCCGUAUUCAGUCUGGAGCUGACCCAUGAGAACGUCAGGGGAGCACAGUGGAUCAAGAAUGGUGUUGAGAUCCAGCCCAGUGAGAAGUUUGAGAUCAGCAUGGAGGGCACAGUUCACACACUGAAAAUCAACAACUGCUCCACACAAGACGAGUCAGUUUACUCCUUCAAACUGGGAAAGCUGUCUGCAAACGCCAGGCUUAAUGUUGAAACCCUUAAGAUCCUGAAGAAGCCAAAGGAUGUGACAUCACUGCUGGGUGCAACAGCAGUGUUUGAAGUGGGCAUCUCUGAAGACAACAUCCCAGUUAAAUGGAUGUUCAAGAACACUGAGCUGAAGCCAAACGAGCACUACACCAUGCUGUCUGAGAAAAGGACGCACAAAUUAGUUAUCCAUGAUGUGGACAGCGGCAAAGAGGGAGAAUACACUGCGCUGAUUGGUCACCUGCACUGCAGUGCUCACCUGACUGUUGAGUCUCUGCGGGUAACCAAACCCCUUAAGAACGUAGAGGUCCCUGAAACCCAGUUGGCCACUUUCGAGUGUGAAGUUUCUCACUUCAACGUGCCGUCCACCUGGCUAAAGAACGGUGUCGAGAUUGAGAUGAGUGAGAAGUUUAGGAUCGUGGUUCAGGGGAAACUCCACCAGCUGAAGAUCUUGAACACCAGCAGGGACGACUCUGCGGAGUACACCUUCGUCUGUGGGAACGACAAAGUGUCAGCAACGCUCACUGUCAACCCUAUCCUGAUCACAACAAUGCUGGAGGACCUGAAUGCUCAGGAGAAGGACACCGUCACAUUUGAGGUGAACGUCAACUACGAAGGAAUCACUUACAAAUGGCUCAAGAACGGMGUGGAGAUCAAAUCCACAGACAGAUGCCAGGCUCGCUGCAAACAAUUCAAUCACACCCUGAGCCUCAGGAACGUCCACUUUGGAGACAGCGCCGAGUACACCUUCACGGCCGGGUCCGCAGCUACUACAGCUAAACUCUAUGUGGAGGCUCGUGUGAUUGAAUUCACUAAACACCUGAAGGACCUGAAGAUCACUGAGAAGAAGAGGGCGACCUUUGAGUGUGAAGUUUCUGAGCCGAACGUCCAGGUGAUGUGGAUGAAGGACGGCCAGGAGCUGGAGAUGUCUGACAGGUACAAAAUGACCUCAGACAAGUUUGUGCAUCGUCUGGUUCUGCCGUCUGUCCGCAUGUCUGACGCCGGCGAGUACACGGCUGUAGCCGGGUCGAGCAUGUCUGCUGGACACCUGGGAGUCGAGGGACGAGAUGUUAAAAUCUCUGAACCUGAAAGCAGAGACAUUACAGUGGUGGAGAAACAAAGAGCAACKUUUGAGUUUGAGGUAAACGAGGAGGAAGUGGAGGGUCACUGGCUGAGGAAUGGAGCAGAGAUUCACUUCACAGAGGAAGAGAGGUUCAACUACGCCACCAUCAGGAAACUGCAUCGCCUCACUAUCUCUGAGACGUUCAGGAGCGAUGCUGGAGAGUACACAUUCAUCGCUGGCAAAAACCGCAGCACCAUGAACCUUCAUGUGAGAUUGCCAGASCCGCCUCAGAUCGUACGCCACAUGGAGGCCCAAACGGUGAUGUCGGGUCGGUCUGUGCGCUUCUCGGCGCAGGUGAGCGGCCUUCCUCAGCCUCAGGUGACCUGGUACAAAGACUCCCAGCUUCUGUCCACAAGCUACAAAUGCAAGUUCCUCCAYGACGGAGAUGAGCACACAGUACUGCUGCUGGARGUCUUCCCYGAGGACGCAGCCGUCUACAGCUGCCAGGCCAAGAACGACUACGGAGAGGCAACAAGCUCCGCCCCUCUCACUGUGGAAGUUCCUGAGGUGAUUGAAACGGUUCGGAUUUCUCCUCCGGUUCUCAUCACUCCCAUGAGGGACGUUCUGGUCUCAGAGGGACAUCCUGCCCAGCUGAAGUGCAUUGUCUCUGGGGAAGAUCUGCAGAUUUCUUGGUUCUGUAAGGACAAAGAGAUCCGGCAGUCUGACAUCUUCAGGAUGUCUCAUUUGGAUGAAAUCUGCCUGCUGGAGAUUUCCAGAGUCCUCCCUUCACAUGAGGGAGAGUAUUCCUGCAUUGCCACAAACAUAGCAGGAAUGGUCACAUGUUCUGCCACUUUGAACCUUGAUGUAACCGAAGUGGAGAAGGAACCAGUGGUAAAGGAGGAAGUUAAAGCCUUUUCUAGCUCAACGAUCACGGUGGAAGAGGAAACCCAGGAGUCACACUACACUGGCUUAAAAUUAGCCGACAAAACCAGAACACUUGAACUCAAACCAGAAACUAAGCGCUUCUCCAGCUCUUUGGAGAGGAAAAAAGAAAAACCUGUUUUCCUUAGCAAACUUUCUCCAGCAACUGCAGUUGUUGGACAAACUUUUGCCUUUACUGUCAAAGUGUCUGGAUUCCCAAAGCCCACUGUUCAAUGGUUCCACAAUGGGCAGACAAUAACCAGUUCAUCAGUUUAUAYGUUUAUUCAUGAACAAGAUGAGUACAGUUUAGUUAUUAACAAAGUUCAAAGAGAAUUUGAGGGAGAGUACUCCUGCACAGUCAGCAACAGAUUUGGCCAGUCRACCUGCUCUUCUUAUCUUCAUGUUCAGUUAAAGGAGCCAGGAGGAGAGAAAAGAGUUGAUGACAAAGCACCUGCAGCAACUGGUCAACCUCCAAAGUUCAUGAAAGCUAUAGAGUCAGUUCAGUUAUCAGAGGGUGGGCAAUGUUUUUUCAGGUAUAUGCUGACUGGAGAGCCUCUCCCUGAUGUUCAGUGGUUCAAAGGAAGCAUCCAUAUUGAGCCUGCUGGCUUUAACAUGAUGGUGAACAACCCAGAUGGAUCAGGCUUUUUSAGUAUCAUGAGUGUUAAACAAGAACAUAGUGGUAUCUACACAUGUAAGGCAUUCAACYCAUAUGGAGAAGACUCUUGUAGUGCUGAGCUGCUGGUACUCAAYGAAAAAUCUCAAGAARAGCACCAGUUCAUCCAAAAAACUAAAGGCUUGAAGAUAUCACUAACCGAGCAAAGCACAGAGUCUCGGGUGUAUCAUGAAAGAAGCCGGUCUGAUCAGAUGAUUUAUACCAUUAGCACUGAAGACCGACAGAUUAUUCCUAGCGAGGAGGUGGAAACCCUCCAAGAGCUGAAUAUCUCUGCUGCUACUCUUCAAAARGAGCAACUGACCCACMAAGCUGCCCUUCUGCAGUCUCAUGAAAUUCAUGAGAGUGUUUCCUUGACUCCAGCCCAUCCCCCAGAGGUSUUGGCUGUUCCUACAAAGCAACUUCCCAAGGCCUCUUUCUUAUCUUCAGUCCAGGAGAGACAGAAUAUAACAGAGCAGCACUCAGAGAGAAUCCUGAGUCCUGAGGUAGUUGAACUAGAGUUCUCAAAAGAACAACAAUCUAAAAUCCUGUCAGCUACAUCUGAGGAGGUCCUUUCCCUGACCACUGUGAGAGCCGAGCCUUUGACGGACCGGACUCCAGAGCACAUGCAGACCACAACUGAGCCCAAGCAGCUUGUCAGCAGCUACCAAGUASAAUCUGCUUUACCCAUCCUUGCUGAUGUGUCAGAUUCUGUGGAGCGACCAAAGGAGGAGAGGGGUUUUAGAGUUCAAGAGGGGGUUAAGAUUUUAUACUCUUCUCAAUCUGCUGAGCAGUUGUUGCUUACAGAAACACACUCUGAGGCUCUGCUAGCUUUWGAACCUGCCGUUAAACCACAAAUUGAAAAAGAACAAUCUAAACCAGUGCUAGCAGCAGUKAGUGAAACCAGGGUGGCUCUAUCUAAAGAGCAGAAAUAUGAAACAAAGAUAACAGAGCAAGAAAGCAUCCAGCCAAGUAAAGAUAAGAUAUGUAAAUCUGCUAUAGUAACUGAGGAGAAAUAUCAGGUUCAGGGUGAACAGACAGUACAGGUGGCACCUCUACAGACUCCGACGUGUCUGCAGACUAGUUGUGAGGAUAAACAAGUUUUAAAUUUGCAAGUUAUCACUGAUCAGGGUGUUUUAGAGUCUGAGGGAAGACUCAGCAGUGAAAAGCUCCCAAUGGAGCUGGCAGACAUGGCUAAGAAUCCAACUUUGCUGUACUCUGUGACUCAAGAAGAACAGAGGACUGUGGUAUGUGAGGCAACUUCAGAGUUCACAACAGAACCCGACUAUGCAUCUGUUCAGCCAAAGAAAGAGCAACCACAGCCAAGAUACCUCCAGUCAAGCCAUUCUGUAUCAGUUUUACCAAAAGAAGGCAUCAUUGYCUUUACUAAACCUGAUCAGCAGGUGGCAUUACCAAAACAGGAGCGGGCUCGAAGCCAUGCUGCAUCCUCAGAGACACACAGAGAGAUCAGAGCAGAGUGUCAUAAAGACCUCAAUGUAUCUGUGGAUGGGAYUAAGGCACAGUAUCAGACUGAAUCUAGACCUCCAAACAUUCUUGGUGUGUCCUCCCAGCYCCUGCACCUUCCAAAGGAGACCCCUUUCACUGAAAGCUUCAGAGAGCAGCGAGCAUUAGUUCAGAGAGAGGAUCAGUGGAAUAUUAUGCAGUCCUUGAGCGUCACAGACACUCAGRUUUUAGAGGAGGGUCACACUGCCAGUCUUCACACUGAUGAGAAAUUCAAGCCWGAAUCAAAAGUUGAACCAAAGAUCCCAAAGAGACCUGUAUUCAUAGAAGAAAAAGCAGUUGCAACUGAAAGGUGCGCCGUCUUAGAGGCUGCUGAGCAGGAUUUUGCAAUGCAGAUCCAGGAGGGACAAUCAGUCCGGCAGUCUGUGYUGUUAGAGGAAAAGCGKGUCCUUCUGGUAGAACAAUCAAGUGAGAUACAUAAACCAGAAGCUUCCACUGUCAGUGUCAAGACACAACCUAAAGGUGUURUUUUUAUUCAUGAGUCUCAGGGCGCUCAUGCUCUACCUAAAGAAYUCAACUUUGUUCUUAAUAUCCCAAAACCAUCAAGUAUGACUAUUCGGCGUCAGCUGAGAGAAGCUCUUCAGUCUGCUGUGGCCAGUGAUCAACCAGUCUUACUAGCAGAAGUGGUGGGGAAGUUAGAAACAGUGGAGAUACAGGAGGUCAAAGUUCAACGAGAGCCCAGGCGGACCACAUUCACAUAUCUGAUCACGUCGCCUGGUGUCCCACUGGAGAUCACACUGUCCUUCCAAGGAGAAUAUUCUCAGAAAGCUGAUCUUAAGUCUGAGCUGCAGGUAGCUCUGCAGGCUAUGGUUUUCCAGGAGCAGCAAAGUCUUUCAUCAGAACAGCAAGGCAUAUUGCUAAUUGACAGACCUCAGAAAGCUCAGGUCAGCUCAGCACCCUCUAAAGAGAUGUUGUCAACCAUGAUGGACUCAGUGGUGGUGGCAGAGAGUGUUGUUGKGUUUCCUCCAGAARCAUCUCAUUCUGCAGAAGUCAGAACUGAAUUGAUGGGUUCUUUCCAAAGUGCAACAAUUGAGAGCCACACUGAGACCCAUGAAUCCAAGAAAGUGAGUCGGACAGAAUUUACAUCAGAGAGGGACAUUACUGAAGUGACCACCUUGACAGCUGUAGAGAAACACAGAGAAACCAGAGAGGAGUAUCUUUCAGAGGCCAUCCUAAUCAGUGAGUCCUCUGACAGCCGUAUUGAUUAUCCUGUUGUUAUUGAGUCUCUGGAGGAUGUUUGUGCUGAAAUAAAUGAUAAAGCUGUUUUUACCACUACUAUCAAGUAUGCCACCAAGGUUAACUGGUUUUUCAAUGGCCAGCUAGUGAAAUCUGGUAAAGAGUUMAAGUGUUCUGAAGACCGUGACACAUACACACUAAUUGUCAACAAAGUUGUCAAGGAGAGGCAUCAAGGAGAAUAUGUCUGUGAGGCUGAGAAUGAAGUCGGCAGGACUACAACAUCUUCAAGACUCACUGUGGUCUCAAAAGUGAAACCUGUGUUCAAACACAGAAUUGUUCCUUUGGAGAUCAACAUCGGCAACUCUGCCAGAUUUGAAUGUGACACAGAGGAUGCUCCAAAUGUGAACUUCAAGUGGUUCAAAGAUGGUCACCCCAUCAAAGAGGGUGAUAAAUAYAGGAUCAUCAGUCGCUUCACUGCUUCUUCCCUGGAAAUUCUGAGCCCAUCGAAGGAUGACAGCGGAGAGUAUACCUGCAAGGCAUCCAAUCAACAUGGCAGUGAUGAAUGCUCUGSUUCUCUCGGUGUGACGGAGAAACUUCCUCCAGUUUUUCAAACUAAACCUGACAACCAGACUCUGUAUGUUGGAAAGAGGGCACUCAUACAGUGUGUAAUAGGAGGAUCUGUUCCUCUAAAUGUUGUGUGGCUAAAAGACCACCAGGUUUUGCCCUCUGUGUCAGAACACUACCAAACCGUUUGUGAAAAGAACAAGCACACUCUUGAGAUCAAAACGCUUGAGGCAGCAGACCGUGGGCUAUAUGUGUGCAGGGCAUCUAAUAACGUUGGGAUGGCUGAGUGCAGCAUGGAGCUGCGUGUUGUUGAUAAGCCCAACUUUGUAAAGCCCCUGGGUUUGGUUGCUGCCGUGGUGGGAGCUCCUCUUCACCUGGAAUGUCAGGUGGAUGAGGACACAGGAGUCACCGUUACCUGGACCAGAGAUGGUAGGAAAGUCCACCAAUCUCCAGACUGUAAACUGUCUUUUGAGAAUAAGACAGUAAAUCUUGAUAUACUAAAAACCACUCUGAAAGAUUGUGGGAAUUAUGUGUGUAUGGUGGCAAAUGAUGCUGGAAGUGCUUCUUGCUCCGCUUCUGUCAAAGUACAAGAGCCGCCAGUCUUUGUAAAGAGACUGGAGGGUACAAYAGUUUGGAAGCGAGGUAGCACAGCUCGGCUGCAGUGCACCAUCAAAGGAUCCCCCGAGCUUCACACCACCUGGUUCUUCAAUAACAGUGAGCUGUCCAGCGGUGGCAGAUACGCUGCCAGCUUUAAGGACGGUGUCGCCACUCUUGAGAUAAACAAUGUCACGUUGAGUGACGGCGGGAGCUACAGCUGUGAGGUUCUGAACGAGUCAGGUUGUGAGAGCUGCAGCACCAAAGUGACAGUUAAAGAACCUCCAUCGUUCAUUAAGGAUGCACCCUCCAUAGAAGCAGUGAGAGGAUCAAUAGCUGUGUUGGACUGUGAGAUUGCAGGUUCUGCACCAUUUGAAGUAACUUGGAAAAAGAACAAGAAACGCUUGUCCUCAGAUAAAAAGUACAGAGUAGUGUCACAAGGAUCACUGACCUCUCUGGAGAUCCACACAUUUGAGAGCGCUGAUGCCGGUGAAUAUGAAUGUGUUGUUUCAAAUGAGGUCGGCUCAGUGACCUCUAACUCCAUGGUUAAACAGAAAGAGCCACCUGUCUUCUCAAAGAGGAUUGAGAGUUCUACAGUGUUGUUGGGAAAUACGGUGAAACUACAAGGAGUAGUGAAAGGCUCAGCUCCAAUUUCUAUAAAAUGGCUGAAAGACUCUAAGUUGUUAAUAGAUGAUGACUCCAGUGUCACAACAACAUUUGAGAACAACAUCCCUUGCAUUUCCUUCACUUCUGUUGGGAUAAAACAUGGUGGCAAAUAUACUUGCAUUGCUGAAAACGAGGCAGGGCAGCAGAAAUGCGAGGCUGUUCUCACCAUUCAAGAACCGGCUAAGAUCAUAGAGAAAGCAGCGUCCAUCAGUGUUACAGUUGGUGAACCAGCUACACUUGAGUGCACCAUCUCUGGAAGCCCUGAGCUCAAAGUCAGAUGGUUCAAAGAUGGCAAAGAGAUGAUUAGCAGUCGUAAAUAUAAGAUGACUCUGAAGGAGAACACCGCUGUUCUGAAGAUACUUUCAGCAGAUAGAGGAGACACAUCUGAGUACAAGAUGGAGGUGUCCAAUAAAGUCGGAAAAGACGAGUGCACAUGCUCAGUCACAGUUAUAGAUCGUGCGGUUCCACCGUCCUUCACUAAAACUCUAAAAAAGAUGGAUGGAAGUAUUGGUAGUAAUUCUACCUUGGAGUGCAGAGUUGCUGGAUCACAGCCAAUUGUUGUUUCUUGGUUCAAAGACGACAAAGAAAUUCACAGUGAUGAUAAAUACAAGCUUGAUUUCAGUGAAAGUGCAGCCUCUGUGACAAUUACACGUCUUGAUCAAAGCGAUGGAGGAGUUUAUACGUGUCGGGCUUCAAACAAGGCCGGAGAAAAUGAGACCAGUGGAACACUGACAGUCAAAGAACCUCCAGCUUUCACAGUAAAACCCGAGUCGCAGGAUGUUGCACCAGGAACCAACGUUGUGAUAAAAACAGCCUUCACUGGGUCUGCGCCUCUGGUGGUUAAAUGGUUCAGAGAGGAGAAAGAGAUUUUCUCUGCAGGAAAGUGUAUCAUAAAAAAAGAUGUCUCCUCAAGCUCUUUAGAGCUUUAUUCUGUAAAACCCAGUGAAUCUGCUAAAUAUACCUGCCAAGUAUCAAAUGAUGCUGGGAAAGUGGAUUGCACCGCCAUCCUCUUCGUGAAAGAGGCCCCCACGUUCACAAUGAAGCUUGAGCCUUCACGGCUCCUAAAAGCUGGACAGCCUCUGAAGCUGUCCUGCAAAGUACAGGGAACUCCUGUAAUUUCCAUCACAUGGAUGAAAAAUGGCUCAGAAAUCAUUUCUGACCACAGACACUUGAUGUCCUUUGAGAGCUCAGUAGGCUCUCUGGAGGUGGAGAACUGCUGUAUAAAAGACAGUGGGGAGUAUGUGUGUUUGGCUUCUAGUGAGGCCGGGAGAGAUCAAUGCAGCUGCUCAGUAACCGUCAAAGAGCCUCCAGUGUUUAUAAAGCCUUUUGAAUCAGCUGAGUUUUUGAAGGGAUCUGACAUUGUCCUGACAGGAACCGUUUCAGGUUCCCCGCCAUUUGAAAUAAAUUGCUUCCUCAAUGAUAAGCUGAUCAGAAGCAACAAAAAACAUCAGAUCCAUGUUCAAAAAGACACAGUCACUCUUCAGAUAUCUGACUGUGACAGCAGGGAUGAUGGGACGUACCGCUGCACGGUUGCAAAUGAUGCUGGGGAGACUACUUGUUCUUGCCAGGUUUCUUUGAAAGAGCCUCCUCGGUUUAUCGUGAAACUGCCUYCCACAACCUUUGUGAAGCUGUGUGAGGGACUCCGUUUAGAAUGCAAGACCAACAGCGCACGCUCCUUGAAAAUGUGCUGGUACAAAAAUGACCAAAAGAUAAGCGACGAAGGCAAUUAUAAAGCCAUGUUUGUUGAUUCGACUGCAUACCUCCAGCUACACUCUGCAAAGCUCGAGGAUAAUGGAGUCUACACAUGUGAGRUUCAUAAUGAUGCUGGCAGUGCAAGCUGCAGCACCACUCUCACAGUUCAAGAGUCUCCAUCCUUUACUAAAACUCCCAACCCAGUGGAGGGAAUUCAAGGRARAGAUGCCAGUCUUUACUGUGAGAUGUAUGGCACUCCACCAUUCCAGGUUAACUGGUACAAAGACAAACGGCCCUUAAAAGAGARUUGGAAACAUAAGAUUGUURGUGUGGGCAACUCUGCUACUCUUCAUGUCAUGAAACUUGAGCAGAAUGAUGUUGGCCUGUAUGAGUGCAAGGUGUCAAACAAUGUAGGAAGUGAGUUCUGUUGGACUUCUAUCAAACUAAAAGAACKACCAGCGUUUGUCACAAAGCUCAUCGACCAGUCCGUAAGAAUCGGCCAGCAACUGACACUGACAGCCACAGUGAAAGGCUCUGAGCCUUUGACUGUGUCCUGGGUCCAGGACAAGGACCAUGUCCUUAGAGACGGUGAUAACAGGAAGAUAACCUUUGAGAACAACAUAGCCACUCUUGUAGUUCCAGAAGCUGACUCAGCAACAGCCGGUAGAUACACCUGCCAGCUGAGUAACGACUCAGGACUGGUGGAGUCAGUCUCCCAAGUUACUGUUUUAGAACCUGCUGCCAUUGUGGACAGUCCAGAAUCCAUGAGUAUCACAUCAGGAGAAAAUGCUUCUAUUGAAGUUACAGUGUCUGGUUCAYCAGAACUGAAAACAAAAUGGUUCAAGGACAACAAAGCACUCAGUUCUGGUGCCAAAUAUCAGACAUYUUUCACAAAGAAAAUUGCUGUUCUGAAGAUCCGUUCUGCUGACAAAACGGAUGCUGGAGAAUAUAAACUAGAGGUUGCAAAUCACCUUGGUACAGCUUCUUGUAAAAUCAAGCUCUCAGUCUCAGAUAAGUUGAUUCCUCCAAGUUUCAUAAAGAAGCUGAAUGACACCCACUUUGUUGUGGGAAGGCCUGGUGAGAUGGAGUGCAAAGCUUCUGGAUCUUCUCCUUUAACAAUUUCCUGGUUCCAUAAUGGCAGGGAGAUCAAGAGUAGUCCCUCCUAUGACAUCAGCUCCACAGAUAAUAACUACAGACUGCGAAUUUCAACYGUCGGCAUGUCCGAUUCUGGCAAAUACACCUGUAAAGCAGUGAAUGCUGCAGGAGCCAGUGAGACCAGUGCCUCAUUUAAUGUGACAGAACCUCCUUCAUUUUUGGAAACUCCUGAACCCAAAGAAAUCUUGCCUGGCAAAAAUGUAACUUUCUUAGCUAAAGUAAAAGGCAGUGCCCCGCURCAAGUCAAGUGGUUCAGGGGAGCCAAAGAAAUGCAACAUGGAAGAGGCUGUGAGAUCUCAUUUAAGGCUGAUGUGGCCACCUUGGUGCUUCAUAGAGUUGAUAGAUCCCAUGCAGGAGAGUACACAUGCCAGGUCAUAAACAACGCAGGAAAGGAAAGCUGCCCUCUCCAUCUUUUUGUGAAAGAGCCAGUCCACUUUGUGAAGAAGCUGAGAGAUAUUUCUUCUGAGAAGGGUAAGCCGCUGAGGCUUGAGGUCACUUUCUCAGGAACACCCAAGGUAAAUGUGACCUGGAAGAARGAUGGGAAACUCAUCUGGGCCUCAUAUGAGUACACGGUGAUCACCACAGACACCUCCUGCAUCCUAGAGGUUCUUAACUCUGACAGAAUGGAGGCAGCUGGCACAUACUCUUGUGAAGUAGACAACGGAGUAGGAACUGACAAAUGUGAAGCACAYAUUUCAAUUCUAGAGCGACCAUACUUUGUCGAUGGGAUGGAGCCGGUGGAAGUAACAAUGGGUGAUGCAGUUACCCUGAAAUGUCGUAUUGCAGGAAGUCCUGAUAUCUCAGUAGCUUGGUUUAAGGCUGGUGGAAAACUGAGGAAAUCCCCCAUUUGCUCCAUGGAUUUCUCAAAUGGUAUUGCCUCUUUGAGUCUGGUCAAGACAGCUAAAUCUGAUGAUGGUGAAUACACCUGCAAGGUUGAGAACAGGGUCGGUUCCGCCUCUGCCACUUGCAGCGUUACAGUGAAAGAGCCCGUGUGCUUUGUCAAGAAGCUGGAAGACACAACUUUUGUGGUUGGGCAGCCGCUGAAACUAGUCUGCACAUACACUGGGAGCCCGAGGGUGUAUGUGACGUGGAAAAAGGACAACAAGCUGAUCUGGGCCUCUUAUCAGUACAACGUUAAAACCACCGACUCUACCUGCAUUCUGGAGGUUCUGAACAGUGACAGGCCUGAAGCAGCAGGAAUAUACACUUGUGAGAUUUCUAAUGGAGCUGGGAGUGAUGUUUGCCACGCUCAUGUCAGUCUAGAACCCCCUCGCUUUGUGAACAAGCUGGAAGACACRUAUUUCAAACUCCGGGAGCCUUUGACCCUGAAGUGCACAUACACUGGGAGUCAGAGAAUACAUGUAACCUGGAAAAAAGAUGACAAGUUAAUCUGGGCCUCAUACAAGUACAACGUCAAGACUUCUUAUGAUACAUGCAUCUUGGAAGUCCUCAACAGUGACCGAGUAGAAGCUGUGGGAAGAUACACAUGUGAAAUUUCUAAUGCAGCAGGAAGCGAUGUCUGCCAUGCUAAUGUGAAAUUAGAACGUAAAGUACCUCCAAACUUCACUAAGAGGCCAUCUGAGUCCAUCGUGGAUUCAACUGGUAAGGUAGUAAAGAUGGAGGCUCGGGUGUCCGGCUCCCAGCCACUGACCAUCACCUGGUACAAGGACAACCAAGAGAUCUAUGCCUCUGGAAAAUAUGACAUCAGCUUCAAGAACAACAUGGCUGUGCUGUGUAUCAAAGACUCUGCGGUUUCUGACAGCAGUGUCUACACCUGUGAGGCUUCCAACGAAGCAGGRAAAGUGUCAUGUCAGGUGUCCCUCACAGUUUCAGAAACUGGUCAGCCUCCCAAAUUUGACGUGACUCUGGAGCCAGUCACAGUGAACGAGGGGGAGAAGCUGAGCCUCAAAUGCCAUGUUAGAGGCUCCUCUCCUCUGACUGUCCAGUGGAUGAAGGACAGGAGGGAGCUGAAGUCCAGUGAUAAAACCAAAAUCACAUUUGUUGGUGGAACGGCCUCCCUUGAGGUCAGCUCCKCAUCAAAGGAAGAUGCAGGGGAUUAUCUGUGCAAGGCCAGCAAUGCAGUCGGUAGUGACUUCUGCAAGUCCAAGGUCACUGUGAAGGACAAAGGAGCCAAACCUUCACCCACCGAGGCACCGACCCCCGCUGCAGCUGCCCCAGUCAAAAGGCUCGACAACCUUUUCUUCAUUGAAGAACCCAAAAACAUUUCAGUCACAGAGAAGGGCACUGCAACCUUCAUCGCCAAGAUUGGAGGUGAUCCAAUCCCCAGCGUGAAGUGGAUGAAGGGCAAAUGGAGGCAGAUCACCCCUGGUGGUCGUAUCUCCAUCGAGCAYAAGGGCCARGAUGCCAAACUGGAGAUCAGAGAGGUGACCAAGUCCGACUCUGGUCUCUAUAGGUGUGUCGCCACUAACAAACAUGGAGAGAUCGAAUCUGGCGCUGAGAUGGAAGUCACCAAAAAGGAAGAAGGGGAAGGCAUUGGAGAUAUCAGAACAAAACUCAAGAAAACUCCCUCCAAGCAAAAGAGCCCAAAGAAACUUGAAAACAUCAGUAUUGUUGACUUGCUCAGAGGUCAUGACCCUAAAGACUAUGAGAGGAUCCUCCGGGAACAUGGGAUCCAUGACUACAGGGCCAUCCUGCAGGCCGUGGAGUUCCUGAAGAGGGAGAAAGAGAUGGAAACUGGAAAAGCGGAGGUGGAACAUGGUGGUCGGGUUGAAGAGGAGGACAUGGCCAGACUGAUCCAGCAGCUGGAGGGRCGUGUCGACACAGAGCCUGUGUCUGUGAUGGAAGACAUCUCUGACCAGACAACCACAGAGAACCAAACGGCAACKUUUGAGUGCGAGAUCCAGAUCAACUACCCAGAGAUCUCUCUGACCUGGUACAAGGGAACGCAGAAACUGGAGAGCAAUGAUAAAUACGAGAUCAGCAGUGUGGGCAACCGCCACUACCUGAAAAUUAAGAARUGCCAGGUCAAAGAUGAGGGCAACUUCCGUGUGGUGUGUGGUCCUCACAUCUCCAACGCCAAACUCACCGUAACAGGAGCUGAUUACAAACCAGCCGACCAAAUUCAGUUUACUAAACGCAUCCGAAACAUCGAAGUCAGCGAACGUCACUCCGCCACCUUCGAGUGUGAGUUGUCCUUUGACAACGCAACCGUUUCGUGGUACAAAGACUCGUGGGAGCUCAAAGAAAGCCCCAAAUAUAACUUCAGGACAGAAGGCCGACGGCACUUUAUGACGAUCCGCAACGUGACAGCAGAGGACGAAGGCGUUUACUCCGUGAUCGCUCGCCUGGAGCCAAUGGGAGAAGCUCGAAGCACCGCCGAGCUUUACCUCACAGGCAAAGACGUUGGGUUAGGAAAGGUUCCUCAGGACAUCCCAGAUUCAUCAGUUCAGCUCCCAGACAUGAGCUCCAUGAUCAUUUCCCAAGAAUCAUCCRAAUUUUAUCACCACGAGGAACGAUCUGAAGUCAAAGAGUUUAAGAGUCUGACGGUUGAAGAAGAAACGGUUUCGGUUCGGUACUCCUCCGUCUCAGAAGAGAGAAAAGCUGUGGAAGAAUAUAUUGACCGGACUGAAGUCAGAGAGGAAAUCACUUCAGUUCAUGAGGUUUACAGGAAGCCAGAAGAGAAACCCUCWGAGCGUAAAGCUCCACACCCACCUGCCGUCACAGAACCUGAGGUAAAGAAGCCAUGGCCUGAUACUUUCACAACUCAGCGAGAAGAACCGACAGUUCCACAAGUAUUCACCAAACCAAAGGCUGAACCCAAGCCAAAAGAACCAGAAAAGGUUCCUCCAGAACCAAAACGGCAGCUUCAGAAACCAGAGGUACCUGAACCUAAAGUGACCRAAGCACCAGAAGUAAAACCUGCCAAGAAAACUCCUGCAGUUCCUGAACCGAGAGUCCCAGCUGUAACCAAACCAGUGGAGGCCAAAGUCCAUCCAGUCGCURAGAGGAUUGCUCCUCCAAAAACUGAGGAGAUCUUACCAAGAGCACCAGUGCUACCAAAGGCAGAAGAACCUUUAGUCCAGCCAUCAGCAGCUGUGGUUACACCAUCAGCACCAGAACGCCGACCAGCUGAAGUAAAAGAUGUAACCAGACCAGAGAAAGCAGUCGUCCAAACACCUGAAUCUAAAAUCCUUCCAGUCUGGACUGAAGCUGCUCCAGUUAAAGUUGCCUCAGAAAGGAAGGAGCUUGAAGUUACUGGAAAACCAGCCCCAUUCAUUGCUGAGAGUGAGCCAGAGGUACUCAAGUUUACGCCUCAAACAGAAGAAGAACCAAAGUUUGGAGAAAAAACUAAGAAGGCUUUUGAAGAAGUGGAGAAGGUCAUCAAGUUUCCUAAAACGGUUGAUGAAGCCAAAAUGCCAAGAGAAAUUGAAAAGUUACCUGAUGCAACAAAAAUGGUUCCAGAAACACAAACAAAGGUUCCAGAAAAAACAAAGAUGAUUACUAAAACACCAGAGGUGGUUUCUGAAGCACCAGGCAAAUUUCCAGGAAAGUCAAAAGGAGAAAUAAAGAGGGGUCAAGAGGUUCCCAAAAAGGUUCCAGAAACACAGACAAAGGUUCCAGAAAAAACAAAGMUGAUUACUGAAUCACCAAAGGUGGUUUCUGAAGCACCAUCCAAGGUUCCAGAAAAGUCAGAAGAGGAGAUAAAAUGGAGCCAAGAGCUUCCCAAAAGGGUUCCAGAAACACAAAAGAUGGUUCCAGAAAAACCAAAAGAAAAGAAAGUUUUACAGGAACCAGAGAAGAUUUUGAUGGUUCCCAAAAAAGUUCCUGAAACACCAAAGAAAGUUAUAGAGGAAAUGAAGGUUAAGGAGCCACCAGCAAACCUAAGGCAUACAACAGAAGCUUCACAGGUUGAAAUAGUGAAGACMCCUCCAGGUUACAGAGCCCCACAGCAACAAGAGAAGGUUGAAAAACCUCAGCAACAAGUGUCUCCCCCUGAAGUGAAGAAACCUUCUGCACCAGCACCAAAGCCUUCAUAUCCUCCAAAAGUUACUCCUCCUGCAGAGGCGAAGAAACCUUCUGAACCUGAACCAAAGCCGACACAUCCUCCCCCUAAAGUUACUGCCCCUGCAGAGGAGAAGAAACYUUCUGMACCAGAACCAAAGCCUUCASCUCCUCCUCCUCCUAAAGUUAYUCCUCCUAUAGAGGAGAAGAAACUUUCUGCACCAGAACCAAAGCCCUCACCUCCUCCUCCUCCUAAAGUUACUCUUCCUCAAGAGGAGAAGAAACYUUCUGUACCAGAACCAAAGCCCUCRCCUCCUCCUCCUCCUAAAGUUACUCCUUCUGCAGAGGAGAAGAAACCUUCUGCACCAGAAGCAAAGCCCUCACCUCCUCCUAAAGUUACUCCUCCUGCAGAGGAGAAGAAACCUUCUGCACCAGAAGCAAAGCCUUCACCUCCUGCUCCACCUCAGAAAGUUACUCCUUCUGCAGAGAAGAAAGCAGCACCAGAACCAAAGCCUUCASCACCUGCUCCUCCUCCUCAGAAAGUUACUCCUGCAGAGGGGAAGAAACCAUCACCAGAGCCAAAGCCUUCUGUUUCUCCUCAAAAAGUUUCCCCUCCUGCAGAGGAGAAGAAAACAUCUGUAUCUGAACCAGCAGCUCCUUCACCCAAAGUUGCUCCUCCUGCAGUGUCUCCUCCAGAAGAAAAGAAGCCGUCUCCAGUAUCAAGACAACAACCAGCAGAAAAAGUAGUUUCUCCAGAAGCUCCAGUUGCGCCAGUGGAGAAGAAACCUUCUGAGCCCAGUGUAAAGGCUGAACCUACCACCGUUUCAGAAAGAAUUUCUCCACCUGAAGACAAGGAACCAGUUUCAGCUCCUGGAYCAACUAAAGUGCCAACUCUUAAGCAAAAGGGUAAAAUUCCCAUUGAGGAGGAUAAAACUACUGAGGUUCCUAAACUAAAGAGUAAAAUGACCAUAAAACCCAAAGAGAAAGAGCCAGAAAUGGAGACCAUUCAGUUGAAGAAGGUUCCGGUAAAACCUCCAGAGCCCGAGAAACAGGUUGUAACUCAUAAAGCAGAAAUGAUAARACAUCAUGAUCCAGAGCUAUCAGUGCGAGGACUUCAUGAUAGAGAAGAACGGGAGAUCAUCACGCUUGGAAGAACUGAACGAGUCUUCAUAGCAGAACAGGAAACAAUUCAACUGAGUCAAAUUGAGGAGACUGAAACAAUUAAAAUUGUCCAAACAACAGAGAAAGAAGGUUGGACACGAACCACAAAACYCAAGAAAGAAGAGGAACCCGAKGUUCYCAGUGUAGAUAAGAAGAAAAUAAAGAAACUACCAAAGACAGAGGAACAACAAGAAUCUGUGAAACUAAAACCAUUUGAAAAGCCUGGAAAGUUAGAACAAGAGCAAGAGAARAUCAAACUGAAACAGGUUCCAAGUAAGCCUAAAGAACUUGAAAAGGAAAUUUCAAAGGAUAAACCUGAAACGACAAAACAACGUGACACUGAACCGAGAGUCCAGAAACCUCAAGCGAGAGAAGAUCGAGAGAUAAUYCCACUUGGAAGACCUGAAAGAGUCUCUGUUCCUGCCGAGGAGCCAUCUAAAGGUGGUCAAACAGAAAAACCUGAACAGCCAGAGGAAGAUGAGAAAUCUAAGUGGACCAGAACCACAAAGGCACCAAAGGAAGGAGACGCUGAGCCAGAUGUAUCAAAAAAGAAAAUCAAGAAAUUACCAAAGAAAGAUGAAGAACCAGAAGUUGUGACAUUGAAGCCUUUUGAAAAACCCACAAAACAAGAAGCAUCCGAACAAGCUAAGACUAACGAUGAAGGUCGGGCAACGACAGAUACUGAGCGCUCUCCUUUUAAAUUGGGUGAGAUGUUGCUCAAAGAUCCACYUACAUCGGCUCUAAAAAACAAAGAAGACAAAGAUGUUUCUUUGACAAGUUCUGACACAAGUCCGGAUAUUAUCAAAUCCCAACCAGAACCACCACAAAAGAAAAAGGUUGAUCAAGUACCUAAGGAUGAAGAAACUACAGCAGCUGAUAAACCUAAAGUUAAACCUAAAGUGAUUCCCAAACCAGAGGAAAAGRAUGAGCAGSUUGUGUUGAAGCCUUUCACCAAAGUCACUAAGCCAGAAGAAGUCCCURAUGAAGAGAUAAAGAAGCCUGUAGACACAAAGAUGCCAGACAAGACAACCAAAGACAGGAAAGAUACAGAGAAACAGAAACCUGUGAAGAAGGAGGAACUGUCUGUUCCAGCCAAGAAACCAAGUCCUACACAUCUUAAAGAGAAGAUCUCACCUACUGAAGCAGAGAAGGUCCCAGCAAAACCAUCUGAUGUGUUAAAGAAAGAUGUUGAACUCAAAAAGACUCCUUCUCCCACGGUCAGCACAGAGAAAGCAGAAGACAAAAAGCCCACAAAGCCUGUUGAGGAGCCGAAGAAGGCUGAGCUAAAAAAGACUCCACCGUCUAAGGUGGAGAAGCAGAAAGAUGUGGAGAAAGUUCCASCUGAGAGAAAGCCAAGUUCAGAAAAAGUCAAAGAGAUCCCAAAAGCUGUUUCCCCCAAAGACUCCGUUGAAGCCGUAACACUCAAAAAAGUUCCCAAUAAGCCAUCAGAGGAAGAGGUCUCAGAAUCAGAAAAGCCUGAUAAAGGUCGGAUCCCCCUUUCGAAGGAGAUUUCUCCUGGAGCUGUGCAAAUGAAGAGGGUGACAACUCAGCCUGAGGAGGAGGUCUUUGAAAAUGAGCCUGAAGAAGGCGAGGUUGAGGAGGAAUCCUGGGGCUGGGAUCUUGUUCCCUCAGAGGACUGGGAAGGUGAAGAGGUGGAUGGGGCCGUUGAGACUCCGGGUAUGCCUGGUGCCAGACGAGAUGGRAAACCAAGUGACGAGCCUCCGAAAGGCAGAGGCAGAGGAUUUGGGGCAAGACAAACUCCCUCUCCUGGUGAUGGUGGAAGGGGUCGGGGCAUGAAACCCGGUGGAAAAGGUCCAACACCACCAGAGGAACCGUUUGCAGGCUUCAAGCUCAAACCUGUGGCUUUGAAGUUUGUGAAGAAGAUUCAAGACAUUGUGCUGCAGGAGGCCGAGUCCAUCGGCUCAUCGGCCGUGUUUGAGUGUGAGGUCACACCCUCUACAGCCGUCACCUCCUGGAUGAAGGAUGACAGUAACCUGCGUGAGAGUCCCAAGCAUAAGUUCACCUCUGAUGGCAAAGAUCGGAAGCUGCACAUCAUUGAUGUCCAGCUGUCCGACACUGGAGAAUACACCUGCGUGGCCAAGAAUGCAGGAAAGGAGAUUACCUGCACUGCUAAGCUCAUAGUUGAGGAGCUCCCUGUAAAAUGGYUGAAGGAGUUGGAACCUGAGAMCUCAUGCAUAAAAGGUCAACCAAUGUACCUCAUCUGUGAGCUGAACAAAGAAAGAGACGUGGUGUGGAAGCGGAAUGGAGAGCUACUGAAGAAAAAGGCUGGAAAAGUGGCCAUUAAUGUGAUCGGUAUGCAGCACGCUGUGACCAUCCAGAACGUCACUGAUGAGGAUGCAGGCCUCUACACCUGYGAAGUAGAUGGUCAGGCAGACGUCAAAACCUCAACCAACGUCAAAGUGAAUGAAAUCAUCAAAGACUGGCUGGUGAAGCCUCUGAGGGACCAGCAUGUGAAACCAAAGUCCAAGGCCACAUUCAAAUGUGAGCUGUUCAAAGACACUCCCAAUUGGAAAUGGUACAAAGGCGAGAACGAACUCGCUCCUUCUGACAAAGUUGAGAUYGACAAAGAUGGAAAGGAUAUGAAGCUCACCAUCAACAACUGCCAACCUGAUGACGUGUCAGAUUACACSAUCGAAGUUGAAAAUCGAAGAUAYACAGCCAAACUCACCCUGGGAGAGCGUGAAGCUGAAGUCCUGAAACCUCUUGCCAGUGUUGAGGUGGUUGAGAAGGAGGAAGCUCACUUCGACACUGAAAUAUCUGAGCAUGAUGUUCCUGGUGAAUGGAAACUCAGAGGCCAGGUGUUGACCAGGUCUCCGACAUGUGACAUUAAAGCAGAGGCCGGAAAGCGCUUCCUUACACUGAAGAACGUGCAGCUGGAYCAGGCUGGAGAAGUGUCGUACCAGGCUCUGAAUGCUGUCACCAGUGCCAUGCUCACCGUUAAAGAGAUCGAAAUGGGCUUUGUUGAAACGCUGAAGGAUGUGUCUGUGCCUGAAAAGAAACAGGCUAAGUUUGAAUGCACCGUCACUAAGGAUAUACCAAAGGUCAUGUGGUUUAAGGGGGUGGAAAUAAUCACCCCGAGCCCCAAAUAUGAAAUAAUUGAUGAUGGGAAGAAACACAUGCUGAUUGUAAACAGCUGUGAGUUUGAUGAUGAGUCUCACUAUUCAAUAGAGGUAUUGGACAAAAGGUCAACGGCUCAGCUGACGGUGGAAGGCAUGAGGCUCAAAUUUGUGCAGMAACUUAAGGACCAAACGAUCAAAGAAGGUAGCUCGGUGCACUUUGAUAUCGAGUUGACUCACGAGAACGUGCCGGUGGUUUGGUACCGAAACGAAGUCAAACUCCACGUGAGUCGAACGGUGCUGAUGCACGUGGAAGGAAGGARACAYACUCUAGAAAUGAGGAGUUUGAGUCUAGAUGAUACCUGCCAGAUAAAGGCAGAAGCCAAGGGAAUUUACUCCUCAGCCAAACUGACAGUCAUAGAGGGAGAUGCCAUCUUCCUGGUGAAGCUGCGGGAUUACACCGCCACAGAGAAAGACGAGGUGUCGCUGGACUGCGAGCUCAGCAAAGAUGUUCCUGUGGUCUGGUAUCACAAUGAGAAGGAAGUCGUUAACUCCAAGUUGGUGGUCAUGAAGUCAGAAGGCACCCGCAGGUCUCUGGUCCUGAAGAAAGUGGCGCAAAACGAUCAAGGAAAAUACGUAUGUGACUGUGGAACAGACAAAACAUCGGCCAACAUAAUGAUCGAAGCACGUGACGUUAAGGUUGUGCGGCCGAUCUACGGCGUGGAGCUGUUUGAUGGUGAAACAGCUCGUUUCGAGGUUGAGAUCUCUGAGGAUGACGUCCACGGCCAGUGGAAGCUGAACGGAGAAGCGCUCAAUCCUUCCUCUGACGUGGACAUCAUCGAGGAAGGAGGCAAACACACUCUGAUCCUGUACAACUGUAAGGUGUCCAUGACAGGAGAGGUSUCUUACUCUGCUGCCAAUGCCAAAUGCUCUGCCAACUUGAAGGUCAAAGAACUUCCUCUGAACUUCCUGACGCCCCUGAGCGACGUUCAGGUGUAUGAGAAGGAYGAGGCCCGGUUUGAGGUGGAGGUGUCGAGACCUCCAAAGAGCUUCCGCUGGCUCAAAGGCUCCCAGGAGCUGACAGGUGACGACAAGUACGAGAUGAUACAGGAGGGAAAUAUGUACGUUCUGGUGAUCCGAUUGGCGGCGUUUGACGAUGAGGCCAAGUACAUGUAUGAGGCAGAGGACAAGAGGACCACCGGCAAACUCGUUAUUCAGGGUAUUCGCCUGGAGUUUGUCAAGCCCAUUAAGGAUGUAACAGUGAAAGAGAGAGAAACAGCCGAGUUCAGCGUUGAACUGUCUCAUGAAAACAUCUCAGUGGUUUGGUACAAAAACGACGUCCGGCUGCUUCCCAGUAAGGUGGUUCACAUGUCGGAUCAUGGAAAAGUCCACACUCUGGCCUUCAAGGAGGUGACGAUCGACGACACCUCUAUGAUCAAGGUGGAGGGAAUGGACAAGAGCAUGACAGCCAUGCUCACUGUCAUCGAGGGUGACUUGUACUUCACCACCAAGCUGCAGAACUACACUGCUGUGGAGAAGGACGAGGUGAAGCUGGUCUGUGAACUUAGCAAGGCCGUUGCUGAUGUGAAAUGGUUUAAGGAUGGGAAGGAGAUCACUCCGUCCAAGAACAUCGCCAUCACCUCGGACGGAAAGAAGAGAACCCUGAUGGUCCGGAAGGCAGAGAAGGCCAACAUCGGAGAGUAUACYUGCGACUGUGGCUCAGACAAAACCACAGCAAACCUCAACAUUGAAGAGCGCGAUAUCAAGGUUGUCCGUCCCCUGUACAGCGUGGAGGUCACUGAGACAGAGACAGCCAAGUUUGAGACUGAGAUUUCCGAAGAGGAUGUCCACGGAAACUGGAAACUGAAGGGAGAAGCUCUGCACCAGUCAGCGGACGUGGAGAUUAAAGAGGAAGGAACCAAACACAUGCUGAUCCUCUAUAAUGUCCGUAUGGACAUGGCCGGAGCUGUUGACUUCUCUGCAGCCAACGCCAAAUCCAACGCUCAGCUCAGGGUCAAAGCUCGCUCCAUCACGCUGAUGCAUCCGCUGAAGGAUGUGACAGUGACAGCCGGAGAGACGGCUACCUUCGAGUGUGAGCUCUCAUAUGAAGGCAUCGAAGUGGAGUGGUUCGUUGGAGGACAGAAGAUGGAAGCCAGCGACCGGGUAAAGACUCGGGUGGCAGGUAAAGUUCACACUCUGACUGUCCGAGAUGUGAAACUGUCAGAGGCCGGGGAGGUCAAAGUGACGGCCAAGGAUUUCCUGACUCAAGCUCAGCUCUUUGUUGGAGAGCCACCAGUAGAGUUCACAAAGCCUCUGGAAGACCAGACGGUGGAGGAAGAGGCCACCGCCACCCUGGAGUGCGAAGUGUCAAGAGAGAACGCCGAGGUGCGCUGGUUCAGGGAGGGUCAGGAGAUCAGAAAGACCAAGAAGUAUGACACCAUCGCUGACGGUCGCAAGAGAGCACUUAUCAUCCAUGACUGCUCUCCAGAUGAUGCCAAAAUGUACACAUGUGAUGCUAAAGAGUUCAAAACUUCCUGCUUCCUGGAGGUUACACCUCCUUAUGUGGAGUUUACAAAACCACUACAGGAUGUGGAAGUCGGAGAGAAAGAAUCAGCCAGGUUUGAAUGUGAAGUGUCCCGCGAGUCUGCCAAGGUUCGCUGGUUUAAGGACGGCAGCGAGAUCAGGAAGGGAAAGAAGUAUGAAAUCAUUGCUAAAGGAGUGCAGAGGAUCCUCAUCAUCCACAAGUCAGUGUUUGACGAUGAGGCAGAGUACGAAUGUGAUGCCAGAACCUUCAAGACGUCUGGCAUGCUCACUGUCAUCGAGGAAGCAGCCACAUUCACCAAGAACCUGUCCAACGUGGAGGGAACGGAGACAGACAGCGUAAAGAUGUUCUGUGAAGUUUCCAAGGCCAAUGCUGAGGUUACCUGGUUCAGAGGAGAUGAAGAACUGCCAGAGGGCGGACGCUACGAUCAGAYCAUGGACGGUCGCAGGAGGAUCUUGAUCAUCCAGGACCUGAGGAUGGAAGAUGCUGGAGAGUACAACUGCAGGCUGAGUCCGACUGUCAGAACAUCCGCCACCCUGAAACUCAAUGAACUGGCAGCGGAGUUCAUCUCUCGCCCUCAGAACCAGGACGUGGUGGAGGGUGAGCAGGCUGAGUUCUCCUGCACCGUGUCCAAAGACACCUAUGAGGUGAAGUGGUUCAGAGGUGAACAAGAGAUCCAAGCUGGAGACAAAUACACAAUCAUCAGUGAAGGAAAGAGAAGGGCUCUGAYUGUGAAAAAAUGUGACCUGAAGGAUGAGGGUGGCUAUGUUGCUCACAUCGGCAGCGUUAAAGCUUCUGCUGAUCUCUGUGUGAUAGAAAAACUGAGGAUYGUUACACCAAUUAAAGACACAGAGGUGAAGGAGGGAAGCGAGAUUGUGUUUAACUGUGAGACCAAUACUGAGGGAGGCAAGGCCAAGUGGCUGAAGAAUGAGGAGACCAUUUUUGAAAGCAGCAAGUACAUGAUGGUUCAGAGAGACAACGUCUUCUCUCUGAGGAUCAAAGAUGCCCAGAAGGCCGAUGAGGCCAAUUACACUGUCUCUCUGACUAACAACAGGGGAGAACAGGCCAAGUGCUCUGCYAGCGCUAAAGUUGCAGAGGAAAAACUCAAAUUCCUGGAGCCCAUUGAAGACAUUGAGACWCAGGAGAAGAAGACCAUCAGCUUUGUUUGCAAAGUGAACCGGUCUGAGGUGACCGUAAGAUGGAUGAAGGCCGGCCAGGAGGUGACCCUCAGCAAACGCAUCGUGUACCGAGCCGAUGGACUCAAACACACCCUGACUAUCAAAGACUGCACAAUGGAAGAUGAGGGCGAGUACACUGCCAUGGUUGGAGAUGACAAGUGUGCUGCUGAGCUGAUCAUCAGUGAGGCGCCAACUGACUUCACAGGACAGCUCAGAGACCAGACUAUUACCGAGUUUGAGGAUGCAGAGUUCACUUGCAAACUGAGCAAGGAGAAGGCUGCUGUCAAGUGGUACAAGAAUGGACGAGAGAUCCGAGAAGGACMGAGAUAUCAUAUGGAAAAAGAAGGCAAAACAUGCAGAUUGAUCAUCAAGGUGUGCAGACCUGAUGACGAGUGUGAAUAUGCCUGUGGUGUGGAUGAGAGAAGGAGCAGAGCCAGGCUCUUUGUUGAAGAGACCCCAGUGGAGAUCAUCAGACCACCACAGGACAUGUUUGAACCUCCAGGUUCAGAUGUCGUGUUUGAGGUGGAGCUCAACAAGGACAGAGUGGAGGUCAAGUGGAUGAGAAACAACAUGAUCAUUGUGCAGGGUGACAAGUACCAGAUGAUCAGUGAGGGGAAGAUCCACAGGUUACAAGUCUGUGAGAUCAGACCCAGAGACCAAGGAGAGUACCGCAUUGUGGCCAAAGACAAGGAUGCCCGGGCCAAACUGGAGCUGGCAGCUGUUCCAAAGAUCAAGACCACUGACCAAAAUCUGGUGACGGAUGCUGGGAAACCCUUCGUCAUGACGGUUCCUUACGAUGCCUACCCUCGUGCUGAUGCAGAGUGGUUCUUUGAUGGCAAAAGCUUACCUGUUCAAAACAUUGAUACUUCACUUGACAAAACCGAGUACCGUCUUAAGAGCCCUACCAAAGAGGAACAGGGCCGGUACAGAGUGGUAAUCAAAAACAAACAUGGUGAGGGUGAAGCUUUCAUCAACCUGGAUGUGAUUGAUGUCCCUGGACCUAUUAAGAACCUAAGAGUGGUUGACACUGCUGAUGGUGAGGUCAGCUUAGCCUGGGAGGAGCCUGAGAGUGAUGGUGGCAGCAAGAUUAUCGCUUACGUGGUAGAACGACGCGAUGUGAAGCGGAAGACCUGGACYCUUGCUACAGACCGGGCUGAUACUCCAGAAUACUGUGUCAGUGGUCUCCAGAAGGACUCCCUGUACCUGUUCAGAGUCUGUGCUCGUAACAGAGUUGGUCCYGGUCCCAUUGUUGCCACUGUCGAUGCCGUUCAGGCCAAGAACAAGUUUGAUGUUCCGGAUGCUCCAGAAAAUGUUGGCAUUGGUGUGGUGAACAAGUUUGGAGCCACUGUCAACUGGGAGCCUCCUAAGUUUGAUGGGGGCUCAGAGAUCACUGCAUAUGUGAUUGAGCUCCGUGACAGAACCUCUGUGAAAUGGGAGGCGGCCCUGGUAUGUGGAGCYAGUGAUCGAUCGGCUACACUGAAUGACGUGGUGGAGCACAAGGAGUACAUCUUCAGAGUCCGAGCUGAAAACAARGCCGGAAUUGGACGGCCUAGUGCUGCAACCAACCCAGUGAAGAUAAUGGAUCCCAUUGAGAGGCCAAGUCCACCUCUGAACCUGAACUACAAUGACCAAAUCAACACCGCUGUCACUCUGACCUGGGAAACCCCGUUAAGCAACGGUGGCAGCAUGAUCACCGGGUACAUUAUUGAGAAAUGUGAUGAGGGUUCAGACAAGUGGUUACGCUGCAACGCCAGACUGUGUCCUGACCUCUCCUACCGGGUUUCUGGACUGAAGCCUGGUCAGAAGUACCUGUACAGAGUGUGUGCUGAGAAUGCUGCUGGUGUCUCAGAUCCAACAGAGAAGCUUGGACCACUGCUUGCCGACGACCCACAUGUUGGUCCAACCUUUGAUCUAAGCGGCUUUAGGAAUGGCCUGGAAGUUAUUGCCCCUCAGCCUCUCACCAUCAGGGUCCCCAUUACCGGAUACCCCACUCCCACAGCGAAGUGGAACUUUGGAGAAAAGGAGCUGACCAAAGCAGAGGAGCGUGUCUCCAUGGUAACAAAGCCAACGUUUACAGAGCUGACAAUCUCUCCAAGUGUCCGUCCAGAUAAAGGCACAUACACCCUGCACCUGGAGAAUGAUGUCGCAUCCGUCUCUGGAGAGAUCGAGGUCAAUGUCAUCGCAUGUCCUAGUGCACCCAAAGACUUUAAGGUAGCUGAGGUAACUAGGCUCCAUGUCCACCUGAUGUGGGAGCCACCAGAACAUGACGGAGGAAGUCCAGUUACCCACUAUCAGAUAGAAAAGAGAGAGGUUUCCCGCAAGACCUGGGCCAAGGUUGCUACUGGUGUCAUGGAUCUGGAGCACACAGUAACAGAUGUGAUUGAGGGAAAAGAAUAUCUGUUUAGCGUUAUUGCCUGCAACAAGUGUGGACCUGGAGAACCAGCCUACAUAGAUGAGCCUGUAAACGUCUCCUCACCUGCUACUAUUCCUGAUCCUCCUGAGAACCUGAAAUGGCGUGAUAAGAGUGGCAAGAGCAUCUUCCUUUCCUGGGAGCCUCCAAAGUAUGACGGUGGUGCUCCUGUUAAAGGUUACGUGGUUGAUAAAUGUCAACGUGGGACAGACAAGUGGGAACCCUGUGGUGACCCCAUUCCUGAACUCAAGUUCCAGGUGACAGGGCUGAUCGAGGGCCAGUGGUACGCCUACAGAAUCAGAGCAGUGAACAAGUUGGGGGCCAGCAGGCCCUGCAGGGCCACUGAUGAGAUUCAGGCCGUAGAUGCUCGAGAACCUCCAGAGAUUCAGCUGGAUGUGAAGCUGCUGGCAGGCCUGACUGCCAGAGCAGGCACCAAGAUUGAGCUUCCUGCAGACGUUAAAGGACAGCCUGAUCCUCGUGUAAAAUGGACCAAGGCUGACUUGGUCCUACGGGCUGAUGACCGUAUCACCAUUGAGACCCAGCCGGGACACUCCAAAGUUUCCAUAGGCAACACCACCAGAGAAGACACGGCCACUUACAUCAUAGAGGCAGUCAACAUCUGUGGACGCGCCACUGCCACCAUUGAUGUCAACAUCCUAGAUAAACCGGGCCCUCCAGCUGCCUUUGAUAUCUCAGAGAUCACCAAUGAGUCCUGCGUUUUAGCCUGGAACCCUCCCAGAGAUGACGGUGGCUCACCCAUCACCAACUACAUUGUUGAAGCUCGUCAGACAGACAAAGAGGAGUGGGUCAAAUUGUCAGCCACUGUGAAGGACACCACCUUCAAGGCCUGCAAGCUUAUUGCUAUGAAGGAGUACAUCUUCAGGAUCAGUGCUGAGAACCAGUAUGGCAUUGGCAUUCCUACAGAGCACACACCAAUCAUUGCUAAGUACUCUUUUGAUCCACCUGGUCCUCCAACCAGAGUCACUCCUUCUGACAUUGCCAAGGAUGCAGUGACACUGACCUGGUUUGAGCCAGAUGAGGACGGUGGCAGCCCUAUCACAGGAUACUGGAUUGAGAAGUUUGAUCAAGAGAGCGACAAGUGGAUACGAUGCAACAAACUSCCCAUAAAGGACACAACUUUCAGGGUAAAAGGUCUUCCCACCAAGAAGAAGUACAGCUUCCGUGUUUUGGCAGAGAAUCUGGCUGGACCUGGRAAACCAAGUGCAGAGACAGAUCCUGUGCUUAUUAAAGAUCCCAUUGAUCCUCCAUGGGCACCCGGAAAACCUGUUGUCAGGGAAGUUGGCAAGACCACUGCCUUGUUAGCGUGGACACGACCRGAGCACGACGGCGGGGCAAAGAUCGAAGGUUACAUCAUCGAGUUCCAGAARACUGGAAGCGAGGAAUGGAUCCGUAUUGCAGAGGAUGUUCCUCAGACAGAGCACCAGCUGCAGGGUCUGAUGGAGAAGCAGGAGUACUCAUUCAGAGUUAAAGCUGUCAAUAAGGCCGGUGAGAGUGAACCCAGCGAACCCAGUGACCCUGUGGUCUGCAAGGAGAGACUCUACCCUCCAUCUGCUCCUCAGUGGCUGGAGGUCACCAACAUCACCAAGAUCAGCGCUGAUCUGAAAUGGCAGGCUCCAAGCAGUGAUGGAGGUUCACCCAUCACAAACUAUGUGGUGGAAAAGAGGGAUGUGAGGCGGAAGGCGUAUGUGAUUGAAAAGAAAGAAAAGGUUGGAACUCGAUGGCUGAAGUGCUGCAAGACUCCAGAUAAACAGACGCAGUUCAAGGUGACAGAUGUUGAUGAAGGAUCAGAGGUGCAGUUUCAGGUCAGAGCUGAGAAUGAGGCCGGAGUGGGAGACCCGAGUGAGCCCACUGUCAUCCUCACCAUCGAGGAUCCAACAAGUCCUCCAUCUCCUCCUCUGGAAGUGGCCAUUGUUGAUGCCAGCAGGGAACACAUCAAUGUCACCUGGAAACCACCAGCCAAAGAUGGCGGCUKCCCAAUAACUGGAUACCAUGUUGAGGUGGCAGAGGCUCGUCCAGAACUCAAGUGGCUGAGGGUAAAUGCCCGGCCCAUUAAAGARCUGAAGUUUAGGAUUGAYGAUGGAAUCAAACCAGAGAAAAAGUAUGUGAUUAGAGUUCGUGCCAUCAACUCUAUUGGUGUAAGCGAUCCCUCUGAAAUCUCCGACAAAGUUGCCACCAAAGAUCCUGACUGUGCUCCAACCUUGGAUCUGGAUGGACAGGAUGUGAUUGUGGUUGAAGGCGAGAAGCUGCACCUGAACAUCCCCUACAAAGCAAUCCCAACUCCCAAGAUGGUUUGGCAGAAAGACACAGUAGAGUGUAAAGCCGACGACAGGCUCUCCAUGACCGUUGAGAUGAACAGCGCUCACCUGGAGAUGCUGAAGUGCCAGCGUGCCGAYGCUGGUGCCUACACCAUCACUCUGGAGAACAGUCUGGGAACUGCUACUGGCACCAUCAAUGUCAAAGUUAUCGGGCUCCCUGGUCAGUGUAAAGACAUCACCUCCAGUGACGUYACUAARAAUUCCUGCAAGAUCAGCUGGGAAGCUCCAGAAGACGAUGGAGGCACACCUAUUGUCAGCUACACUYUGGAGCGCCGAGAAGCAUCCAAGAAAACCUACAUGCCCAUCAUGUCAGGGGAAAAUGUCCUCACCUACAACACGAAAGACCUUUAUAUCAACUGUGAGUACUACUUCAGAGUGAAGGCUGUCAACAAGGUCGGAGCAGGAGAAUAUUUGGAGCUACGCAAYCCGGUUCUCACCGAGGAAAUCAAACGUAAGUUCUUGUUUUUAAUAAAUGAGGAUGUGACCAAGGAACCUGCCAAAAAGAUUGUUCCUUUGUUAAAAAAGAAGAAGACCAAAGCCAAUGUUCCAGAACCAGAGGAGGAGUUUSUGACUCCUCUGCGUGAACGUCUUGGUCUGGAUAAAACCACCAAAGGCCAGUCUGCUCUGAUGAUCCGUGACUCUGUCAGGAUUGACCACGGCAACUACACAAUCAGGGUGGAAAACACACAUGGUGUUGCUUCUGCCACCUGCUACGUCAAUGUCCUGGACAAGCCUGGCCCUCCAAUAAACUUCACCUUUGAUGAGAUCAGGAACACAUCUGUCAUCUGUAACUGGGAGCCUCCGGCRGAUGAUGGAGGCAGCGAGAUUCUGAACUACAUCCUUGAGAAGAAGGACAACAAGAAUGAUGAGAUUGGCUGGAUCACUAUCACCUCCACCCUGAAGGGCACCAGUUUCCCUGUCACCAAACUCAUCGAAGGGAAGGAAUACAUCUUCAGAGUAACAGCUGAGAACAAAUAUGGCUGCGGUUUGCCAUGCAUCUCUGAUCCACUUGUCGCCAAGAACCAAUUCAAUCCUCCUGAUGCUCCCAACACUCCCAGAGUGCAUGAGGUGACAGCAAGCUCCGCUCACAUCUCCUGGCACGAGCCAAAGGACAACGGCAGCCCGAUCCUGGGCUACUGGAUUGAGAGGAAGGAGGUGAACAGCAAACACUGGACCAGAGUCAACCGGGCCCUCCUCAAUUCUCUAGAUGUGAAGGUCACYGGACUGAUGGAGGGACUCACCUAUAUCUUCAGAGUAUGCGCAGAAAACCUGGCAGGCCCCGGGCCCUUCAGUGAGCCCACUGAGCGCAUUGUGGCCAUGGACGCCAUUCUUCCUCCUGGGCCCCCCACUCCACGGGUUGUGGACACUGGCAAUGAUUCUGUCAUCUUGGCCUGGAAGCCUCCAUUGUACAAYGGUGGAGGCGAGAUCCUGGGAUACCACAUUGAGAAGGUUUUGGUCGGAGAGAAAGAAUGGAGUCGCUGCACAGAGUUCAGGUGUAAAGAACUAACAUUCACAGUGACGGGCCUCACUGAAGGAGCAGACUAUUACUUCCGGGUCCUUGCUAUUAAUGAUGCUGGCCCUGGAGCUCCUGGUCUCACUGAACCUGUAACCGUCAAAGAGCCACAAGAAACUCCUGUCGUGGAAUUUGAUGACUCUGUGAAGAACGGCGUCAUGAUCAAGGCUGGUGACUCCCUGAGACUUCCUGCAGUGGUGACGGGCCGACCUCAGCCAGAGGUCAAAUGGGCCAAAGACGAGGCAGAAAUGGACAAAGAGAGAAUGAUUGUGGAGACGGAGGGCAAGAAGAGCACUCUGUUCAUCAAGAAGGCUGUGAGGGCAGAUCAUGGAAAGUACCAGAUCACUGGSACCAACAGCAGUGGCACCAAGACCGCAGAGACCAGAGUGGACGUUAUGGAUGUCCCUGGACCAGUGGUUGACUUGAAGGCUGUCCUGGUGACUAAGAAGAACAUUGUUCUCACCUGGUCAGACCCUCUGGACAACGGAGGCAGUGACAUCAUUGGCUACGAAGUGCUGAGGAAAGACACCAAGAUGAAGCUGUUCCGUCAGCCCAUUGAAAUCGCGUCCUGUAAAUGUGAUGUUCAGGGCCUGCUGGGUGGUGAGGAGUACGACUUCAGAGUCAUCGCCAGAAACAAGUACGGUGAUGGCGCACCAGCAGAUCUGGGACCCAUCCUGGCUGAGGAUCCUAAAGGGACUCCAUCUGCUCCUGAGAAACUGCACUACACUGACCGAAGCAAGUCAACUAUUACUCUGGCUUGGCUGCCCCCUCGCACUGAUGGCGGCAGCCCCAUCAGGGGAUACUACGUUGAGAAGAUGAGAUCAGAUAGCACAGAGUACGAGGUGGCCAAUCGCAAGAUCUUUACAGAGUGCUGUGGAAYCAUUGAAAACCUCUCCGAGAAYCAGGAGUACCAGUUCCGUGUUAAAGCUGCAAAUGAAGUUGGAGAAGGCGAUCCUUCCAAACCAAUAACUGCCAAGAUCCAGGACGAUGAAGUUGCUCCAGUUAUUUCAAUUCUGAAGUAUUUCAAGAGCAAUGCAAUCAAUGUGAGGAAAGGAGCAGCCAUAGACAUCCCAGCAGAGGUGAUUGGACUGCCUUUGCCAACAUUCCAGUGGAUGAAGGAUGAUGUGGUGAUUGAGAAUCCUGACGAGGAGAAGAUGACCAUGGAGUCAGAGGAGGUGAACAGGACAACAAUAAAGACAAAGAUAGCUAUCCCAGUGACCGUCCGACAGGACAAAGGAAACUACAAGCUGGUAGCUGAAAACUGUCAUGGAAAAGCUCAGCAUGUGAUCGGAGUUGAAAUCCUCGACCGCCCCCUUCCACCAAGGAAUAUUGUUGUGUCRGACAUCAAAGCAGACUCUUGCUACCUGACUUGGGACGCUCCGGAGGACAACGGAGGCAGUGAGAUAACCAACUAUAUUGUGGAGCGCAGAGAUGCCAGCAAGAAGAAAUCAGACUUUGACGUUCUGACCAUCAAUCAGAUCGACAGAAGAUAUGGGGUCUACAAAUUGRUCUUGAAUGGAAUCUACCAAUUCAGGAUCAAAGSUGAAAACAAGUAUGGUGUCAGUGAUGGCUGUGAUUCAGAAAAAGUCCAGCUUAGGGAUCCGUUUGGCCUCCCUGGACCUCCACGUAACCCUAAAAUCAUAGCUGCAACAGCAACCACUAUGACCGUCACCUGGGAUCCCCCUCUGGACAAUGGCGGCUCCACCAUCCAGGGCUAUUGGCUGGAGAAGAGGGAGCGUGGUGCCGUAUACUGGGGUCGUGUUAACCGAGCUCCGGUCACCAAACCAGCGGUUAAGGGCCUGCAGUACACAGUGUUGAGGCUCAUAGAAGGAACAGAGUACCAGUUCAGGAUYGCGGCCUGCAACGCAGCAGGAGUCGGACCACACAGUGAACCCACUGAGUGCCGCUUCGCCACCGAUCCAUGCAAUCCUCCAAGCCCACCUGGCAGCCCAGAGGUUAAAGAUAAGACCAAGAGUAGCAUCACACUCACCUGGACUCCUCCAGAAAGAGAUGGUGGAAGCCCAAUCAAGGGUUACAUUGUUGAGGUUCACGAGGAGGGCUCUCCGGAUUGGAGAAGGGUCAACCCAGCCGACAAGCUCCACCCRUCCACUGAAAUUACCGUCCCUGACCUGAAAGAGGGCAAGAAGUGCAAGUUCAGGAUUUAUGCAGUGAACGCCGCAGGAAACUCAGAGCCUGCUAGGACUGGCGAUAUCCUGGUUCAGGACAUCCUGAUCGAACCCACAGUGACUCUGGAUGUGAGUGCUCACGACCUGCUGAACUGCAGAGCAGGAACCACCGUCAGAAUCCCUGCCACCAUAAAAGGACGACCCAUUCCCAAAGUCACCUGGACCUUCGUUGAUGGAACUGCCGAGACUGAAAAGAAGAACGACCUUCACACACUGCCCAUUGACUCAGAGGUCCAUUCUACUGACACAACGUCAUUGGUGGUGAUCCCAGAAAGCAAGCUGAGCCACACCGGUCGAUUCAUCCUCAACGCAGAGAGUCCAGCUGGACACAAAGUACUCAAAGUCAGAGUCAAUGUGCUCGACCUCCCUGGACCUGUUAGAAAUCUGAAGGUGAGUGACGUGACCAGAGGAACCUGCAGACUCACCUGGAAGCCUCCAGAAAGCGACGGAGGAGARAGAGUGAAGAGCUACUUUAUUGAGAAGAAAACUGUGGAAGGCAAAGCUUGGACCAAGGUAAACCCAACCUGUGCUACCCAGUCUCUGGUGGUUCCAGACCUCAUUCAUGGUGAGGAGUACAUUUUCCGUGUCAAAGCUGAAAACCGCUUUGGCUUUGGCCCAUUUGUCGAGACUCCUGAAGGAACCAAAGCUAAAGAUCCCAUCCAYCCUCCGGAUCCUCCAACAAGGCUCAAGAUCCACAACAUAAGAAAGGGCACUCUCACUUUGACCUGGAAGGCUCCGAAGAACGACGGAGGUUCGCCAGUCACGCACUACAGCGUCGACCUUCUCUGCUGGGAUUCCAGCGGUGCCCAAAAGGAGUCUUGGAGGAGAUGCAACAGGAGAGAUGUCGACACCACAAACUUCAAGGUGGAAGACCUGACAGAGGGAGAUGAGUAUGAGUUCAGAGUGACGGCUAACAAUGAGGCCGGACCCAGCAGACCAUCAACCACUGCUGGACCCGUCAUCAUCCAGGACCAGACCUGUGCUCCAUCCAUUGAGCUGGAGGAGUUCAURGAGGUGGAGCAGGGCUCUGACAUCAGCAUUGUGGCCAAGCUUCGUGGCUGUCCCUUCCCAACACUCACCUGGUACAAGGCACCUCCCCACAAGCCUGACGACAAGGUCGAGGUCCAGUACGACGAGCAYAUCAACAAGAUUGUGUCAGAYGACAGCUGCACGCUGCUCAUCCAGCAGGGCAAACGCCACGACACUGGGCUGUACACUCUAGUGGCCUCCAACAGUCUUGGCAAAGCAUCCAAGGAAAUGAGGCUCAACGUUCUCGGUCGUCCUGGUCCUCCCUCAGCUCCUAUUAAGUUUGAAGAAAUUGGCGCAGAGAAGAUUACUCUGUCCUGGCUACCACCAAAGGAUGAUGGUGGCUCUAAAAUCACAAACUAUGUCAUCUGGAGGCGUGUGGCCAAUAGGAAGACCUGGGUACCUGUGACAAACGAGCCCAAGGACCGAAUCUGGACGGUGGAGCACCUCAUGGAGGGGCAUGAAUAUGUCUUCCGCAUCAUGGCACAGAAUAAGUAUGGAGUUGGCGAGCCGCUGGACAGUGACCCUGAGGUUGCCCGAAACCGUUGCACUGUUCCUGGUCAGUGUGAGAAGCCAACAGUAACCAACAUCACCAUGGAUUCAAUGACCGUCAACUGGGAGGAGCCUGAGGAUGACGGCGGCACCCCGAUCACUGGCUACUGGCUGGAGCGCAAAGAGACCACAGGCAAACGUUGGGCUCGUGUUUCCAGGGACCCUCUCCGUCCCAUGGGCCUUGGCGAGUCCUUCGUAGUGAGUGGACUUGUUGAGGGGUCUCAGUAUUUAUUCAGAGUUUCUGCCAUCAAUGCUGCGGGUCCAGGACUUGCUAGUCCUCCAACAGACCCUAUCUUUGCCAGAGACCCUAUCUCUCCCCCAUCUCCUCCGACCCCGAAGGUUUCUGAUUGGACGAAAUCCACAGUAGAUCUCGAGUGGAUUCCGCCCUUAAAAGAUGGAGGAUCCAAGAUAAUCGGCUACUGGGUGGAGUWCAAGGAGGAGGGCACUGAGGCCUGGGUUAAGGCUAAGGAAACUGAAAUCCGAGGGACACGUUUUGUGAUCAGUGGUCUAAAGACAGGUGGUCAGUACAGGUUCAGGGUGAUUGCCUUCAAUGCUGCUGGUAACGGUGAGCCAGGUGAAGUCCCAGAGGUGCUUGAGGUCAACGACAGAGCCAUUGCUCCUGAGGUGGAUCUGGAUGCCUCGAUUAAGGAGAGGAUGGUGGUCCAUGCGGGUGGUGUGAUCCGUCUGAUUGCCUAUGUGUCAGGGCAGCCGACACCUGAGGUCACCUGGACCAGAGAUGGUGCUGGACUGCCACCAGAAGCUAAAGUGGAGACCACCGCCAUCAGCUCUUCACUGGUCAUCAAGCCCUGUACAAGAAAACACCUUGGUUUUUAUACCCUGACCGCCAAGAAUGCCAGUGGGGAGAAARCAAAGAAUGUCACGGUAGAAGUCCUAGAUGUUCCCGGACCUGUUGGCAUCCCAUUUCUGGUUGAAAACCUGAGCAUCGACUCCUGCAAGCUCAGCUGGUUCUUCCCUGAAAAUGAUGGAGGUUCACCSAUCAGCAACUACAUCAUUGAGAAACGUGAAGCUGAGCGUAAAGCCUGGACAUCACUGUCCUAUAGUGCCAGCAGGCAGAAUGCCAUUGCUCGCGAUCUCACCCUCGGAAAGGCCUUCUUUUUCAGAGUGGCCGCCGAGAACGCCAUUGGCAUUGGACCUUUUGUCGAGACAGCAGCUGAGAUUGUUAUCAAGGAGCCGAUGAGUGUACCGGACCGUCCUGAAGAACUGGAAGUCACUAAGGUUACCAAAAAUUUGAUCAGCGUCACUUGGAAAGCGCCCAAAUAUGACGGUGGCUCUGAGAUUACCAUGUACAUUCUUGAAGCACGUAUGAUUGGCAAAGACAAGUUCACCAGACUUACCAAAGACAAGUUGAUGGACAKGAAGUUCACAUACGAUGGUCUCAGAGAGGGAGACACCUAUGAGUUCAGGGUGAUUGCCGUAAAUGAAGUUGGACAGAGUAAACCAUCAUUCUGCACUAAACCAAUCACUUGCAAGGAUGCACUCGARCCACCAACCAUUGAGUUGGACUUCCGUGAUAAGAUCAUUAUACGUGUGGGAGAGAGCUGCCUACUUCAGGGACGCUACACAGGCAAACCAGCUCCAUCCAUUGUUUGGUWCAGAGAUGACGAGGAGCUGAAGGCUGACAAACACGUAGUAUUCAAGAACACUCCAACCAUGCUGUCGCUUGGCCUGGUGAAGGCAGAGCGACAGCACAGUGGCAGAUAUGUGGUGGUUGUGGAAAACAGCACCGGAUCCAGGAAGGGCGUCUGCAACGUCACGGUCGUAGAUCGUCCAACUCCUCCUGUUGGCCCUGUGGUGUUUGAGGAGGUGCACAGGGAAUACAUGGUUAUCUCCUGGAAGCCUCCUCUGGACAAUGGAGGUGUUGAGGUCUCAAAUUACAUAAUUGAGAAGAGAGAUGUCAACAGAGAGAUCUGGACCACAGUAACAUCUGCCUCAACCAAGACCACAUGCAAGAUUCCAAAACUAACUGAAGGCAGGGAGUACAUCAUGAGAAUAUCUGCAGAGAAUAUGUACGGUAUCAGCGAUGCUCUGGAGUCUGAGGAGAUGAAAGCUAAAGAUUUGUUCAGAGUCCCUGAAGCCCCCGAAAUGCCAACAGUCAGAGAGGUAUAUGGUACCAAUGCUUUGGUUCUGUGGAACCGGCCACGUGAUGGAGGUAAACCCAUCACCAACUACAUCCUGGAAAAGAAGGAGCCUGGAGCCAAGAGGUGGUCAAGAGUCACCAGAGACCCACUGUACCCAGCCACUCAGUAUCGUGUCCAGGACUUGGUUGAGGGCUGCGAGUACGAAUUCAGGGUGAUGGCUGAGAAUGAGUUGGGAACUGGAGAUCCUAGUCCCCCCUCCAAACCAAUCCUUGCCAAGGAUCCCAUUGUGCGUCCAAGUCCUCCAGUUACCCCUGAAGCUUAUGAUAAGACCAAAGAUUCAGUCAGUCUGAAAUGGCAGAUGCCACGUCACGAUGGAAAAGGGCGAAUCUUUGGCUACCUUGUGGAGUAUCAGAGUCCUGGUGCCGUAGAGUGGAUUCAGGCCAACACGACUCCAGAGCAGUGUCCUGACCUCCAUUAUGUGGUGACAGGUCUGACUGAUGGACAGGAGUAUUCCUUCAGGAUCUUUACAGUAAAUGCAGCAGGAAAAUCCGACCCUGCCUUUGUCAAACAGACCAUCAAAGUCCAUGACAGGCUAGAGGAGCCAGAGUUACUCUUGGAUGCCAACAUGGCUCGUGACCACUUAGCCAUGCUGGGCACUGAUAUCACACUUAGUGCCACAAUUAAGGGUGUGCCGACACCAACAGUCUCCUGGAAGAAGAAUGAUGGAGAUGUUCCUUCUCACAUCACUGUUGCAGUUACGGCCACUGGUAGCAAAGUCUUCAUUCCCAAGUGUGUCCGUGCAGAUUCUGGCAACUACACUAUUACAGUUGAGAAUGYUGGUGGAAAGAAAUCUGCGACCGUUGCCGUGCUUGUGCUGAAUAAGCCUUCUCCUCCAAGAGAUCUUGUGGUGUCUGAGGUGACCAGUGAGUCUGCUUAUCUGACAUGGAAGGCUCCAGAGGACAAUGGCGGUGCAGUCAUCUCCCAUUAUGUCGUGCAAAAGAAGGAUGUGGCUGCAGAUCAAUGGGUACCAGUUGCUCCAGCCAAUAAGAAGCUUAGUCUUAUGGCGAUGUACCUGAUGGAGGGAAUCCAGUACUUAUUUAGGGUGGCUGCUGAAAACCAGUUUGGCAGGAGUGACUUUGUCGUGACCAAGACACCUGUCAAGGCUGUUGAUCCUCUUUAUCCACCUGGCCCACCCAAAAACCUCCACCAUACUGAUGCAGACAAGACAGAGGUGUGGUUGGCCUGGCAAUGGCCCGAUCGCACUGGUGGAAGUGAAAUUACUGGGUUCAUUGUAGAACACCAAGAAGAGGGCCAAACUGACUGGGUUACCUUCAAAACUGUGAGCAACAACCAUAGCCAUGUAACAGGUCUGGUUGAAGGCAAGACUUACCGCUUCAGGGUCAAAGCUCAGAAUGCUAUUGGUGUUAGCCGCCCUGACACCAGUAUCCCUAUUACUUGUCAGGAGAAGACAUUACCACCUACUAUUGAAGUUGAUGUGAAGCUUAUUGAGGGUCUCGUAGUCAAAGCUGGCAGUACUAUUACUCUACCAGCUAAGAUGACAGGAAUCCCUCUUCCCACUGCCAAAUGGAUUAGUGAUGGCAAGGAGAUCACUCCCGAGGGCCGACUUAAAAUUGAGUCUGCUGAAUCUUCAACCACCCUAAGCAUCACAGAGUGCCAGAGAGGAGAUACUGGAGAGUACAUAGUCACUGUGUCAAAUCCUGCAGGUAGUAAGACCGCUGCCCUACAUGUCACUGUAUUGGAUCUACCAGGACCACCAAUCGGACCCAUCAAUAUYUUGGAGGUCACCCCAGAUCAUAUGAUGAUACAGUGGAGGGCACCUAAAGAUGAUGGUGGCACACCUAUCACUAACUAUGUGGUAGAAAAGAAGGAUGUCAAGAAGCCAUGGGAGCCCUGGUCAGUGGUUAGCUCUAGUGGCACCAGUACAAAGGCCAAGGUGACAAGGUUGGAGAAAGGUCGUGAGUACAUUGUCAGGGUUCGAGCAGAGAACAAGAUUGGGAUUGGUGCUAGUCUUGAAAGUCCUCCUACUAUUGCCAAGCAUAUGUUUAAUCCUCCUGGACCUCCAGGCUUUCCUGAGUGUUCUGAUAUCACAGAAAACGCUGUAACAGUGGAAUGGGCCCUGCCUGACCAUGAUGGAGGCAGCCCCAUUAGUGGCUAUGUUGUUGAACGCAGGGAGAUGACAGGAAAGUGGAUUCGUGUGAAUAAAACCCCUGUGCUAGACCUAAGAUACAGAGUCUCUGGUCUGUUUGAAGGCAAUAGCUAUGAAUUCCGAGUGUUUGCUGAGAAUAUUGCUGGCAUCAGUGAGCCUUCACUCACAUCUGACCCAAUUAAAGCCACCCGUGCCAUCACAAAACCUGGACCUCCUGGUAACCCCAAGCUUAAGGAUUGGAGUAAAUGUUAUGCAGACAUCUGCUGGACCAAACCCACAAGAGAUGGAGGGAGUCCAAUUCUGGGCUAUGUCAUUGAGAUUCAGAAGUCUGGAUCUGCCCAGUGGGACAGAAUCAACAAGGAUCUAAUCAAGAUCUGUGCUUAUAGAGUGCCUGGGUUGAUUGAAGGAAUGGAGUACAGAAUACGUAUCAGAGCUACAAACAAGAUUGGAGACAGUGAACCCCGGGAGGUACCCGAGACUGUUUUGGCAAAAGACAUCCUGGUGCCUCCUGAAGUUGUGGUUGAUGUCUCCUGUCGUGACUCUGUGACAGUCAGAGCAGGACAGAUAAUAAGUUUGAUUACUAGAGUAAAAGGCAGACCAGAUCCAGAGAUCACAUGGACCAAGGAUGCCAGAGCCUUGUCUCAAGAAAAGCGCCUUGAAAUGAAUAACAACUACCCUGUUUGUGAACUAAUUAUCAGUGAUUCUGUCAGGUCAGAUUAUGGAAAAUAUGGUAUUGUUGCAAAGAACAGCAGUGGACAGGCUCAGGCCACUAUUUUGGUCAAUGUCUUGGAYACACCAGGAGCUUGUCAAAAUUUGAAAGUGGCUUAUGUGACAAAGAAAUCUUGCAUGGUCUCCUGGGAAAACCCUGAAGACAAUGGAGGAACAGAGAUUAUUCAGUAUACAAUUGAAUGCCGUCAGCCAAGUCAAAGAGGGUGGACAGUGGUCUCCAAUGACUGGACCAAGCGCUUGAUAAAGGCUCCUCUUACUGAGGGCUGUGAAUACUUCUUCCGUGUGAGUGCUGAAAAUAAGAUAGGAGUUGGUCCAUCCACAGAGACAAAGUCACCUGUCUUGGCAGUUGAUCCUAUUGAAAGCCCUGGGGAACCCAUAGAUUUCCACAUAUCUGAGAUCGGAAAGACCUUCUGCUUCUUGAAGUGGAAGAAACCUGAUUACGAUGGUGGUAGUAGAAACAUAGCUUAUCAUAUUGAAAAGAAACCAAAAGAAGCUGAAGAGUGGGAGAGGCUUCACAAGGGUGCUAUCAAGGAGACCUACUUCAUGGCAGACAGGUGUAUUGAAAAUCAAAUCUAUCAGUUCAGAGUUCAGACUAAAAAUGAGGGAGGCGAAAGUAAUUGGGUGACAACAGGAGAAGUGCUAGUUAAGGAACAGCUGGUAGUGCCUGAGGUUAAGAUUAAACUGGAUGGAACCCUUGUUGUUAGAGCAGGAGAUUCUUUUGCAGUAGAAGCAAUAGUCAAGGGCAAACCUCAGCCGGAUGUCAAAUGGACAAAGGAUGAGACCACAGAGGAGAUUAAGAAAGGCCCCAGACUGCAACUUGAAACUGGUGCAGACUUUUCCAAAAUGUUGAUUACUGGUGCUAGACGCAYAGACAGUGGCAAAUAUGUUGUCACAGCCUCCAACAGUGCAGGAACCAGCUCCGCUAAAUGCACAAUUAAUGUAUUAGACAGACCUGGUCCCAUCAGGGACCUCAAGGUGUCUGAUAUCACCAUUGACAGGUGCAACUUGGCCUGGGAAGUUCCUGAAGAUGAUGGUGGCUGUGAUAUUUACAACUACAUCAUCGAGAAAUGUGAGACAAAGAGAGGGGUUUGGUCUGUACAUUCUAAUGCUGUCAUUACCAAUAAAGCGAAAGUAACACGACUUAUUGAGGGUAAUGAGUACAUCUUCAGGGUUCGAGCUGAGAAUAAAAUGGGCCCUGGACCUGCAGUUCAGAGUGAGGCUAUUGUUGCUGGCACGCAGUUCAGUGUACCUGAUGCCCCUGAAGCACCAGAGGUCACCAAGAUCGGAAAAGAGGAGAUGACUGUACAAUGGUCAGAGCCUGACAGAGAUGGAGGAAAACCAAUCAUAGGCUAUCUUCUGGAGAAGAGAGAGGAGCAUGCAGUCAGGUGGUCCCCUGUCAACAAGGAUCCAGUCCCUGGAACUCGUUUCACAGUCACUGGACUAUUACCUCUCCAUGAUUACCAGUAUAGAGUUAAAGCUGUGAAUGAAAUUGGUGUUGGUACUCCAAGUAAGGCUUCUCGUGCCAUCACUGCAAAGGAUGCAGUUGAGCCUCCUGCACCACCUACCAACUUAAAGGUUGUGGACAGCACAAAAUCCACAAUUACCCUGAGCUGGACGAAGCCUGUGUCUGAUGGGGGAGCCCCUCUCAUUGGCUAUGUUGUGGAAAUGAGGGCACAGGGGAGUGCAAAGAAAGGAGAUGAUGGUUGGAAGAGAUGCAAUGUGGCAGCACAACUUAUUGUGUGCGAGUUUACAGUCACAAGUCUAGAUGAGAAUCUAGUUUAUGAAUUCAGGGUGUCUGCUCAAAACCAAGUGGGCAUGAGCCUGCCCUGUAAUCUGGAGGGUGCUGUGAUUCCAAGGGAAAUUUUAGAGGCACCAGAGAUUGACUUGGAUGCCAACCUGAAGGAGGGCCUCACAGUUCGUGCUGGUUGUCCCAUUAGACUUUGCGCCACCAUCAGAGGGCGACCACAUCCAACAGUCACUUGGAGAAGAAUGGGUAUUGACAACGUUAUUAGGAAGGGGAAAGUUGACCUCAUCGACACAAUGACCUUCCUGGUCAUUCCUGACAGCACACGUGAUGACUCUGGGAAAUAUUGCCUGACUCUACAGAGCCCUGCAGGAGAAAAAGCUGUGUUUGUCAAUGUUAAAGUUCUUGAUACUCCUGGACCAGUGCUAAAUCUUGAAGGURCGGACAUUAAGCAGACCUCAGUCAUGUUGUCUUGGAAUCCUCCAGAGGUCACUGGUGGCAGUGAGGUGACACACUACAUAGUUGAAAAGCGAGAGAUUGACCGCAAGACAUGGGCAACUGUCAAGACUGAAGUUCAGCCAGAUAAGAUUCCUCUCAAAAUCAGUGGUCUGAUACCUGGCACUGAAUACUACUUUAGAGUCAUAGCUGUCAAUGAGUAUGGUGCUGGAGUUCCCAAAGUGACACCUACUUCCUACCUGGCUUCCGAUCCUGUCAGCAAACCAGACCCUUGCCAGAAGAUUGAAAUUCUGGAGAUAACCAAGAACAGUGCAAUGAUUGGCUGGGUGAAGCCUGAAAGAGAUGGUGGUGCCAAAAUUGAUGGCUAUGUCAUUGAAUACAUUGAAGUCAAACCUCCACCGGAGAAACCAGUCCCUGUUGAGGUGGUUGAAGGAGAGGGAGUUCCUCCACCACCUCCACCUCCACCAGUAGUAGAGGAGGAAGAAGAAGCUGAACCAGAAAAAGAAGUGUGGAAUGCCUACACAACAGUUAAAGGUUUAUCWGUCAGUGUCAGUGGCCUGAAGGAGGGAAAAAGGUACAAGUUCAGAGUGGCUGCCAAGAACAUCAUGGGGAUGAGUUCUUUCACUGAGACUAGAGAGCCGUCCGAGAUCAAGGAACAGAUGAUUGAGCCAAAGAUCGUUAUGCCAGAGACUGCAAGUGCUAGAGCUGGAGCCAAGCUUAGAGUGGAGGCACUGGUUUCAGGAAAACCUGUUCCGACAUGCAAGUGGAUACGUGGUGAGAAAGCAGUGGUCCCAUCCAGUCGCUUGGCUGUGCAUCAGUCGGGCAACUUGUGUGUCCUGAUCAUCAAAGAUGUGACAAGGAGUGACAGUGGAGAUUAUAGUCUUGUUGCUGAGAACAGCACUGGACAAAUUUCCCAGGCAAUAAAGAUCAUCAUUAGAGACAUCCCUGGUCCCCCCGAAGGCCCUGUGGAGAUCAGUGACAUUGAUUCUGAUGCUUGCUCUCUGUCUUGGAACAAACCUCUGGAGGAUGGCGGCAGCAAUAUCACAAACUAUGUUAUUGAAAAAUGUGAUGUGGCCAGAGGCGAUUGGGUGACAGCCCUUUCCUCCUGCGCAAAAACCAGUUGUAGAUUGGGAAAACUUAUUCCUGGAAAAGAAUAUGCAUUCCGCAUCCGUGCUGAAAACCGUUAUGGUGUGUCAGACUCCCUUCAAUCAGACAGAAUGGUUGCAAAGUUUCCUUUUGAUGUUCCAAGUGAGCCCCUAAAUUGUCAUGURAACAAGACCAACAAGGAUUGUAUGUUCAUUAGCUGGGAUAAACCAGAGAGUGAUGGCGGGAGUCCCAUCACAGGGUAUUACAUUGAGCGCAARGAAAGAAACAGUCUUCUGUGGGUGAAAGCCAAUGACACCGUGGUCCGCACAACUGAAUACCCCUGCGCCGGUCUUAUUGAAGGCUUGGAGUAUACUUUCAGAGUAUCAGCCAUUAACCGUGCUGGUCAGGGCAAACCAAGCAAGAAAACCGACUUUGUAACAGCAAGAACACCUGUUGACACUCCCGGUAAACCUGAAGUUUUGGAUGUAACCAAAAACUCUGUCUCUUUGAUUUGGGCCCGUCCUAAAAAUGAUGGCGGAAGCAAGAUCAUAGGUUAUUAUGUUGAGGCUAUGCGGGUUCCAGGAGACACUUGGAUACGUUGCAACACCAGCAGUCAGAAUGUUCCCAGGGAGGAGUAUACGGUGACAGGACUUGAAAGAGACCUUCAGUACCAGUUCAGAGUUAUUGCUAAAACUGCAGUGAACAUGAGCAAGCCUUCAGAACCAACAGAUCCAAUCCUGGUCUGUGCUGAGAAUGUUCCUCCAAGGAUUGAACUUAAUGCCAAGAUGCAAAAAGCUUUAACAGUUAAGGCUGGAGCCACAAUCUUGCUGGAAGCAGAAGUGUUUGGUAAGCCUACGCCCAGAGUCACUUGGAAGAGAGGUGAUGAUACUCUGAAGUCAGGUGAAGGCCAGGUCAUUACACAGCAAAGACAACAUUUCCAAUUAGAGAUACCAGCUGUCACCAAAGAACACACAGGAACCUACACUGUGUUGGCUGAGAAUGCAAGUGGCUCAAAGACUGCAGAAAUCCAGGUCAAUGUGCUAGAUGUGCCUGGGCCCCCUGCAAGUGCCACAUAUACAGACGUGUUAGCCUCCAGUAUCAAGUUGACAUGGCAGCCUCCUUUGAAAGAUGGUGGUGCCCCUGUCAGUAACUACAUUGUGGACAAGCGUGAAACCAGCAGAACUAACUGGGCACAGGUGUCAACAAAGAUAAAGGGUGACAUAUUAGAAUUUAAUGUGGARAAACUAAUCGAAGGUCAUGAAUACCAGUUCCGAAUUCGUGCUGAAAAUACAUGGGGAGUUGGAGACCCACUUAUCACAAACCCAGUCAUCGCUAAGAACCCUUUCACUGUCCCCGGUCCUUGUGAAGCCCCUGUAAUCACCAAUGUGACCAAAGACAAAAUGACUGUGAGCUGGAAGGAGCCUGUCGAUGAUGGAAAGUCUACCAUUCUGGGCUACAUGGUGGAAAAGAAAGAGACCAAGGAGAUGAAGUGGACCAAGAUUAAUAAAAAACCCCUAAUAGAAAGGUCUCUUGAAGUAACAGGUCUAACAGAGGGAAUUGAGUAUGAGUACCGAGUCAUUGCUGUCAACAUAGCUGGGCUGGGAAAACCCAGUGAACCCUCUGAAGGCACCACUGCACAGGAUCCUAUUACUCCUCCUGGACCUGUUAUAAACCCGACCGUGACAGAUACCACCAACAGCACAAUCAGUCUCACUUGGACUGUACCAGCUAACAAUGGUGGAAGCCCCAUUAUUGGUUACUUGGUGGAAUGCAAGAGAGCCAACACAACAGACUGGAUCCGCUGCAAUGUCCCCAGGAACCUACAGGACACCAACUAUGUCAUUCAGAACUUAAUUGACAAAGCAGAGUACCAGUGUCGCAUCACUGCUGUCAAUAAAGUAGGCUUCAGUGAACCAGCUGAAGUCCCAGGCAAACAUGUCGCCAAGGAUAUCAUAGUUGCUCCUGAGGCAGAGCUAAGUGCUGAACUGAAAGAGCUCCUUGAACUUACUGCUGGCAGCAACAUGAAGUUGUAUGCAACCAUCAAGGGUCGUCCCACUCCCAAGGUCACCUGGGCAAAGAUGAACACCAACAUUAAGGACCGCCAGGGCAUUGUCAUCAAAUCUAGCAACAUUGACACCAUGGUCAUGGUGGAGAAAGUCAACAGAUAUGAUGCUGGCAAAUACAUUCUGUCUCUGGACAGCUCGGCUGGCAUGAAGAUGUAUACCAUUGUUGUCAAAGUUCUUGAUACACCUGGUCCACCAGUAAACCUGAUGGUGAAAGAGACAUCCAAAGACAGUGCAGACAUCCUCUGGGAUGCUCCUCUGAUUGAUGGGGGUUUUGAAAUCACCCACUACAUAGUAGAGAAACGUGACACUGAAAGAAAGGCCUGGUCUAUUGUCUCAAACAACUGCACAAAAACUUCUUUUAAGGUUCCAGACCUAGAAGCUGGGCGGUCCUACUGCUUUAGAGCGUCAGCAGUCAACAAGCUUGGUACUGGAGAAUCUUGUGAAACAGCUGAUUCUGUCAGAGCAACAGAGGAGCCUGGGCCUGUCAUGGACUUCAAAACCUUGCUGGUGACCAAAGACUCAUGCACUCUAAGCUGGAAGAAACCCCUCACUGAUGGAGGCAGUCGCAUUAUCUGCUAUGUCCUAGAGGUUCUCAAUGGUGAAGACAAAUAUAAAGAACUUAUGAGGUCCAAGAACAUGCAGUACAGUGCCAAGGACCUUGUGGAGGGUAGAGAGUACAAGUAUCGGGUCAAAGCUGUAAAUGAUUCAGGAGAAAGCUCUGCUAAGGAGCUGACUGUGAUUGCUAAGGACCAAAUUAUUCUGCCAAGCUGUGACCUAAGAGAGUUGCCCAACAUGUGCUACAUUGCCAAAGAGGGCAGUACCGUUCGUUUAAAGAUUCCAAUUGUUGGGAAACCUACACCCAAGGUCACCUGGAAAAAGGGAGAUGAUGAAGAUUUGACAGAUACUGGCAGGGUUUGUGCCGAGUCAUCUGCAGUCAACACCACCCUCCUAAUCAGGGACUGCCAGAGAACUGACGCUUCCAAGUACACCAUCACCUUAAGGAAUAGUGCUGGCACCAAAGAAUCCACCAUUUUCAUCAGGGUCGUAGGAAAACCUGGCAUCCCUGUUGGACCAAUAAAAUUCAAGGAUGUUACUGCUGAUGGUGCUACACUAAAGUGGGGUGUUCCUAAGGAUGAUGGCGGCUCUGAAAUCACAAACUACAUCCUGGAAAAAAGGGACUCCAUCACCAACAUGUGGGUGAAUGUUUCAUCCACUGUGGAGACAAAYACAAUGAGGGUGACUGGUCUCCAUGAGGGCACAGAGUAUAUCUUCAGAGUCAGUGCAGAGAACAAAUAUGGUGUUGGGGAGGGACUGAAGUCUGACCCUGUUGUUGCAAAACAUCCAUUUAAUGUACCUGAUGCACCUCCUCCUCCUCAAAUCAUGAGUAUGCGGCAUGAUUCUGCAUAUCUUGCCUGGUCUGACCCCAGAAAGACUGGAGGAUCUCCUAUUACAGGAUACCAUGUUGAAUUUAAGGAGAGGAACAGUAUGUUGUGGAAAAGGGCCAGUCCAUCUGCCUUAAAGAUGAAGGAACACAAAGUCACUGGACUAACUGAAGGCUUGGAGUAUGAGUUCAGAGUAAUAGCCAUUAACUUGGCUGGAAUUGGUAGACCAAGUGCUCCAACUGAUCCACAGGUAGCCCUAGAUCCCAUCGAUGCACCUGGUAAACCGGAAGUAAUCAGCAUUACUAGAAGCACUGUGACCCUCCAGUGGACUGAACCUCAAUUUGACGGCGGCCACAGGUUGACAGGAUACAUCGUAGAGAAGCGUGAUUUGCCUUCCAAGAUCUGGGUGAAAGCCAACAAUGUGAAUGUUGUGGACCCUGCAUUUACUGUUGCUGAUCUACAAGAGGGCUGCAAAUAUGAGUUCAGGAUCAGGGCAAAGAAUGCUGCCGGUGCCCUCAGCCCACCUUCUGAGCAGACAGAUACCAUUAUGUGCACAGAUGAAUAUGCUGCACCAACCAUUAUCAUUGAUGCUCAAGUAAAGGAAGGUCUGACUGUCAGGGCAGGUGAUACGAUUGUUGUGACUGCAACGAGCAUUUUAGGAAAACCUGCACCAACCUCAUGCUGGUCAAAGGGAGGAAAAUACUUCAAACCCUCUGACCUAGUUCAAAUUGAAGCCACUCCAACAUCAUCCACUUUAUCUGUAAAAUAUGCYAGCAGAAAGGACUCUGGAGAAUAUAUCAUCACAGCCACCAAUCCCUUUGGUGUAAAGGAGGAAACGGUCAAGGUCAAAGUUCUGGAUGUUCCUGGUUCUCCUGGACCCAUUGAAUGCAGUGGUGUAUCCUCUGAAAAGGUGGUUCUUACUUGGACAGCCCCUACAGAGGAUGGAGGCUCUCCUAUCAAAUAUUACACUCUGGAAAAGAGGGAAACUAGCCGUCUGCUCUGGACAGUCCUGGAAGAGAACGUCAUUGACUGUCACUAUGUGGCCAACAAACUCAUUCAGGGCAAUGAAUAUUUCUUCAGAGUAUCUGCUGUGAACCAGUAUGGUGCUAGCGAGCCAUCUCAUUCUGAAGCUGUCAAGAUGGUUGACAGAUUUGGUCCCCCUGGUCCGCCAUCUAAACCUGAAGUUGAGAAAGUCGAUGGACAUUCAGUAACUUUGACUUGGAGAAGACCUGCUGAAGAUGGAGGAAGUGACAUUACUGGCUAUAGUAUUGAGAAAAAGGAAAAGAAAGCGAUGCGCUGGGUUAGGGCAUCCAAGAAAACCAUUGCUGAGCUCAGUUUUGAAGUCACUGGACUCACUGAGGAWGUUGAAUAUGARUUCCGUGUUCUUGCUGAGAACAAAGCUGGUUUUGGAGAGCCAAGUGAGCCAUCUAUGCCUGUCAAAACAAUAGUUGCUGCCUAUGUUCCAGGACCUCCUGUCAAUCCAAGAGUAACAGACACAACCAAAACUACUGCUACUCUGAACUGGGGGAAACCUUUGGAUAAUGGUGGGCUUGAAGUCACUGGAUAUGUAAUUGAGCACCGAAAAGAGGGAACAGAAGAAUGGAUUAAGGAUACCCCUUCAUCACCACUCAGAAUCACAGAGUUUGUUGUCCCUGGCUUGGAAACCGGUGCCAAGUACCAUUUCAGGAUUAGUGCUGUAAAUGCCAAAGGAGCUGGUGAACCUGGUGAAACGCAGGAAUUGGUUCAGAUUGUAGAACAUGCUGCUGAGCCUGAUUUAGAGUUGGAUAUUGAGCUGAGGAGAACCCUUGUUGUUAGAGCUGGUUGUUCCAUCCGUCUGUUUGUGCCAAUCAAAGGUCGUCCUACUCCCAAAGUCACUUGGAGUAAAGACGGUGGCCCUGUUCCACGUGCAGUCAUUGAUAGCACUGAAUCUUUCACAAUGCUACUUAUUCCUGAAAGUUCAAGGAUUGAUGCUGGUAAAUAUGAGAUUACGCUUGAAAACUCUGCUGGAAAGAAAAGUGCUGACAUUUAUGUGAGAGUUUUGGAUUCACCUGGACCUCCUCUUAACCUCAAGCCGGUAAAGAUAGACAAAGAAAGUAUUACACUUCAGUGGGAUAGUCCUUUAAUUGACGGAGGAGCCAAAAUCACAAAUUACAUAAUUGAGAAAAGAGAAUCAACACGCAAGGCUUUUGCUACUGCAAUUACAAAGUGCCCCACAACAUCAGUCACAAUUGAUGACUUGGGGGAAGGCUGUGAGUACUACUUCAGAGUGUCUGCUGAGAAUGAGUUUGGCAUUGGAGAGGCAGUUGAAACUACUGAUCCAAUCCGUGCAUCUCAAGCACCUACGCCUCCGGAAAGCAUUAUUCCCACUGACAUCACAAAGAAUUCUGUGAGCCUGGCAUGGACCAAACCAAAACAUGAUGGUGGAAGCAGAAUUUCAGGAUAUGUCCUAGAAGCCAAGAAGAAGGGAACAGACCAGUGGGCACAUGUUACAACAGUGAAGACCUUGGACUUCACAGUGAAGAACCUUAAUGAGAAUGAGGAAUAUAUUUUCCAUGUCAUGGCUGUCAAUCAAUCUGGCAGAAGUGCUCCACGUGAGAGCAAGCCCAUUAUUGUCAAAGACUCUACCUCACUUCCUGAAUUUGACUUGCGUGGUGUAUGUCAGAAGACUGUUAUUGCCAAAGCAGGGGAUGACAUUAAGGUUGAAAUUCCAGUUAUGGGGCGUCCUAGACCAACAAUUUCAUGGCAGAAGGAUGGAGCAGCCCUAAAACUCACACAAAGAGUCAAUGUAGAAACUACUGCAGCUACUGUUAUUAUCAGCAUCAGUGAAUGCACUAGAGCUGACAGUGGUGUUUACACCAUGACCGCCAAGAACAUUGUUGGAUCUGUGACUGAGAACAUAAUCGUCAAAGUGCAUGAUAUACCUGGGCCACCAAAAGGACCAGUGAAGAUUGUGGAAAUAUCACGCACCUAUUGUAUCUUUUCUUGGGAUGCUCCUGAGAAUGAUGGAGGUAUUCCAAUUAAUAACUAUGUGGUUGAAAUCAGAGACACCACUUCCCAAACAUGGACUGAACUCUCAUGCACUGUUAUUCGCACAGUAUUUAAAGCUAUUCGACUAACCACUGGAUCAGAGUACCAGUUUAGAAUAAAAGCUAAAAAUAGAUAUGGUGUUGGACCUCCCAUCACCUCAGAGUCAGUGGUUGCUGCCUAUCCAUUCAAAGUACCUGGGCCACCAGGAACUCCAAGUGUAGUUGCGUUCACCAAAGACUCAAUAACAAUUGGCUGGAAUGAACCUGUCUCUGAUGGUGGAAAUGAAGUUAUUGGUUAUCAUGUUGAGAGGAAGGAGAGAAGUGGCAUUAUAUGGCAUAGGAUCAGCAAUAGUCUUGUGAAAGGCAAUGUUUUUAAGUCAACAGGACUUGAAGACGGAGUUGCCUAUGAAUUCCGUGUCAUGGCUGAAAACAUGGCUGGAAUUGGUAAACCCAGUAAAGCUUCAGAGCCAAUACUAGCCUUGGACCCUGUGGAUCCACCUGGUCAGCCUGUGCCAAUUUUUGUUAACAAGAACGCCAUCACAGUUCAGUGGACAAAGCCUGCCUAUGAUGGCGGCUUUAAGAUCACUGGUUACACAGUAGAAAAAAGAGAAUUGCCUGCUGGUCGUUGGAUGAGAGCUAACUUUACCAACAUUAUUGAAACGGCAUUCACUGUCAGUGGACUCACUCAGGACAUCUCAUAUGAGUUCCGUAUCAUAGCCAGAAACUCAGCAGGAGCUGUGAGCAUACCAUCCGAACCAUCUGACCCAAUUACCUGUAAAGAUAACAUAAUUGAGCCGCGUAUUAUGGUUGAUGCCAUCUUUAAGGACACAGUUCUUUUGAAAGCAGGAGAGUCUUUUAAGCUUGAAGCUGAUAUUGCUGGUCAGCCAAUCCCAUCUAUGGCUUGGACAAAGGAUGGAAAGGAGGUUGAGAACACAAUGAAACUGGAGGUUAGGUUUACCGAACUGACAACUAUUCUGACUAACAAGGACUCUGUUAGAUCAGAUGGAGGUGAAUUUGUUUUGACUGCUACAAACGUUGGUGGAUUUGCRAAACAUGUCUUUAAYGUAAAAGUGCUUGACAGACCUGGACCACCAAUUGGCCCUCUGAAAGUGUCUGAUGUAACUGCUGACAACUGUGUACUUACRUGGGCUCCACCAGCAGAUGAUGGUGGUGCCAAAAUCGAAGGAUAUGUAGUUGAGAAACGCGAAUCAAGUCGACUGGUUUGGACCAAUGUAAUUUCAGAUUUGCAAGUUACACAGCACAAAGUGACUAAGCUACUCAAAGGAAAUGAAUAUAUAUUCAGAGUAAUGGCUGUGAACAAAUAUGGUCUUGGAGAAUCUCUUGAAUCAGAACCCACUAUUGCAGACAACCCSUAUGUGARACCUGACCCCCCAGAAAACCCAGAGGUGACAGCUAUUACUAAAGAUUCGAUGGUUGUCAUGUGGCAAGCACCUAAGAGUGAUGGUGGAACUCCCAUCACCAACUACAGUAUUGAAAGGAAAGACAGAGCUGGCCUUCGAUGGGUUAAAUGCAAUAUAAGAAAAGUUAAGGACCUACAGUUCAAAGCAACAGGGCUUACUACCGGACAUGAAUAUGAAUUUAGAAUAUUUGCUGAGAAUGCUGCUGGAGURAGCGUACCAAGUGUACCCAGUCUAUUUUAUAGAGCCACUGAUGGACUGUACAAGCCAGGAGCUCCAUGUAACCCCAGAAUCCUGGACACGACCAAAUCUUCAAUUACUGUUGCGUGGAACAAACCUGUAUAUAGUGGUGGCUCUGAAAUCACUGGUUACAUUGUUGAGACAUGCAUCCCAUGUGAAAAAGAAGAAGAGGAGGAAUGGACCAUUGUUACUCCUAAGGAAGGUCUUCUCGCAACUUCAUUUACCCUCACUAAUCUUAAAGAAAACCAGGAGUAUAAGAUUAGUAUUUCCGCCAUGAAUAGCGAAGGAGUUGGAGAAGCAGCAUUUAUUCCUGGAAAUCCAAAAGCUGAGGACAGACUCCUUCCUCCUGAGAUGGACGUGGAUGCUGAGCUCCGCAAAGUGGUCAGUCUAAGAGCUUGCUGCACACUCCGACUGUUUGUUCCAAUAAGAGGCAGACCAGCUCCUCAGGCUAAGUGGUCUAAAGGUGAUGGUGAGCCUAUGGAGAGAGCAACCAUUGACAGCACGUCAUCAUACACAUCACUUGUAAUUGAAAAUGUAAACAGAUUUGACAGUGGAAAAUAUAACCUCACCAUUGAAAACAGCUCUGGUUCCAAAACUGUGACAGUUCAGGUAAGGGUCCUUGAUACACCAAGUGCGCCACAAAAUCUAAAAAUKACCUCUGUCACAAACGAAGCUGUCACAUUAACAUGGGAUCCACCAAUGAACGAUGGAGGAGUCAAAAUUAAGAAUUAUAUAGUUGAAAAGCGUGAGUCAACACGGAAAGCAUAUGCCACAGUUAAAGCCAAUUGCCAUAAUACUUCCUUUACAGUUGACCAACUUCUAGAAGGCUGCAAUUAUUAUUUUAGAGUUUUAGCUGAAAAUGAAUAUGGCAUUGGCUUGCCGAUCGAAACACCUGAAUCAGUUAAAGUGUCUGAGAAACCACAACCACCUGGCAAAAUCACUCUUAAAGAUGUCACCAAAAACAGUGUAACUCUAUCAUGGGAAAAACCAGAACAUGAUGGUGGCAGCAGAGUAGGCUGUUAUGUUGUUGAGAUUCAGCCUAAGGGUGUGGAUAAGUGGACCCAAGCUACGAUUGUGAAAGACACAGAAGCUACUAUAAGUGGACUAAAUGCAGGGGAGGAGUAUAUGUUCCGUGUAGCAGCAAAGAAUGAGAAAGGAACUAGUGAUCCUCGUCAAAUUGGCGUCCCUGUGAUAGUCAAAGAUCUCAUCAUUGCUCCAGUUGCUAAAAUGUUGUUCAAUACAUUUAGUGUGUUGGCAGGAGAAGACUUGACAGUGGAGGUUCCAUAUGUGGCACGUCCAAAAGCAGCUGUUAACUGGGUAAAAGAUGGUCAGCCUCUGAAAAGAACUACCAGGGUYAACUUUAAUGCAUCAGACACAGUGCUGRACCUCAACAUUAAAGAGGCAGCUAAAGAUGACGUUGGCCAGUACACUAUUACUCUUGGCAAUACAGCUGGAGAGACAACAGUAAAUAUUGGUGUUGUUGUUCUAGACAAACCUGGCCAGCCCAGAGGGCCAGUUAAGGUAGAGGAGGUUACUUCUGAUAGUAUAACAAUCUCCUGGAAUCCACCUGAAUAUGAUGGUGGAUGUACCAUUAAAAACUAUGUCGUGGAGAAAAGGGACACAUCCACAACGAACUGGAUGGUUGUAACUCACAAUCUAGCAAGAACAAAAAUUAAGGCAGGCAGACUGAAGACUGACUCUGAAUAUCAGUUUAGGAUUGUGGCUGAAAACAGAUAUGGAAAAGGCCCAGCUCUUUCCUCAGAAUGUAUUGUUGCUCAGUACCCAUACAAGCUUCCAGGACCACCAGGAACACCAAACAUUGCAGCCUGUUCUAUGGACAGCAUGGUUGUAGCCUGGAAUGAGCCUGUGAAUGAUGGUGGAAGUACUAUCUUAGGCUAUCAUCUUGAACGUAWAGAGAGAAAUAGCAUCUUAUGGGUCAAACUAAACAAGUCUCUCAUUACUGACCAAACAUUUAAAACGACAGGUCUAGAACCAGGAAUGGAGUAUGAAUACAGAGUUUAUGCAGAAAACAUUGUAGGAAUAGGCAAAGCAAGUAAAGUGUCUGAAGGGCAUAUUGCAAGAGAUCCUUGUGAUCCUCCUGGCACUCCAGAAGCAACAAAGAUCACAAAAGACUCCAUAACAAUUGUUUGGACCAAGCCUGAAUAUGAUGGUGGUGCAAAGGUAACUGGUUACAUUGUUGAAAAGAAGGAACUUCCUGAGGGUCGUUGGUUGAAGGCCAAUUUCACAAAUGUGAUUGAGACAGAAUAUGUUGCAACUGGACUUGUGCAAGAUAACCAAUAUGAGUUUCGGGUUAUUGCCAGAAAUGCUGCUGGUGUUUUCAGUUUACCCUCAUACAGCACUGGCCCUAUAACUGCCAGGGAUGAGAUUGAACCACCACGCAUCAGCAUUGACCCUCAAUAUACACAGGCUCUUGUGGUUAAUGCUGGAGACAACUUCAAAAUUGAUGCUGAURUUCAUGGCAAACCACUGCCCUCCAUUCACUGGCUGAAGGGAGAACAGGAGCUUGGCAAUACAAUUCAUAGAGAAAUUAAGAACACACCCACUAAAGCUUACAUAUCUGUAAAGGAAUCUAAACUUUCAGACGGAGGACAAUACACACUGUUGCUGAAAAAUCCUGGAGGAGAAAAGGCUACACAAAUCAAUGUUGUUGUCCUUGAUAAACCUGGAGAACCACAAGGACCUCUUGUUGUUACAGGCAUCGCCAAAGAUCAUUGCUCUCUUGCAUGGAAACCACCACUUCAGGAUGGUGGCAGCAAAAUAUCUCACUAUAUUGUUGAGAGAAGAGAGACAAGUCGGCUUGUCUGGACUGUUGUUGAUCCAAAAGUAAAGAAUGUUUGUCUCAAAGUAAAUAAACUUCUUGAAGGAGAUGAAUAUAUCUUCAGAGUUCAUGCAGUCAACCAGUUUGGAGUGGGUGCACCACUUGAGUCUGCUCCUGUUCUAAUUAAAGAUCCAUAUGUCCUACCUGGAGCGCCAAAGAAUGUAGAAGUUUCCAAUGUUAAAAAGGAUUCAAUGGUGCUCAGCUGGGAGGCUCCUUCUGAAGAUGGCGGUAGUCCCAUUACUGGAUACAUAAUUGAGAAACAUGACAAAGAAGGAGUGAGAUGGACAAGAUGCAAUAGACAAACAGUUACARAUCUGACCUUUAAAGCAACUGGAUUACUGGAAAGCCAUAUUUAUGAAUUUAGAGUUGCUGCUGAAAAUGCUGUGGGUGUUGGGGAGCCAAGCACCUCAACCGUUUUCUACAAAGCUCUUGAUCCCAUCUUCCGACCUGGCCCACCACAAAAUCCUAAGGUCACUGACACAACAAAAUCAUCAGCAUUUUUGUCAUGGGGGAAGCCUGUAUGUGAUGGAGGCUGUGAGAUUCAGGCGUAUAUCGUUGAGUGUUGCAUUGCCACAGAACCAGUGGUGCAACCUGAAGCACCAGAUGCAUCAGCCUCUGCCACAGAUGCACCUGCUGAGAAUUGGAUCAUAUGCACACCCCCAACAGGUGUGAAGACAACUAAAUUUGAAGUUGGAAAUCUGAAGGAAAACCAAACAUACAAGUUUAGAGUUUGUGCUAUCAACAAGGUAGGAGUUGGUGAGCAUGCUGAUCUCUCUGGAGCUGUGGUUGUGCAGGACAGGACAGAGGAACCAGACCUUGACAUUGACCCAGAACUUAGAAAGAUUGUGUCUAUCAAAGCUGGUACUUCCCUUAGAUUGUUUAUCCCCAUUAAAGGAAGACCCAGUCCUACCAUUAAGUGGGACAAAGAUGAAGAGACUCUCAAAGAAACUGCUCAAGUUGAAAUAACCAGCAGUUAUACAUCCCUUGUAAUUGAUAAAAUGAGCAGAAAUGACAGUGGAAAAUAUACAGUUACUGCUCAGAACUCCAGUGGUACCAAGUCUGCAUUUGUUGUUGUCCGGGUUCUAGAUACACCCAGCGCCCCGGUUGCUCUUAAAGUGAAAGAAAUUACAAAUCAGUCAGUGACACUGGCGUGGGAACCACCUCUUUUAGAUGGUGGAUCCAAUAUUAAGAACUACAUUAUUGAAAAGAGAGAAAGCACACGUAAAACCUAUGCUGCUGUUGURACAAACUGUCAUGCUCUUUCAUGUAAGAUUGAACCCCUUCAAGAAGGCUGUAGUUACUAUUUCAGAGUCCUAGCUGAAAAUACUUUUGGCGUUGGCUUGCCUGCAUCAACAGUAGACCCUCUUAAGGUUUCAGAAGUGCCUCAGUCUCCAAAAACUUUGAUUGUUACAGAUCAGACAAAAACAAGCAUCUCUCUGGCAUGGGAGAGACCAGAAUAUGAUGGUGGAAGCAGARUUCAACAAUAUCUGCUUGAGGUACAGUUGAAGGGCCAGGACAAAUGGUCUGGUGUAAAUACAUUUAAGACUAUGGAGACUACAGUGUCCAAUCUGAAUCCAGGACAGGAAUAUCUGUUUAGAGUUACUGCAAUCAAUGACAAAGGAAAGAGUGACCCAAAAGCCCUUGCUGGUCCAGUGAUGACCAAGGAUCUGGUCUUUGAGCCAGAUAUCCGGCCUGCAUUCAGCAGCUACAGUGUUCAUGUUGGCAAAGACAUGAAUGUUGAUAUUCCCAUCUUUGGUCGCCCAAAGCCAACUAUUGCAUGGGCGAAGGAUGGAGCCCCAUUGAAGUUUACGACCAGAGUAAAUAUUCACAAUACAACUACACAUACAACUCUAAGCAUUAAGGAGGCAGCAAGUGACGAUAUUGGUAUGUAUACUAUAACUGCCACUAACUCAGCAGGAAAGAAGGAAAGUGCAAUUGAAAUUAUUGUUYUGGACAAACCUGGACCUCCAUCUGGUCCAGUGAAAUUUGAUGAAAUCACAACACAGAGUGUCACAAUUUCAUGGAACCCACCAAAACAUAUUGGUGGGUGUCAGAUCUCAAACUACAUUGUACAAAAAAGAGAUACUACCUCAACAACAUGGGAGAAUGUGACCACCAACUGUGCUAGAACAACCAUCAAGGUCACUAGACUAAAGACGGGAGCUGAGUACCAGUUUAGGAUCAUUGCCCAGAAUCGCUAUGGAAAAAGUCAAGGUCUAGAUUCAUCAGCUGUAGUGGCUCAAUAUCCUUACAGAGAGCCAGGCCCACCAGGCACUCCCUUUAUUACUUCUCUCUCCAGAGACCACCAAAUUGUUGAGUGGCAUGAACCUAUAAUAGAUGGAGGAAGUCCUGUUCUUGGAUACCAUCUUGAAAGAAAGGAGAGGAAUAGUAUUCUCUGGGUCAAGAUCAAUAAGACACUUAUUCAUGGGACUAGUUUCAAGAGUCAUCCAUUGGAGGAGGGUAUAGAAUAUGAAUACAGGGUCUAUGCUGAAAAUAUUGUUGGCAUUGGAAGAAGCAGUAAGAUUUCAGAGGGUUGUGUUGCCCGUGACCAAUGUGAUCCCCCUGGCACACCAGAAGCUGUCCAUGUGACCAAGGAUACAAUUGUCAUUCAGUGGACUAAACCAGAAUAUGAUGGAGGCAGUAAUAUUACUGGCUACAUUAUAGAAAAACGUGAUCUGCCGGAAGGCAGGUGGGUAAGGGCAAACUUCACGAAUGUGAUUGAGACUCAGUUUACUGUUUCUGGUCUCACAGAAAAUGCACAAUAUGACUUUAGAGUCUUUGCGAAAAAUUCAGUUGGGACAGUCAGCAAGCCGUCAUACAACAGUGGACCUAUAACAGCAAGUGACAAGGUUGAGUCUCCUAAAUACUCAAUUGACCCUGCUUUUACCAAGACUGUCAUCAUAAAUGCUGGAGAGACAUUCCGGUUGGAUGCAGAUGUCCAUGGCAAGCCACUCCCUUCAGUCCAGUGGUUCAAGGAUGAAAAGCCAGUUGAGAAUACAAUCAGACUAGAGAUCAAAAACACAGAAAAUCAUGCAAUGAUCAUUGUUAAGGACUGUGUUAGAGUUGAUGGUGGAAUUUACACACUUCUGCUGACAAAUGAGGCUGGCAGUGAAACUGUUGCAUUUAAGGUUUUGGUAAUGGAUAGACCUAGUCCAUGUGAAGGGCCUCUCCAUGUCACUGGAGUAGCUGAGGAUAGAUGCACACUGGCAUGGCGGGCCCCACUACAUGAUGGAGGUAGUCCUAUUACACAUUACAUCAUUGAGAGGAGAGAGACAAGUCGCCUAGCUUGGACUGUUGUUUCUAGUACCUGUAACACCACAUGCUACAAAGUUACUAAAUUACUGGAGGGCAAUGAGUAUAUGUUCCGUGUAAUGGCAGUUAACAGCCAUGGAGUCAGUGAGGCACUGGAGUCUGCUGCAGUUACUAUGAAGAAUCCUUUUGUUCCACCUGGUUCACCUCACAUUGAAGACAUAUUCAACAUUACCCAUGAAGGCAUGACAAUAACUUGGUCUGCCCCUGAGACUGAUGGUGGUACCGAGAUUAUCAGUUAUAUAGUUGAAAAGAAGGACAGGGCUGGAAUCAAGUGGACCAGAUGUAACAGACAAAAAAUAACUGAUUUAUCAUAUAGAGUUACAGGCCUAACCACAGGUCAUGAGUAUGAGUUCAGAGUAUCUGCUGAGAAUAUUGUUGGUCCAGGAGAACCAAGCCUUCCUAGUUCAUACUACAAGGCAUCUGACCCCAAGUACAAACCUGGUGCCCCAGCAUAUGUCAAUGUAAUUGACUCUACAAAAUCCUCCAUCGCAGUUUCUUGGGGAAAGCCUCUGUCUGAUGGUGGUAGUACCAUCCAAGGAUACAUUGUUGAAGUAUGCAAGGCUGAAGAGGAAGAAUGGAAGAUGGUUACACCCCCUACUGGUCUGCGUGUCAACAAAUAUGAAAUUCCUAAACUUACUGAGGGCCAGGAAUACAAAAUUCAAGUGUGUGCUUUGAACAAAAUGGGAGUUGGUGAACCAGUUGUUCUUUCUGGAACGGCGAAGCCAGAGGAAAGGAUGGAUCCACCACAAAUUCAUCUUGACUCCGAGCUGAGAAAAGGCAUCACUGUAAAAGCUGGUGGAUCUGUUAGAAUCUAUGUUCCUUUCAAGGGCAGGCCAACACCUGAGAUUAAAUGGACAAAGGAUGAUGGAGACCUUUCUGAAAAAGCUGUGGUUGAAAAAGCUGUGAACUUCACACAGCUCUCUAUUGACAGUUCAGACAGACAUGACUCAGGAAAAUACACUCUAACCUUGACAAACAGCAGUGGCUCAGUCUCUGAGUUUGUUUCAGUAAAAGUCCUGGACACACCUGGGGCUCCACAGAACCUUGUGGUUAAAGAUAUCAAAAAGGAUUCUGUUACACUUGUAUGGGAUGCACCAGCAAUUGAUGGAGGUUCGAAAAUUAAGAACUAUGUCAUUGAUAARCGUGAAUCAACAAGGAAGGCAUAUGCAAAUGUGUCCACAAAAUGCACCAAGACCACAUUUAAAGUUGACAAUUUAAUUGAAGGAGCUAUGUACUACUUCAGAGUCAUGGCUGAGAAUGAUUAUGGAAUUGGUCUGUGUGUAGAGACAAAAACUGCUUCAAAAGCCUCUGAAGUGCCCCUGCCUGUUGGAAAAGUGUUUCUUACAGAUGUCACAAAAACAAGUGCCACACUGGCCUGGGAGAAACCUGAGCAUGACGGUGGCAGUAGGAUUGGUGGUUACCUGAUUGAGAUGCAACCUAAGGGCACAGACAAGUGGGGAGUUGCAGGAAACCCAAAGACUUGUGAAGGAACUGUUACAGGCCUGACAGCAGGCUCAGAAUACUUAUUCCGGAUCAUUGCUUACAAUGAGAAAGGAAAGAGUGAGCCAAAGGCACUUGCUGCACCAGUGAUUGCAAAUGAUAUGACCAUAGAACCAAGCAUCAAGUUGCAAUUUAAUACUUACAAUGUGUUAGCUGGAAAAGAUCUUAAACUGGAAUUCCCUGUACUUGGAAGGCCCAAACCUAAAAUCAGCUGGGCAAAGGAUGGUCAGGCUUUAAAGGUGACCUCUAGAGUUAAUGUUUUUAACACUCCAUUAACAACUGGAAUUCAGAUUACUGAGGCAUGUAAGGAAGACUUUGGCAAAUAUUCUAUUACUGCAACAAGCACUGUCAGUACCAUCACAGAAGAUGUGACUAUUAUUAUCCUCGACAAGCCUGGCCCACCGAAAGGUCCAAUUAAAGUGGUGGAAGUMAGCAACACUUUUGUCCAUCUAUCUUGGGAGCCCCCAGCAUACACUGGUGGUUGUCAAGUUAAGAACUACAUAGUAGAAAAGAGAGAUACCACAACCACAACAUGGCAGCCAGUUGUUACACAGUUGGCUAGAACAGCUUUUAAGGUGACAAAACUGAAAACUGGAGCAGAAUAUCAGUUUAGAAUUAUAGCAGAAAACAGAUAUGGAAAAAGUKCAUCUCUAGACUCCAAGACCAUUGUAGUGCAGUAUCCUUACAAACCACCUGGGCCUCCUGGUACACCAUAUGUUAAAUAUGCAACUAAGGACAUGAUGAUCAUUGAAUGGAAUGAGCCAGUCAGUGAUGGUGGGAGUGCAGUUAUUGGUUACCACCUUGAAAGUAAAGAGAGAAGCAGCAUCCUCUGGAACAAACUAAACAAAACUCGAAUUACAGAUACUCAAUUCAAGAUCUGCAAUCUUGAGGAAGGCAUUGGUUAUGAAUUCAGAGUUUAUGCUGAAAAUAUUGUUGCCGUUGGCCGAUGCAGUAAAGUAUCUGAGUCCUUUGUUGCUCGUGACCCAUGUGAUCCUCCUGGUGCUCCAGAAGCUGUAUAUAUUACUAAAAAUCUAAUWAAAAUUCAGUGGACCAAACCUCAGUAUGAUGGUGGUAGUAAAAUAAAUGGAUACAUUGUAGAAAGAAAAGACCUCUCCUCCCCUGAUGGUCGCUGGGUAAGAUCCAACUUUACUAACAUAAUUGAGACAGAGUACACAGUGACUGGUCUGACAGAGAGUGAGCAGUAUGAAUUUAGAGUUAUUGCAAGAAAUGCUGCCGGAGUCUUCAGUGGGCCAUCAGACAGCUCUGGACCUAUCACUGCCGCAGAUGACAUUGAAGCACCAAGGGCCUCAAUGGACCCCAAAUACAAGGAUAUAAUUGUUGUUUGUGCAGGGGAGAGUUUGCUUUUCGAUGCAGACAUUUAUGGAACUCCACAACCUGAGGUUGGGUGGCUUAAAGAGGGCAAAGAAAUGGAGAAAGCCUUGCGCAUUGAAGUUAAAACUACACACAAAUGUGCAGCUAUGACCAUAAAGGAUGUUACCAAACUAGAUAGUGGCCACUAUGACCUUGUUCUCAAAAAUAUUGGUGGUACAAAAACCUUCCCCAUCACUGUUAAAGUCCUUGACAAACCAGGUCCACCAAUCGGUCCCAUUAAAGUGUCUGAAAUCAUGGCUGACAGGUGCAUCCUUACCUGGUCUGAACCAGCUCUGGAUGGUGGAGCUAGCAUCAGUCAUUAUGUUUUAGAGAAGAGAGAGACCAGCAGAUUGUCUUGGACUGUAGUUGCACCAGAUGUAAAAAGCCUGUACCAUAAAGUAAAAAAUUUGCUUCCAGGAAAUGAGUACAUUUUCAGAGUCAGGGCUGUGAACAAAUAUGGGGCUGGUGAUCACCUUCAGAGUGAACCUAUUAUUGCACGUAAUCCUUACAAGCCACCAAGUGCUCCUGGAACUCCUGAAGCAAGUCAAAUCACAAGGGACUCCAUGGUUCUGUCUUGGACAGCUCCAGAAAACACAGGUGGAGUUGACAUCCAAGCUUACCAUCUUGAAAAGCGUGACAAAGAUAGUGUGAGGUGGACAAAAUGCAACAGGCAAAAGUUGACGGAAACAAACUUCAAGGUCACAGGUCUUAUGCCAGACCACUUUUAUGAGUUCCGUGUUGCUGCUGAAAAUGAGACUGGAAUAGGAGACCUCAGUGAAUUAUCCCUUUUCUAUAGAGCAUGUGACGCUACAACACCACCUGGACCUCCACGCCACCCUAAGGUGACAGACUACAAAAAGUCUUCUGUGUCCCUCUCGUGGGGUAAACCUGACUUUGACGGUGGAGCCUACAUCAAGGGAUACAUUGUUGAAAUGAGGGAGUAUACACCACAGCCUGAAUUAACUGAGGAAGCAGAAGUAGCGCCAGCAGUACAAGCACCAGUUGAAAAAGAAUGGACCAUGUGUACUCCACCAACAGGUAUUCAGGUCACUAAACUCACUAUCACAGACCUGAAGGAUGGUGGAGAGUAUCAGUUCCGUGUCUGUGCCAUUAACUCAGAAGGAGUUGGGGAAGCAGCUAAUUUCCACGGCACAGUACUAACUUCUGACAGAGCAGAUCCACCAGAGAUGGAGUUGGAUGCCGACCUCAGAAAGGUGGUGUCUGUGCGGGCUGGAGGAACUCUGCGCUUGUUUGUCCCUAUUAGAGGGAGACCUGAACCUUCUGUGAAAUGGGAGAAACUUGAGAGCACUUUAACAGAGCAUGCUGCAAUUGACACUACUAGUUCAUACACCAUGCUUGUCAUCGACAAUGUUAACCGCUUUGACAGUGGGAAAUAUUCUUUAACACUGGAGAACAGCAGUGGUACAAAAUCUGCAGUUAUUUCAGUCAGAAUUUUGGACACACCAAGUGCACCACAAAACUUCACUGUUAAGGAGCUCAAGAAAGAUUCAGUAACUCUUGCCUGGGACACACCACUCAAUGAUGGUGGUGCAAAAAUUACAAACUAUAUUGUAGAGAAAAGGGAAUCUGUGAGAAAGGCCUAUACUACUAUCACAAGCAAUUGUACUGCCAGCUCAUUCAAAAUUGAAGACCUCCCUGAAGGUGGAAUAUUCUAUUUCAGAGUGUGUGCUGUCAAUGCAUAUGGUCAGGGACAGGCAGUUGAAACUAAAGAAACCAAAGUGUCUGAGGUGCCUCAACCACCAAACAAGGUAACUCUUGUGGAUGUAACAAAAACCAGUGCAUCACUGGCCUGGGAGAAGCCUACUCAUGAUGGUGGCAGCAAAAUAAUGUGCUACAAUGUAGAAUUCAAACCUAAGAGUGGUGACAAGUGGGGCACAGCAUGUACAGUCAAAGUACCAGAAGCAACAGUUCCUAAUCUGAAUCCCAAUGAAGCAUAUCUCUUCAGAGUUCUUGCAAUAAAUGAGAAGGGAAAGAGUGAGCCAAAAGAUCUUGGAUUGCCAGUGGUGGCCAAAGAUGUUGCAAUAGAACCAUCCAUAAAUCUACUGUUUACAACAUAUAGCGUCAAGGUUGGGGAUGAUCUCACUCUUGAAGUGCCUGUGAGAGGCAGACCAAAACCUGUUGUAUCAUGGAAGAAGGAUAGCCUUCCUUUGAAACAAACMUCAUCAAUAACAAUCAUAAAUACAGCAACGUCAUCUAAAAUUGUUAUUAAAGGAGCUAACAGAGAACAUGUUGGCAAGUAUGAGAUCACCUUGGCUAACACUGCUGGAACAGUAUCAGCUAGUAUUGGAGUUGUUGUCCUGGACAAACCUGGUCCACCUAAAGGAAUUAAGGUGGAUGCUGUGACUUCAGACAGCAUUACACUGUCUUGGUCCCCACCAGAAUAUGAUGGUGGCUGCUCUAUCAGCAACUAUAUUGUGGAGAAGAGAGAUACAAACACACAGGAGUGGCAAAUAGUGGCAAGUAAUGUUGCCAGAACAUCUUUCAAAGCUGGCCGCCUUACACAUGGAGCAGAGUACCAAUUCCGCAUAUAUGCAGUUAACCGUUAUGGAAAGAGUAGUUUCCUUGAUUCCCCAGGAAUUACUGCUCAAUAUAACUUCAAACAACCUGGACCUCCAUCAACGCCUAUUGUCAAACUGGCUACUAAGUCAUACAUGUUGGUGACUUGGAAUGAGCCAGUCAGUGAUGGUGGUAGUCCUGUUCUGGGCUAUCAUUUAGAAAGGAAAGAGCGUUCUAGCAUUCUUUGGACAAAGAUGAACAGAGGAAUGAUCAAAGACACAGAAUACAAAGUCACUGGUAUUGAAGAGGGAAUGCUCUAUGAAUACCGUGCCUAUGCAGAAAAUAUUGCUGGCAUUGGUAAAUGCAGCAAGGCCUGUGAACCUGUUGCAGCAAGAGAUCCAUGUGAUCCUCCAGGCACACCUGUGGUUACUGCUAUUACAAGAACAUCUGUCUCAUUAUCUUGGGAUAAACCAGAGUAUGAUGGCGGAUCCAAGGUUUCUGGCUACAUUAUUGAGCGGAGAGACCUUCCUGAGGGUAGAUGGACCAGGUGCAACUUUACCAAUGUUCCAGAGACGUAUUAUGAUGCUACCGGCCUUACAGAGAACAGCCAGUAUGAUUUCCGUGUCAUUGCAAAGAAURCUGCUGGACAGUUCAGUAUCCCAUCAUUCAAUACAGGCCCAGUUACUGUCAAGGAUGAUGUAGAUCCACCACGCAUCAUGAUGGAUGUCAAGUUUAGAGAAUCUGUGUUUGUGAAAGCAGGAGAAACGCUGAAGAUUAAUGCUGACUUUGCUGGACGUCCUGCCCCUGUCAUCUGCUGGACAAAGGAUGGCAAAGAGAUUGAGCUGAGAGCCAGAAUUCAGAUUAUUUCAACAGAUACAAGCACUUGUGUUGUUGUAAAGGACUGUGUCAAAAGAGAUUCUGGACAGUAUAUGCUAACUCUCCAGAAUAUUGGGGGAACAGUCACUAUGCCAAUUAAUUGUGUGAUAAUUGAUAAACCAGGGCCCCCUGCAGGCCCUCUCCAGAUCACUGGUCUUACAGCUGAGGCCUGCACUCUGUCAUGGGGUCCUUCUCAAGAAACUGGUGGUGCUAAAAUCACACACUAUGUUGUUGAGAAGCGUGAGACCAGUCGUUUGGCAUGGACAUUGGUAAAAGGCGAUGUCACAAAGACCUACUUUAAAGUGACAGGUCUGCUUAAGGGUAAUGAAUAUCUCUUUAGAGUUCUAGCUGUUAACAAGCAUGGCGUUGGAGAGGCUCUGGAGAGUGAAGUUAUAAAAAUUACAGAUCCAUACACAAUUCCAACUGCUCCUGCAGGUGUUGAUGUCACUGAUAUAACUGGAGAUUCUAUGACCCUUACCUGGUGUAAGCCGGCCAAUGAUGGAGGUAGUCCCAUUGCUGGAUAUGUAAUUGAACGUCGUGAGAAGACAGGCAUGCGCUGGAUCCGGGUGAACAGAGAUCUAGUUAAAGAUGUUACYAUGGUGGUGACAAAACUUCGCAAGGGUUGUGAGUAUGACUUCAAAGUCUAUGCUGAAAAUGCAGCUGGCCUGAGUCCUGCCAGUGAACCAUCUGCAACAUUCAGAGCACUAGAUCCCCUGAUUGUUCCUUGUCGUCCAACCAAACCAAAAAUGAUAAAUUCCACUAAAGACACUGUGUCUAUCCUCUGGAGGCCACCAGCAAAUGAUGGUGGUGCUCCCAUCUUAGGAUAUAGUGUAGAAUACAGAGAAUUUAUUCGCAAACCAGAGCCAGACAUUGAGGAUGAAGAGGAAUAUGAGGAGGAAGAAGUACCUGAGUCACCUGAAGAACUAGCCAGAUGGGUUGAGGCAAUACCUCUUACCAAAAGCUUGGAGUUCACAGUCACUGGAUUAAAGACAGAUGUAGAGUAUGAAUUCUGUGUAAAGGCAAUAAAUAAAGUGGGCAGCAGUGUGCGUAGCCCAUACUCAGAUCCAGGUGCAGCAGCAGACAGAACAGCAGAGCCAUCAUUUGAUGCUGCUAUGGAGAUGCGCAAGGUUCUCAUUGUAAAACAUGGUACGUCAUUCACUCUUAGUGCACCAUUCAAGGGAAAACCAGCACCAACAGUUCAAUGGAGCAAAGAAGGUGUUGAUCUAACAGUAAGAGGAACCAUUGAAGCAACAGAAUCCAGCACGUCACUGACUAUUGAGAAGUCAACCAGGAAUGACUCUGGAGAGUACUGUGUCACAAUUGAAUCACCAUUGGGUAAAGCAACUUUGCCCAUGGUAGUGAAGGUGCUUGACUCUCCUGGACCUCCAAUCAAUGUCAAAGUUUCAUCUGUGACUAGGGAUUCUGCAACACUGAUGUGGGAGGCUCCAGAAAAUGAUGGUGGAGAUGCAGUAAAGGCCUACCAUGUUGAAAAACGUGAGGCAAGUAAGAAGGCCUGGGUGUCAGUGACAAGCAAUUGUCACACUUUGACUUAUAAGGUGGAAGACUUGCAGGAGGGUGCYGUCUAUUACUUCAGAAUUAUGGCGGAAAAUGAGAAUGGAGUGGGUGUACCUCAAGAGGCGAAGGGAGGAACAAAGAUUACAGAAGUACCAAGUCCACCACUGAAACUUGGAGUUGCAAAUGUCACUAAAGACAGUGUUACACUUGCCUGGACAAGACCAGAAUAUGACGGUGGAAGCAGGGUCACUGGUUACCUCAUUGAUGCUGUGGAGAAGGGUCAGACCAAGUGGGUGAAAUGUGCAACUGUGAGGACCUUGACUCAUACCAUUAAGAGCCUGAGAGAAGGGGCUGAGUACUUCUUCAGAGUUCGUGCUGAAAACCAUGCUGGACUCAGUGAACCUAAGGAAAUGAUUGUUCCAGUUAUUGUCAAGGAGAUACAGGAGGCUCCAGAGUUUGACUUAAAGAACUACCCCAAGAAUACAGUAUAUGUAAAAGCAGGAUCUGACCUGACUUUUGAGAUUCCUCUUACUGGCAAACCCAUGCCAAAGGUGACAAUAUCCAAAAACAAUGUUGUCAUCAAAGGGUCCAAGAGACUUCUAACAGAAGUGACUCCUGAUAGCCUACUUAUAACUCUAAAUGAAAGCAUUUCAAGUGAUGCUGGAAAAUAUGAAGUCACUGCCUCAAAUGCAGGGGGAACAACCAAGAUUUCUCUUAUUUUCAUUGUACUGGAUAAACCUGGACCUCCAGUUGGUCCAGUUCAGAUUGGAGAGGUUGGAGAGACCACAGUAUGUCUAAAGUGGGAUCCUCCAGAAUAUGAUGGUGGAAGUCCUGUUACCAACUAUGUUGUUAUGAAACGUGAAACAAGUACUCCCGCUUGGGUAGAGGUGUCAACUAACAUCGCCAGAAGUGCUAUCAAGGUGACUAAGCUAACCAAGGGAGAGGAGUAUCAGUUCAGAAUCAAGGCUGAGAAUCGCUAUGGUCUAAGCAGCCACAUUGACACUAAACCAGUCAUGAUCCAACUACCUUACAUAAUCCCGGGUCCUCCAUCCACCCCAUGGGUUAGCUUUGUUUCCAGAGAGAGUUUGACAGUGUGCUGGAAUGAGCCAGUCAGUGAUGGCGGAAGCCCUGUAGUUGGGUAUCACCUUCAAAUGAAAGAGAGAAGCAGCAUCAUCUGGCAGAAGGUUAAUAAAACAGCAAUACCAGGAAACCAGUGGCGAGUUACAAAUAUCUGUCCAGGCCUCAUCUAUGAAUUCAAGGUAGCAGCUGAAAAUGCUGCUGGUAUCGGAAAGAUGAGCAAGACAUCUGAAGAGGUGCUUGCGAUUGAUGCCUGUGACCCCCCAGCAAAUGUUCGUGUCACAGAAGUCACAAAGAACUCUGUCAGCCUGACUUGGCAGAGACCAGCAUUUGAUGGAGGCAGCAAGAUAACUGGCUACAGUGUGGAGAGAAGGGAAGCUUCUAAUGGCAGAUGGGUAAAGGCCAACUUUACAAACAUCAUUGAAUUGGGCUUCACUGCAUAUGGACUCACUCAAGAUGAAUCUUACGAGUUCAGAGUUUAUGCUAAGAAUGCUGUUGGAUCUGUCAGCAACCCUUCUCUUAUUGCUGGCCCCGUCACCUGUGUUGAUGCAUGUGGUGCCCCAGCUAUUGAUCUUCCUCCUGAGUAUCUGGAUGUGGUCCAGUAUAAAGCUGGGGCUUCAGUAAAACUGAGAGUAGGAAUUAUUGCCAAGCCUCUGCCAACUAUUGUGUGGCUCAAGGAUGGAAAGGAGCUGGUAUCCUCUUCUACUGUGUCUGUUGAAAGCACAACAGACUCUUCCGCUGUUCUGAUUAAGGAUGCAACUCGCUUUGACACAGGCUCAUAUGAGAUUAAGAUCAAAAAUGUUUUGGGAUCAGCUUCUGCUGCAAUCAGGAUUGAAAUCCUUGACAAACCUGGACCCCCCUCUGGCCUUAUCAAUUUCAACUCCAUAACAGCAGACCGGAUAAUCUUCAGCUGGGAACCAGUUCCAGAGUCUGACCAGGGAGGUUCCAAAGUUACCCACUAUGUUGUUGAGAAGCGUGAAACCAGCAGAGUGGUCUGGUCAACUGUUUCAGAUAGACAUGAGAAUACACACAUCACAGUCGGAAAGUUGGUGCAUGGAAAUGAGUAUGUUUUCAGAGUGAUGGGAGUUAACAAAUUUGGAGUUGGAGAGACACUCGAGUCUGAACCUGUCAUCGCUAAGAAUGCCUUUGUAACUCCUGGCCAACCUCAUACUCCGGAAGUAAACACGACCACCAAGACCACGAUGCUAGUAGAAUGGGACAAACCCGGAGUGGAUGGUGGUAGCCCUGUGACUGGCUACUAUCUAGAGAGACGGGAUAAGAAGAGCUUACGCUGGAUCAGAGUGUAUAAAGAUCCCAUUACUGACACCAAACAGAUGGUGUACCACCUGACAGAAGGAAAUGAGUAUCAAUAUCGUGUCUGUGCCAUUAACAAAGCUGGGGAGGGACCAUUCUCUGAUGUAUCAGACUAUUAUAAGGCUGCUGACCCAGUUGAUCCACCAGAUGAGCCUUGCAAGCUAAAAGUUGUGGACUCAACAAAGACAUCCAUCACCCUGGGUUGGUCUAAGCCUGAAUGGGAUGGAGGUAGCGAAGUUACCAGCUAUAUGGUGGAGAAGCUUGUUGAAGGAGAGAAAGACUGGGCCAUGGUUACUUCUAAGGGUGAGGUUAAGACUACAGAGUACACAGUUCACGAUCUAAAACCAGAUACGAACUACUUCUUCAGAGUCUCUGCUGUGAACUGUGCUGGCCGUGGAGAACCUUUAGAGAUGACUGAGCCUGUGCAGGCCAAAGAUAUCCUGGAGGAAGCACAGAUUGACUCAGAUGUUGCCAUGAGAACUCACUAUAUUGUCAAGGCUGGUAAAGAUGUGGAGUUGUCUGUUCCAUUGAAGGGCAGACCUGCUCCCACUGCUUCCUGGAGCAAAGGAGAAGAAUGCAUAGAUCGCAAUCCCAAAUAUGAGUUCCAUCACUCAGACACGACAACUGURCUCAUCAUGCGUGAAGUGACCAGACUUGACACUGGAAAGUACACAGUCAAGAUAGAGAAUGGCGUUGGACAACCAAAAACACUAUCUCUGUCUGUGAAGGUACAGGAUACCCCAGCUCAGUGCAGAAACUUGGUUAUGAAGGAUGUUACCCGKGGAAAAGUCACCCUCUGCUGGGACCCUCCACUCCUUGAUGGUGGUGCUGAGAUCACAAACUACAUUGUUGAGAAGAGGGACUCCUCUAAGAGAUCAUACUCCGCAGUGACAAACAAAUGUACAAAUACUACAUACACUAUUGAAGAUCUCUCAGAAAAGACAACUUUCUUCUUCCGUGUCUUAGCAGAAAAUGAGAAUGGUAUUGGUGAUCCAUGUGAAACUCAGGAACCUGUCAAGGCUACAGAAACUCCAGGACCAGUCAAAGAAAUUUCUAUGAAAGAUUCAUCUAAGACCUCUGUGACACUACAGUGGCUAAAGCCUGAUUACGAUGGAGGCAGCAUCAUCUCUGACUAUGUCAUUGAGAAAAAGCUUAAGGGUGAUGAGUGGUCAAUGGGAGGAGUCAGCAGACAAUGUGAAUUUGAGGUCAAGAAUCUYAAGGAGCACUCUGAGGUGUUCUUCAGAGUUGCAGCCAGAAAUGAGAAGGGGCAGGGUGAUUUUGUUGAGCAUGGCCCUAUCAAGGUCAUUGAAUACAUCAUCACUCCUGAGGCAGACCUCAGAGAAUACSCAGGUGGUAGCCUCAGUGUGCGUUUGGGUCAUAAUGUUCAUAUUGAGUUGCCAUACAGAGGCAAGCCCAGACCUGCUGUGCAGUGGUUAAAGGACAGCCUGCCUCUGAAGGAAAGUGACCAAGUUCGAUUUAAGACAACUGAAAACAAAGCCACUCUAAUGAUUAAGAAUGUAAAGAAGGAGAAUGAAGGUAAAUACACCCUGAGUCUUGACAACAAGAUCAACAGGAAAUCCUUCCACGUCUUUGUUGUUACUCUUGGUCCACCAUCAAAGCCAGUUGGUCCCAUUCGCUUGGAUGAAAUCAGAGCUGACAAUAUCAUGAUCUCCUGGGAUGAGCCUCAUGAUAAUGGUGGUGGAGACAUUACUUGUUACACAGUGGAGAAACGUGACACCUCACAGUCUAACUGGAAGAUGGCUUCCUCCCAUGUUGAGGGUACUCAGUUUAGAGUCCCCAAUUUGAUCAAGGGUGUCCAAUACCAGUUCAGAGUGUGUGCUGAAAACCGAUAUGGUGUGAGUGAGCCUCUAAUCUCACAAAUGGUUAUUGCCAAGCACCAAUUCAGGCCUCCAGGACCUCCAGGAAAACCAGUUGUUUACAAUGUUACUAAUGAUGGCAUGACAAUCCAGUGGGAAAAACCAAUCUAUGAUGGUGGAACUCCCAUCCAGGGAUACCAUGUGGAGAAAAAAGAAAAGAAUAGCAUCAUGUGGCAAAAAGUGAACACUGUCCUUAUAAAAGAAAUGGAUUACAGGAUUUUGGAACUCAUAGAAGGUCUUGAGUACUCUUUUAGAGUCUAUGCUCAAAAUGAYGCUGGCUUUAGCCGAAUGAGUGACGAAAGCAAGCCAACAAUGGCUGUGAGUCCUGUUGACCCACCUGGCCAACCUGAUUACAUCGAUGUAACCAGUGACUCAGUAACACUAAAAUGGGAUGCCCCUAAACGUGAUGGCGGUAGCAAGAUAACAAGCUACAGCAUUGAGAAACGUCAAGGACAUGGUCGCUGGUUCAAGGCCAAUCUGACUGAAGUACACGACUGUCAGUACACUGUCACCGGGUUGACAACAAAUGAGCGCUACGAGUUCAGAGUCAUUGCUAGAAAUGCAAUAGGCAUUGUCAGUCCCCCAUCCAACUCUUCUGGUUUUAUUGCUGUACGAAGUGAAAAUGCUGCUCCAAAUAUUGAGUUUGGCCCUGAGUAUUUUGAGGGUUUGACAGUAAAGGCAGGAGAUAACAUCCGGGUCAAAGUGACCGUCACUGGACGCCCAGUUCCGAAAGUUGUCUGGUUCAAAGAUGAUGUGGAGAUAACCAAAAAGAUGAUGGACAUUAUUACUGUUCCUGGAUCCAGCACUCUGUUUGUCCGAGAUGCUGACCGCACACAUCGUGGCCUAUACACUGUAGAAGCUACCAAUGGAUCUGGAACCAAAAAGGAGACUAUUCUAAUUCAAGUACAAGACACUCCAGGGGAGCCAGUAGGACCAAUCACCUUCACAAAUAUUUCAGAGGGCAAGUGCACUCUGUCUUGGAACCCACCAGAAAAUGAUGGCUGCUCUGAGAUUACACAUUACAUCAUUGAAAAACGGGAAACUGCCAAAAUUUCCUGGGCCUUAGUGUCUGAUGAAUGUAAGGAGUGUACAUUUAAUGCAACCAAGCUCAUCAAGUCCAAUGAGUACCAGUUCAGGGUGUCUGCAGUUAACAAGUUUGGUGUUGGUAGACCCCUGGAAUCCAGUCCCAUCAUUGCACAAUUGCAAUACACAACUCCUGAUGCCCCAGGAACUCCUGAUGCCACUGAGGUGACAGGAGAGAGCAUAACACUGUCCUGGACUUCUCCAACAUCUGAUGGAGGCAACCCUAUUCAGCACUAUAUUCUAGAGAAAAGAGAAAAGAAAACCGUUCGGUUCUACAAGGUGAUCACCAAAAAACCUAUCAUCGAAUGUGCUCACAAGGUGCUUAACCUAUCAGAAGACAUGGAAUACGAGUUCCGAGUCAUGGCUGUCAACGACGCUGGCGUUGGGCCUCCAAGCAACAUCUCUUUGCCAAUCAAGGCUGCUGAACCUAAAGACAUUCCAUGUGCUCCAUCUGUGGUUUGUGUGUCAGACUCCACAAACACUUCCAUUAGUUUGGAAUGGACCAAACCAGUUGAUGAUGGAGGCAUGGAGAUCAUUGGCUACAUAAUUGAAAUGGUGAAGGGAGAAGGCACUGAAUGGAAGAGAGUAAAUGAGGAACUUGUGUCAGAAACUAAUUAUGUGGUGAAAGGUCUACAGACAGGAGCAGAGUACAAAUUCCGUGUUGCCGCAGUUAAUCAUAUAGGCAGAGGUGAAGACAAGGAGAUUCCAGAACCUGCUCAGGCUGUUGAUAGGUUAACACCACCACAGGUGGACAUUGAUGUCACAUUUAAGCAGACACACAUAGUCAAGGCUGGAAGUUCUAUAUGUUUGGGCAUUCACUUCAGAGGAAAGCCUAUUCCUUCUGCUACAUGGGUGAAGGAGGAAGGAGACCUAAGCGGAAUGUCAGAGAUCACAACUAUUGAUGGCUACAGCUCUUUAAGCAUCGAAAACUGCUCUAGAUAUGACACAGGCAAAUACACAGUUAACCUGGAGAAUUCCAGUGGUAGUAAGGCUGUUAACUUUGUGGUAAAAGUAAUGGAUACACCUGGMCCACCACAGGACGUAGCUUUCAAGGAAGUCUCCAGAGGAUCGGUCACACUUGUCUGGAAGCYACCUGUCAAUGACGGUGGAGCUCGUAUUCAUCACUAUAUUGUUGAGAGGCGUGAGGCUAGUCGACGGACAUGGCAGCAAUCUGGUGGCAAAUGCACACWKKGUAUUCUCAAGAUAGAGGACCUGCUGGAGGGAGUUCCUUAUUUCUUCAGAGUCUCAGCUGAAAACCACCAUGGUCUGGGUGAGGCCUUUGAGCUAACUGAACCAGUCAUUGCCACAGCAGAGCCAUCAUCUCCAAAGAGACUGGAUAUUAUCGAUACCACAGAUAAUUCUGUGUUACUAGGCUGGUUGAAGCCAGAACAUGAUGGUGGCAGCCGCAUUCAGGGUUACCUUAUUGAGGCUAGACCAAAGGGUGGAGACAAAUGGGUAGUGGUUGGAAACACCAAGAAUCUUACCUUUGCUGUUGAAAAGCUCAAUAAGGGUGAUGAGUAUGACUUCCGUGUGAAGGCUAAAAAUGAAGCUGGUUAUAGUUUACCAAAGAAAACUCUGGCGCCUGUGCUGGUAAAGGAGCCUCACAUUGAGCCUGCUGCUGACCUUAGUGAGAUACCCAACCAGCUUAUCACAUGCAGGUCUGGCAGCACAUUCACCAUUGAUGUUCCUAUCAGUGGUAGGCCUGCUCCUAAGGUCUCAUGGAAGUUGGAAGAAAUGAGACUAAAGAACUCAGACAGAGUCUCCAUCAAAGUAACUAAAGACAGAGCUAGUAUCUCAGUCAAAGAAGCCAUGAGAGGAGACGGAGGAAAAUACUAUCUUACGCUGGAAAAUGUAACAGGAACCAAGACAUUUACGGUUGAAGUUAAUGUUACAGGUAGACCAAGUCCUCCAUCUGGACCAAUUGAAAUUUCCUCCAUCUCCUCUGAGUCCUGCGUUGUUAAUUGGCAACCGCCUGAGGAUGAUGGUGGCACYGACAUCACCAACUACAUUGUGGAGAAGCGUGAAUCUGGCUCCACAGCCUGGCAGUUGAUCAACUCCAGUGUGAAACGUACAUCUCUUCAUGUUGGUCAUCUGACCAAAUAUAUGCAAUACACAUUCAGAGUCUCAGCUGAGAACCGAUUUGGGGUCAGCAAGUCCACUGAGUCCGAGACGAUCGUUGCAGAACAUCCCUUCUCACCUCCAGGACCCCCAACAAAACCUUCAGUCUUUAAUGUCACAGCAAACACAAUGACCCUAAGAUGGGAGGAACCCUACCAUGAUGGUGGAAGCAAGGUGACGGGCUACUGGAUUGAAAAGAAGGAGAGGAACAAUAUAUUGUGGGUUAGGGAAAAUAAGAUCCCAUGCUUUGAAUGCUACUACAAGGUGGAAGGCCUAGUUGAAGGCCUGGAAUACCAGUUCAGGGUUUAUGCCAUGAACAGUGCAGGACUGAGCAAAGCCAGUGAGGCCUCUAAGGGAGCAGUUGCUCAAAAUCCAGUUGAUCCACCAAGUAAACCUGAAGUCACCAAGGUUACAAGAACCACUGUCUCCUUGAAAUGGUCAGCUCCAUUGAAUGAUGGCGGUAGUCCAAUUGUUGGCUACAUCAUCGAACGAAAGCCCUACACUUUGACAGGCGAGGGCCGCUGGCUUAAGUGUAACUACACCAAUGUAACAGAUCAUUUCUUCACCGUUACUGCCCUGGGAGAGGGAGAGGCCUAUGAAUUUAGGGUGAUCGCAAAGAAUGCCAACCAAGUCUWCAGCACACCAUCUGAAUCCACAGGGUCUGUGCAGUGCAAGACUGAUUUUGAACCACCAAAGGCCAACUUGGACAGCAAACUUCUCUCUGAAACUGUAAUGGUCAGAGCUGGUUCAGAUCUGGUUCUGGAUGCUGCAGUGGGAGGUAGACCUGAUCCAAAGGCUUUCUGGUCCAAGGGCAACAGGGAACUGGAGAUGUGUGAAAAAUAUCACCUGCAGUACACCCCUACCAGAGCUAUGGCCAUUAUAAAAUUUUGUGACAGAGAUGAUACUGGAAAAUACAUCCUAACAGCCAGAAAUGUGAGUGGAACCAAGACUGCAGAGGUCAAUGUCAAAGUGCUUGACACACCUGGAGUGUGUGAAGGCAACAUUGAAAUCAGCAAGAUAACAGAAGAGUCAUGCACUCUAAGCUGGAAACCUCCUCUUGAGGAUGGCGGGGAUGACAUUACACACUACAUUGUGGAGAGGCGUGAUACCAACAGGCUGAACUGGGUGAUCAUGAAUGAUGAGUGCAAGGAGCUGACAUGGAACAUCACUGGUCUGUUCAAGAACACAGAGUACUUGUUCAGAGUUCGUGGCGUCAAUAAGUAUGGUUCCGGCGUUUACCUCCAGUCACAGYCGAUGGUGGCCAAAAACACAUUCACUGUGCCCACUCCUCCUGGAGCCCCAGAGAUCCUAGUUUCAGGAAAGGAUUUUGCCACUAUAGAGUGGCUAAAGCCAGAAAAUGAUGGUGGUAGCCCAAUAACUCAUUACCUGGUUGAAAGACAUGAGAGAAAGAGUGCCCGCUGGGUAAAGGUGAACAAGGAYGGUGCUCACCUGGAUACCACUCUAAAGGUGGCUGGUUUGACUGAAGGCAACAUCUAUCAGUUCAGAGUAACAGCCAUUAACAAGGCCGGCGAGAGUGAACCCAGUGAGGUUUCUCUGUAUGUCGUCUGCAGAGUGCCAACGAGCACUCCCGCACCUCCUUCUAUUCCUCGAAUCAUCGACACCCAUGCUGACAGCAUUAGCCUUGCUUGGUCUCGACCUGUGGAAGAUGGAGGUGCUGAUGUGAUUGGCUACAUUCUGGAGAUGCAGGAAGCUGGGGCAGAGGAAUGGAAGAAGGCCCAUGAAAAGACUUUGCGUGCUGCAGAAUAUGUGGUGACUGGACUUUCUGCAGGCAAGAAGUAUUGUUUUAGAGUGGCUGGUAUCAACGUCAAUGGAACAGGAGACUUUAGUGAACCAUGUGCUGAGACUGAGCCAGUGGAAAGAAUUGAACCUCCUGAUUUUGAGCUACACGAUGACCUCAAAAAGACAAUCUGCUUGCGUGCUGGUGGCUCCCUMCGCCUUUUUGUCAGUGUCACAGGUCGUCCUGCCCCUACCAUAACAUGGAGCAAACCUGGUGUUGACCUCCAUAAUAGAGGCUUCAUUGAGGUCACAAACAAAUCCACCACUCUCAUAAUUGACAAGGUUCAUCGCUAUGAUGCUGGCAAGUACACGCUGUUGGCUGAGAACACAGCUGGGAAGCAGGAAGUCAGUAUUCUUGUCAAGGUUUACGACACACCUGGACCAACUGGGCCAAUCAAGAUGAAAGAGCUCACUAAGGACUCUGCCACCAUUUCCUGGGAAGCCCCAGCUGUGGAUGGUGGUGCUCCUGUUAAUAACUACAUCAUUGAAAGACGAGAGGCCUCAAUGAGAGCCUACAAGACAGUAACUUCCAAGUGCACUAAAACUUCCUAUAAGAUUGAUAAUCUGAUGGAGGGAAUGCUGUAUUACUUCCGUGUCCUCCCUGAAAACAUUUAUGGAAUUGGAGAGCCCUGUGAGACUCCAGACGUCAUCCUGGUUUGUGAAGUUCCUCUUCAACCACAUAAGUUUGAGGUGUCAGAUGUCACUAAGAGCACAGUCACUCUGUCUUGGGAAAAGCCAGAGCAUGAUGGUGGCAGUAGGUUGACAGGUUACAUCAUUGAAGCUUGCAAGUUUGGUACUGACAAGUGGAUGAAGGUGGCAACACUGAAGCUCACAGACUUUGAGCACACCGUAGAGAAACUGAAUGAGAAAGAACAAUAUUUGUUCAGAAUUAAAGCUGUCAACAGCAGAGGAGCCAGUGAGCCAAAAGAACUUGUUGCUGCUGUCACUGUCCAGGAACAGAGAGUGAUGCCUGCAGUAGACUUGUCCAGCAUUCCUCAGAAGGUUGUUAAUGUUUUGGCUGGUAAGACAUUGGAGCUGGACCUGCCAAUCAUUGGCAGACCUCCUCCUGUUUCRUCCUGGUAUUUUGCGGACAACAAGUUAAAGAUAACAGAUCGGGUGAAGGUCAAGAGCACUGGCAAGUUCUCCAAGCUAACUGUGUCUGACACAACCAUUAACGACAGCGGUGACUACAUAGUUGAAGUCAAGAAUGCUGUUGGAGUCAUCACUGAGGUCAUCAAGGUCAUCAUUCUCUCUAAACCAGAUGAACCUAAAGGGCCUAUUCGAUUUGAUGAGAUUGAUGCCACUACUGUCACCUGCAGCUGGGAUCCCCCAGUCAGAGAUGGUGGAGCUCCCAUUAGUGGUUAUUUAGUAGAACAGCGUGAUGCUCACAGGCCUGGCUGGGUGACUGUUUCUGACUCUGUGAGCAGACCGUUGUUCAGGUUUGAGAACCUCAUUGAGGGAGACGAAUAUGUCUUCCGCGCAGCUGCUGUGAAUCGCUAUGGUACCGGAGAGUUCCUCCAGUCUGAGAUUGUCACUUGUAGGAGCUUGAAAAAUGUGCCUGGACCUCCUGGUCGUCCAAUUACCUUUGAUGUGUCUCGUGAUGGAAUGACUGUUGCUUGGGAGCCACCAGAUGAAGACGGUGGUCUUGAGGUUUCUGGAUACAUCAUUGAGCGCAAAGAAGUGAGGGCUGACCGAUGGGUGCGUGCAAACAAGAACCCUGUCACUAUGACCAGGUACAGGUCAACUGGGUUGAUUGAAGGCCUGGAAUAUGAACAUAGAAUCACAGCCAUUAACGCAAGAGGCCUGAGCAAACCAAGUUUGCCAUCCAAGCCAGCAGUAGCAACAGAUCCUAUAGAUCCACCCGGCUGUCCUCAAAACCCAAGAAUCACAGAAACUACCAAGUCAUCUGUGUCACUUGCUUGGAGUCCACCUGAUGAUGAGGGAGAUGCUAGAGUAGAUGGUUAUUUGAUWGAGAUGCAGAAGGUGGGUUCUGCGGCCUGGAUCAAGUGCAACACCACUCCAUCUCUUAUAUGCGAGUACACGCUGACCAACAUGCCACAAGGAGAGGAGUUCAAAUUCCGUGUAAUGGCUUGUAAUGCUGGUGGUUCUGGAGAACCUGCAGAAGUACCAGGAGCGGUCAAAGUAACAGAAAUGCUGGAAUCUCCUGAUUAUGAACUGGAGUUGAAAUACAAAGAUGUGUAUGUUGUCCGUCAUGGAGGAGUGGUUAGACUCUCUGUACCCAUUAAAGGCAAACCCCUUCCAACUUGUAAAUGGUCAAAGGAUACUGGAGCUAUCGCUGUGAAGGCUAUGAUUGCCUCCACUGAGGACUCCAGUGAGUUGGUGAUAAAGGGAGCAGAGAGGAGUGACUCUGGUCUGUAUGAGCUCCUGCUGGAAAAUAAGGUUGGAAAGAAGAAAGCCCAGAUUAAGGUCAAAGUCAUCGGCCGCCCAAGUGCUCCAGAGGGACCGAUGGUCUUUGAGGAAAYCCAAGCCAACUCUGUAAAGGUCUCCUGGAAGCCACCCACGGAUGAUGGCGGCUCAGAGAUUCUUGGCUACAUUGUAGAAAGGCGUGAAGCAGCCAGAAAUGCCUGGUACACCGUGGACUCUAGAGUAACUGAGACCCAGCUUGUUGUUAAGGGCUUAAAAGAAGGAACAGAAUACCACUUCAAAGUUACAGCUGAAAACUCAUUUGGCAUCAGUGCAUCUCUAAAAUCUGAACAGCCGCUGAUACCAAAGACUCCUCUCUGUCCUCCUGAGCCUUCAACUGCACCACCUGAGAUAAUGGAUGUUACCAAAAGCUCAGUGGCACUUGCCUGGUCCAGACCAAAGGAUGAUGGAGGAUCUGCCAUCAACGGUUAUUUUGUUGAGUACAAGGAGGUUUCCACUGAGRCAUGGAUCCGCCACGAGACCAAGAUCAUCUCUACUAUGUUCACUAUACAUGGACUUACCCCUGAUACAGACUACCAAUUCCGCAUUAUUGCUGUUAACAACAUAGGUGAAAGUGAGGCUGGUCCAGCAUCUGAUCCUGUCACAUGCAAAGAUCCAUUUGACAAGCCCAGCCAACCAGGAGAGAUUGACACAGUGAAUGUGAGUAACAACUUUAUUACUAUUUCCUGGCAACCUCCUGAGUGUGAUGGUGGAAAGGAAGUCCUGGGCUACUGGGUUGAGUACAGAAAGUCCGUUGAGAGCACCUGGAAGAAGUGCAAUAAACAGAGGGUUAAGGAAAAGGAAUUCACCAUGGUAGGCCUGGCUGAGGCCACCGAAUAUGAGUUCAGAGUCUUUGCUGAGAAUGAAACAGGAAUGAGUAGACCCCGCAGGACUGCCACAUGCAUCAAGACGAAACUAAUAGCUGAAAGUAAACCAAGCCUUAGGAAAGAAAUGGAUGAAACCACUGCCAAGCUUGGCCAGCCUGCUGUCAUGAAAUGCCAGAUUGUUGGCCGACCUGUUCCAGAAAUUAAGUGGUAUCACGCUGGCAAGGAAAUUGUUGAGUCCCGCAAGUAUGAGAUGAGCUCUGAUGGCCGCAACCACUCCCUGUCUAUCAUGACAGACCAGCAGGAAGAUGAAGGAGAAUACACCUGCAAGGCAGUGAAUGAAGCAGGAGAAGUUGAGACCACUGGCAUUCUAGUGUUGGAGGCUGCUCCAUCCUUCCACCCCGAUUACCCACUUAAGGAAACAUAUUAUGCUGGACUGGGAACAACUCUACGCAUCCAUGCCGUUUAUAUUGGUCGUCCUCAGCCAAAGAUCAUGUGGCUGCAUGGAGCUAAGACACUGGAAAACACGGAGGACAUUAGCAUUGAGACCACUGAGCACUACACACACCUAAUAGUAAAGAACGCCCAGCGCAGAGUGAAUGGAGGAAAAUAUAGGAUCAGACUGCAUAACCACUUUGGCAGGGCUGACAUUGCAUUCAACGUUGAAAUUUAUGACAAACCUGAUAUACCUCAGGGACCCAUUGUCCUGGAUGCUCUCCUUAAGAACUCUGUCAUUAUCAGCUGGAAACCUCCCAAGGAUGAUGGAGGCUGUAUGAUCACCAACUAUAUUGUAGAAAAAAGAGAAGACAAAGAGGGCACGGAGUGGGAACUUGUGUCUUCCUCCAUUAACAGCACAUCUUGCCGUGUGCCCAACCUCAUCGACAGUGCUGGAUACUUUUUCCGUGUUUAUGCCCAGAAUAGAUAUGGCAACAGUGAGCCACUGGAACUCAUAUCACCCAUCCUGAUCAAGAGCCAACUGGAGAGACCAUCACCACCUUUGUCACCAGUUGUUUCUGGUAUCACUAAGGAUUCCUGUGUGGUUUCCUGGAAACCUCCACUAAGUGAUGGGGGAUCUAAGAUCAAGAGCUAUUGCCUUGAAAAGAAACAUAAAAAAGAUAAGAAGGAAUGGACCGAAUGGACUCCAGUUACCACAGAUGAGAUCAAGCAAACUGUGUUCUCUGUCAAGCGCUUAACUGAGGGCAUUGAAUACAUCUUCCGUGUCAAGUGUGAAAACCUUGGAGGAGAAAGUGAUUACAGUGAGGAGACCCCUGCCAUCAUACCUGCAACUGCCAUAGAUGUCCGCGCUCCUGCCUUCAAGGAGGAGCUGAGGAACAUGAGUGUCAAAUACAAGAGCAAUGCUACCCUUGUGUGCAAGAUUACAGGACAGCCUAAGCCUGUGAUUAAAUGGUUUAGACGAGGAAAGGAGAUCCACUCAGAUGGAAAGAAGAUCAAGAUCCAGGAGUUUAAGGGAGGAUACCACCAGCUGGUUAUCACUGAGGCUGAUGAGGAAGACUCCACUGUUUAUCAGAUCAGAGCCACCAACCAAGGAGGCUCAAUAUGUGCUACAGUCUCUCUAGAUGUUGAAAUCCCUGCCAAGAUCCAUUUGCCAAAGAACCUGAAAGACAAGGAAGCCAUCCCAGCUUUACGUGGGGAAGUGGUCAAUAUCAAGAUUCCCUUCAGUGGUAAACCAGAUCCUGUUAUUACAUGGCAGAAGGGACAAGAUCUUAUUGACAGUAAUGGUCACUACCAGGUGAUCGUCACCAGAUCGUUCACUUCCCUGGUUUUUGCCAAUGGAGUGGAAAAGAAGGAUGCAGGUUUCUACAUUGUCUGUGCCAAGAACAGAUUUGGUAUUGAUCAACAAACCGUUGAAUUGGAUGUUGCUGAUGUGCCUGAUCCACCUCGUGGCAUCAAAGCCAGUGAUGUGUCCAGAGACUCAGUCACMCUGAACUGGGUGGCUCCAGCCAAUGAUGGUGGCAGCAAGGUUGUAAGCUACAUCAUUGAAAAAUGUCCGACCACUGCUGAGAGRUGGGAACGUGUUGCACARUCCCGUGACACCCACUACACCGUAAUUAAUUUGUUUGGAGGUACAAGCUAUCAGUUCAGAGUUAUUGCUGAAAACAAAUUUGGACAGAGUGCUCCAUCUGAAAGCAGUGGGCCUGUCAUGACUAAAGAAGACAAAUCCAGAGUUUUGCUUUAUGACAGGGAGGUUGGUGAUACUGAACGAGUCCCCAAGGGCAAAGCUCAACACUCCGACACCAAGAAUCUGCACAACAAAUAUUCCAUUGCAGAAGAACUGGGCAGAGGCCAGUUUGGCAUUGUUCACCGCUGUGUUGAUAUURGCUCUGAGCAGACCUACAUGGCCAAAUUUGUCAAAGUGAGAGGUGCUGAUCAGGCAAUAAUUAAAAAGGAAAUUGCAACACUCAAUUUGGCCAAACAAGCUAACUUCCUGCUUCUUCAUGAGUCCUUUGAAAGCCCUGAGGAAUUGGUCCUGAUCUAUGACUUCAUUUCUGGCCAUGACAUCUUUGAGCGCCUUAAUACAGCAGAGUUUGAGCUCAAUGAACGGGAGAUUGUUAACUAUAUCAGGCAGAUCUGUUCAGCUCUGGAAUAUCUGCAUUCUGAGAGAUAUGGGCACUUUGAUAUCAGACCUGAAAACAUUGUAUACACAACUAGAAGCAGCUCAACUGURAAGAUUAUUGAACUGGGACAAUCCAGACACCUGACACCUGGAGAACAAAUCAAGAUUCAGUACACUACUGCAGAGUAUGCUGCCCCUGAGAUCCACCACUGUGACAUGGUUAGUACAGUUACUGACAUGUGGUCUGUGGGUGUCCUUACCUACGUGCUCCUCAGUGGUCUUAAUCCAUUCACAGCCGAAACCAACCAACAAAUGAUUGAUAACAUUUCAAAUGCAGCCUAUGGCUAUGAUGAUGAGUCAUUUAAGCAAGUCAGUGUAGAAGCCUUAGACUUUACAGAUCGUUUAAUGACAAAAGAACGCAAGCACCGUAUGACUGCAGCUGAGGCUCUGCUGCAUCCAUGGCUAACAAAACCUGCAGAAGAGAUAAGUGCCAGGGCAAUCCCAGUAGGUAGACACAAGAGAUACUACCAGGCAAUGGUCAAGAAAGAAUGGAGCACUGUAGUUUCUGCUGCCCGGGUGGCUAGCGGUGGUUCAAUCAGGUCCCAGCGUGGUGUCUUUGUCUCUAAAGUAAAGAUUGCUCCAUUUGAACAUGGUCCUCUUGCAGGCCAAGUUAGCCAUGCAGUGGUCAAUGAAGGAGAUAAUGUGAAGUUCAUCUGCAACAUUGAAAAUUAUGACAGCACCACUGAAGUUACAUGGUACUGUGGUGUCAGGCAACUUGAAGCUGGAGACAAGUAUGAAAUUGAAUAUGAAGAUGGUCUGGCUGUAAUUACCAUCAACAAGAUUACUAGAGCAGAUGAUGGCACUUACAGAUGCAAGGUUGUGAAUGAGUAUGGUGAAGAUAGUGCUUAUGCAGAGCUUUUUGUAAGUGGGGUUAGAUCCUACCGUGACUUCUUCACUACUCGUGUGGUUAGAAGAACAAAGCGAAGAGUUGACACUGCUAGAAUGCUUCAGAAGCCACCAGAAUUUACUCUUCCUCUGGUCAACCGCACAGCCUAUCUUGGUGAGGAUGUGCGGUUUGGAGUAACCAUCACUGUUCAUCCUGAGCCUCGUGUUAUCUGGCAUAAAUCUGGACAAAAGCUUAUCCCUGGACAGGAUGACAGGAAAUACACCUUCACUACUGACAAAGGCUUGUACCAGCUUAUAAUCCACAAUUUGGAAAAAGAGGAUGAUGCUGAGUACAGUGUUGUAGCCCGUAACAGGUAUGGAGACGACAGCUGCAAGGCCCGCCUCACUGUUGUUCCUCGUCCUAAACCAGCAGAUCUCACUUUGAGGCCCAUGUUCAAACGGCUGCUUGCAAACAUUGAGUGCAGGGAGGGUCAGAAUGUUCGUUUUGAGAUUAGAGUUUCUGGCCACCCAACACUGAAGUGGGAGAAAGAUGGCACACCUUUAGCCUUUGGACCAUCCAUAGAAGUUGUUCAUGAAGGCUUGGACUACUACAUCCUUCAUGUAAGAGACACUCUCCCUGAGGACUCAGGUGUAUACAGAGUUACAGCAACCAACUCUGCUGGAUCUGCCAGCUGCCAAGCAACUCUUAAAGUGGAGAGAGUAACUCAUGUAAAGAAGGAGUAUGAGCCCAGUGAAAAGGAGAAGCAAAAGAUAGCUGGAAAAGAGGAAUUGGAUAAAAAGGUUAGACUGGCUCAGAUUUUGUCAGGCACUGUUGUUACACCUCUCCCACCCGCUGCAGUAGAAGCUGUCAGGGAGGCAGCCACUAUGUUUAAACCUGCUGUCACAACUAAGAAAGGUGAGAAAACUGAGGCUGAGAUCAAGAAAGAACAAGAGGAGAGAAAGAAGAGAGCAGAUGAGAAAAGGCUUCGUAUGCCGUAUGUUGUUCCUGCACCUCGGGUCAUUAAUCCAGCUGUUCUCGAGGAAGAUGUGGAAAUUAAACACUUCCAGCCGCUGUCUGACAUGAAAUGGUACAAGAAGCUGCGUGAUCAAUAUGAAUUCCCCGAGCCAAUGGAAAAAAUCAGGCAAAAGAGAAUGAAACGUAUCCGUCUGUCACGGUGGGAACAGUUUUAUGAGGUGCCCAUCAGGAUCAAGGAACAGUAUAAGCCUAAGUGGCGCAUCUCUUCUAUGACUCAGGACGACUUGGAGACUGUGAGGCCCGCAAGGCAUCGCACUCCUUCUCCUGAAAUGGAGGCCUACCGCAGGCUCAGGAGACGUUCUCUGGGAGACCUCUCAGAUGAGGAGCUGCUGCUCCCUGUAGGUGAAUAUCUCUCUAUGAAGAGAACAGAAGAAGAAAGACUCCGUCUGGAGGAAGAGUUGGAGCUUGGUUACUCUGCUUCUCCACCUAGUCUAAGUCCAGUUCGCUUUGAACUGUCUGCUUUGCGCCCAACAUCUCCAAGGAGAGUCUACAGUGAUGAGGAAGAAGGAGAAGAGUUUAAAAGAUAUGAUUCAUACAGAAUUCCUUCUAAAUAUGAGGCUGGCCCAAGUUUUGUUGAUCUCCGCCAACGUCAUGACAAGACAACCUACAAGCCUCCGAGACAGAAACAACGGGUGUAUGAAGAAAGAGAAGAUUUGGAGCUGCUGCGUCCACAUGCAACCACUCAGAGAAUCUCUUCUUACAAGAGUCAACUCAAGCACAUGGAAUUUGAGGAGAAGACACGUACCUCUAAAAAGGAAGCCGUUACAGUUUCAACCUACUCUGAGAGCACUGAAUCUGAGCAUUUAACAACUUUUGCAACAGAAUAUAUUCCUAAACCYAUAAAAAAGAUUCCAUUACCUGAACCACAGGUAGAAAAAUCAUAUGAAGCAGAAAAGGCUCUGAAGACAGAUGUCRCACUUCCAAAAGUGGACUUUAUGUCCAGRUAUGAGGAGAGAAAACAGGCACUCAGAUCAGAGAGAAGAUCUGUAGAGAAGAAAGUUGAGGUUGUAACACAGGCUCCCUUCAGCCUGGACCACGCCCCACGUAUCACCAUCAGGAUGCGAUCUCAUCGURUACCCUACGGUUCCAACACAAAAUUUACCCUGAAUAUCCAAGCCAAACCUGAACCUGAGAUCAAAUGGUUCCACAAUGGGAAGGAGAUUCAUCAGAGCAGCAAAUACUACAUGACCAACAUCAGUGGAGUUUUAACUCUCCAGAUCAACAGCUGUGUGACAGAAGAUUCAGGUACAUACCGUGUAGUCUGCAAGAAUGCUAAAGGAGAAACUUCUGAUUAUGCUACAUUAGAUGUAGCAGGGGAAGAGUAUGCUGCUUUUUCAACACUCCGCAAAGAUGAGGAACCACCAUCAGCUCAUCUGCCAGAGAUGACACGAACAGAGGUGUAUCAUGUUUCCUCAUCCAAAACAACUGUAGAGGAAACKGUCACUGAAACUGUAAAAGAGACAACUACUGUUGUUGAGAAGCCAAGGGAGAAACCAGGAGUCCCUGCCGCAAUCCUGACUAAACCACAGUCCUUGACUGUGGAGGAAGGAGACAAUGCCCGAUUUGAGUGUGAUGUGGCUGGUGAACCAGCACCUUCUAUGUCCUGGCUUCGCGAAGGUACCACCGUUGCGCCUUCUGCCCGUCACCACAUUGUAUCCACUCAGUACAAUUCCACCUUUGAGAUUUCUGCAGUUGAGGUGUCUGAUGAAGGGAGUUACACCUUGCUAGUAGAAAAUGCUAGUGGAAAGCAGGAAGCCCAUUUCACUUUAAAAAUAAAAAAGUCUGAGUCAAAGGAGAAAGUAGUUGCUACUCCCAGAAUUACUUCUCCCGAGGCUAAAUCACCAUUACCCAAGUCCCCUGAACCAGUCAAAUCCCCUCAGAGAGUCAAGUCACCUGAGCCAGUCAAAUCUCCCCAAAGAGUAAAAUCUCCAGUUUCCCCAAAAUCCCCAACACCGAAGUCCCCAACACCGAAGUCUCCUACUCCGAAGUCCCCAACUCCCAAAUCCCCAACUCCAUCUGAAAGGGAGCAAGUGAUCCCACCAAUCAAGUCACCCAAGAGGGUGAUGUCACCAACUAUUGAAAAGAAGCCCUUUUUUUCAACAGGACUCAAUGAUGUCACUGCAUCCUGUGAGUCUAUUGUCAAACUGUCUGUGAAGGUGACAGGAGAGCCCAAACCUACUGUGUCUUGGUCAAAGGAUGGAAAGGCACUAUCUCAAGGUGGAAAGUAUGAAUUAUUUGAGGACCAAUGUUCAGCUCAUCUAGAGAUCUAUGAAUCAGAGGUAUCUGAUAGUGGUGUCUACAAGUGCACAGCCAUAAACUCCUCUGGAGCAGUAUCAACAACCUGCACAGUCACUGUGAAAGAAUUAAAGAGCCCCGUUCCAAUCUCUGAGGAAAUCCUAAGAAAGAAAAUGGUGCAUGAGGAAAUAUUGUCUUGCGUGAAGGAUGUGAAGUCCUCUGAAAUCCAGAAAUCCAUCAAAGAAGGUCAAUCUGCGACUCUUAGGGCCAACAUUCAUGGGGCUUCUGACAUCAGAUGGAUUCUGAACGGGCAGGAACUGGACAACUCAGAGMAGUACAAAUAUGGAGUAUCUGGAAAYGACCAGACUCUGACCAUCAAGUGUGUCAGUCAGCGAGAGGAAGGGAUUAUCACCUGUCAAGCUCAAACAGAGCAAGGCCUGAUUCGGUGUCAGUUCAACAUCAACGUCACACUCAAGAGCUCUGAUGCUCCCUACUUCCUGGUGCAACCAAGGUCUCAAAACGUGAACGAGGGACAAAAUGUUAUGUUUACCUGUGAAAUUGGUGGAGACCUUUCCCCUGAAGUGGAGUGGUUGAAAGACAACACGGUUAUUUGUGUCACUCCAAACAUCAAACUGAGCCGUUCGAAGAACUUAUACACUCUGGAGAUUUGUGAAGCCRCAGUGGCAGAUAGUGGGAAAUAUACAAUAAAAGCCAGGAAUAAGUUUGGACAGUGCUCUGCAACAUCAUCGCUCAACGUCCUUACUCUUGUUGAGGAGCCAGUACAAAUGGCUAUUGUGGAGCAAAGAGCUUCUACUGAGGCUGCUAUGAGCAUGCAGAAAAGUUUCUUAGCCUCGUCAGUUCAUGUGGAAGCUUCCUCAAUGCAGGCCAGCAGUUMCAGCAGCAGUUCCCACUCUGCUGUUGGCCAAUAUUCGUUUGACAGCAUGUCUGCAACAAGCAUGUCUGCCAUGAUGGCUGAGUCAGUGGUUUCCAUGAGCUCCAGCAGCAAAACAAUUGGAAUGUCUCCCUUUUCGCAUGUAAAGGCGUUUUCUACCGAGGCGAAAGCAGGCACUCCACCAAAGAUCGAAGCUCUUCCACAGGACGUUAGUGCAGAGCCGGGGAAGUUUCUGACAGUGGCAGGCCUGUUCUCUGGAGAUCCUGCCCCCUCAGUUCAGUGGGUCCGCUCAGGUCGGACCCUUCCCAAUGGAGAUGAGCGGUUCCACGUGGAUAACACAGCAGAUCUCUCCACCCUAAUGAUCUCUGGGGUGAAGGAGGACGACGCCGGAGCAUACACACUCCGACUGUCCAACGACCUUGGCUCUGACUCUGCAACUGUCAACGUGCACAUCCGGUCCAUGUAAAAAAUGAGAAAAAAAAAAGCAUAUCCCCUAUUCCCUUAGUCCUCAACUUUUUAUUUACAAUAAUCUUACUUGAUAAAGAUCUGGAAUAUUCUUGUAAAUAGGAACUAUUUUUGUACCAAACUUGACGUUAAUUUAUGCCAAACUAGACUAAAGUCUAAAGUUGUAAAAUGUGCCAUAUUGGAUAACUAUGACUCAAUUUUUCUGUGACAUGUACAUAAUGUAUAUAGCCGAGUUUACCGGUUAUGGGAAAUGUAUGCAUUGUUAUUUAUGACAAUAAUAUUAACUGAAACUAAAAGAAAGUAAAAGUAGCUAACAGGAGAAAGUUUCCGCUGGAACGAAUACCCUGUUAAACUCAGAAACUAAACUCUGUGCCUCAACGAUAAGUUGAAGUCUCAAGAUYGCCUCAACAGGUAGAGAGGCUCCCUGUUGAUGUUACAAAGCAGAAACAAAAAGACGAAGCUCGUGUUUGGACACGCGUCUGUGCGUGUGUUAUUACAGUUUAAUAUGAGUUGUACCAUGAGCAUAAGACCCUGAGUGCUGUUUGCAUCACCCUCAUGUAAGCAGCAUGAACCGGCCUUGUGCUCAGACUGACUGUGUCAUACCACCACGAUUUGAUGACCAGCAAAGAGGGCGAGCGGCCUGCUCUCUUUGGGUUUAGAUUAGUUUUGAUAAAGAGCGCUGUUUCUGGCACAGGAUGGCUGGAUUGGCUUCACUAAAGCAACAUCUCCUGGCCAUAGGAAAACAGGGAGUCAAAGCCAGUCCUGCUGUGCAGAAGCAGCGCCGUCUCUUGGAGGAUUGUAGCUGAUGUGUUGUUGUUUUUGAGUGUGAGUGUCUGUAGUUUGUAGAUGUUUCACCUUGUCAGUAGUCAGGGUUUUUUUUUUCUUUAUUCACAUCACUGAGCCCAUCUGUGGUGAGAAGAGAAGCAGUUAUGGUUUUACCCUGCACUUUGACUUUAUUGAUCUGCUGAUGUAGAACUUAUGUAUCAUCCUCCUUGAGUUUUACUGAUUUAAUAAAGCAUGAUUUCAGCACUACUAAA